AUGUCAACACAGGCGCCAACAUUCACACAGCCGCUGCAGAGCGUCGUGGCACUAGAGGGUAGUGCCGCGACGUUCGAGGCUCAAGUUAGUGGUUCUCCAGUUCCUGAGGUGAGCUGGUUCCGUGAUGGCCAGGUUCUUUCCACCACCGCUUUGCCCGGUGUACAGAUCUCGUUCAGCGAUGGCCGCGCUGUUCUGAGGAUCCCCGCUGUGACCGCCGCACACAGUGGAAGAUUUUCUGUCAGAGCAACCAAUGGUGCUGGACAAGCCACAAGCACCGCUGAACUCCUUGUUACAGCGGAGACGGCGCCUCCAAACUUCCUUCAGAGACUUCAGAGCUCGACAGUGAGACAGGGCAGCCAGGUGAGGCUGGAUGUCCGUGUGACGGGAAUCCCGACUCCUGUAGUGAAGUUCUACAGAGAAGGAGCCGAGAUCCAGAGCUCCACAGACUUCAGGAUCCUCCAGGAGGGAGACCUGUACAGUCUGAUGAUCGCUGAGGCCUUCCCAGAGGAUUCUGGGACAUAUUCUGUGACCGCUAGCAAUAGUAGCGGACGAGCUACCUCCACUGCUGAGCUGCUUGUUCAGGGUGAGGAAGCCGUACCUGCUAAGAAGACCAAGAGUAUUGUGUCCACAUCUCAGAUGAUGACUUCCCACGCUGGGGUGCAGAGGAAGAUGGAAGCAAGUUCCCAGGUCACAAGUUCCCAGGUCACCACCAUGAUGGAGAUGCACGUUGAAGGCGGGAUGAUGACUCAGCAUUUGGCUCACAAAACCCCGCCGCGGGUUCCCCCGAAGCCGACCUCAAAGUCCCCUCCGUCCUUCGUUUCCAAAAUGAUGGGCGGACGCCAGCAGUCACCUUCACCUGUGAGACACGUGAAAGGGCCGACGCCCACACCCGUCAGACCGAUGUCUCCCUCCAGCAGACUGUCCGUCUCUCCCAUCAGACCCGUCAAGUCUCCCAUCAUGACCAGGAAACGGGUAUCUGCCUCUCCGGAGGUCCUGCCACCAUGGAAGCAGGGAGACUAUGUGGCUGAAGCCGGCUACACCAGUAUGACCAGUAUGAGUAGCAUGACCAGCAUGACCAGUGUGAGCAGCGCCACCCAGGUUCACAUGGAGAAACAUUGGGAGCAGCAGGUCAGCGCCACCAAAGAGGCUGAGCAUGUUUCCCAGGAGGAUAAGAAGGUGGCGGUGGAUCAGGCUCGUAGCUGGAGGCUGUCUGAGGCCGCUGUGUCUGCAGAGAAGGAGGAGGGAGGGAAAAAAGCCGAGGCGGUGGCCACAGUGGUUGCCGCCGUUGAUCUUGCUCGUGUCCGUCAGCCCGUGCAUGCAGAAGGCGGUCAGGCUGAACAGGAGGAAGCCGCAGAGGCCGAGAUAAUGCAGAAGGCUGCAACGACUGCAGAGAAACAUGUUGUUGAAAUGAAAAUGCUUCCUGCUGAACCACAAGCUACUACCUCUGUGACCUCAGAGCAGCACAGAGUCUCCCAGAUUCAGAGAACAACAGAAAUCUCCUCCCAUGUGGAAACUGGUGUCACCCCAUCGCCAGUUCCACAUUUCACAGUUUCUAAAGUUUCCGUUCCUAAACCUGAACCUAAGCAAGAGGUGUCCAUCUCCGGCUCUGCUAUUGCCACUCUGCACAAAGAGUUAUCCUCCACCUCCACUCACAGAAAAAUCAUCAAGCCUGUCAAGUCUCCCAGUCCAUCUCGCAGGGCAGCAGUGGAGAUGCGAGUGACACCGGAGCCCCUCCCGCCACCAUUUAGGGAUUCCAGAUAUCAGAGUCAGUUUGAGUUAAAGGCGGGUGGGACUUACACAAUGAGCGAGGAGGAGUUUGAGGACUGGGAGCCUCAGGAGGCAGCUGCAGUGGCCAUAGUAGUCCAGGAGCCUGUUGUUCCUCCCACUCUUAUUGCUGGCCUGAAGAAUGUGACGGUGACUGAAGGCGAGUCUCUGACCCUGGAGUGCCAAAUCAGUGGUCAUCCUGCUCCCGUCAUAAUGUGGUUCAGAGAAGAUUACAAGAUCGAGAGUUCUAUUGACUUCCAGAUCACUUACGAGAGUGGAUUUGCCAGGAUGGUGAUCCGCGAAGCAUUUGCCGAAGACAGCGGCCGCUUCACCUGCACUGCCACCAGCGAGGCAGGAACCGUCAGCACCUCUUGCUACCUGCUCGUCAAAGUGUCAGAAGAAAUUGAGAGCAGAGAGGAGACAACAACUGUCACAGAAAUAGGAAUCACAGAACAGAAAAGUGUUGCUGUUGAGACAAAGGACCAGGUGAUGAUGAUGGAGGUGAGCACAGGUGAGUCUGCUGCUCCCUUUUUCAUCAAGAAGCCAACCAUUCAGAAGCUGGACGAGGGAGGAAGUGUCAUCUUCGAAUGCCAGGUUGGAGGAAACCCAAAACCACACAUCAUCUGGAAGAAGAGUGGCGUGCCGCUCACUACUGGAUACAGAUACAAAGUUGCUUACAAUAAGGAGACAGGAGAAUGCAGGUUGGAGAUCUCCAUGACUUUCGCUGAUGAUGCUGGAGAAUACUCCAUCUUUGCUAAGAAUCCACAUGGAGAAGCCUCAGCCUCUGCCACCUUGAUGGACGAAGAGGAAUAUGAAGCCUACAUGAAGCAACAUGACGUGACAUAUAAAACUGAAGUGACAACGACGGUGGUUCAGGAGCCGUCUGUGGUUGUGAGUCAAUAUGAACUGGAACAGAGGAGGAUGACGACCCCAAUGAGCUUUGUCUCAGAAACGGAAUUCAUAAUUUCAGCCUUUGAGGAGAGGAUCAUUCAGGAGGUUGAGCUCCGUAUCAUGAGGAUUUCCUACAGAGAACUGGUGACAGAGGAUGGAGAACUGAUAGUGACCGCAACAGAAAUGGAGGCAGUGCAGCCAGCCUUUGACACACCCGUCAAAAACUACAGGAUCAUGGAAGGAAUGGGUGUCACUUUCCACUGCAAGAUGUCUGGGAAUCCACUGCCAAAGAUUGCUUGGUUCAAAGAUGGCCAGCGUAUCAGGCCUGGUGGUCAUUACCAGGUAGAGGUGCUUCAGGACGGACGAGCCAGUCUGCGUUUGCCAGUGGUUCUGCCAGAGGAUGAAGGUGUUUACACCGCCUUCGCCGCCAAUAUGAAGGGAAAUGCCGUUAGCUCAGGGAAACUCUAUAUAGAACCAUCUGGAGUUGUAACACCUCAGAGAUUCACGCCGCAGCCAGCAAUGCAGAGGAUCAGGUCUACAUCUCCUCGUUCUCUGAGCCGCUCACCUGGUCGUUCUUCAAGCCGUUCUCCCGGACGUUCUCCUGCCCGCAGACUUGACGACACAGACGAGACUCAGCUGGAGAGACUCUACAAGCCAGUGUUUGUCAUGAAACCUUCUUCAAUAAAAUGCUCAGAGGGGCAAACUGCCAGAUUCGAUCUGAAGGUUGUUGGCAGACCGAUGCCUGACACAUUCUGGUUCCACAAUGGACAACAAGUGGUCAAUGACUACACCCACAAGAUAGUAAUUAAAGAGGAUGGCAUCCAGUCCCUUAUCAUUGUCCCAGCCAUGCCCCAGGACUCUGGAGAGUGGACAGUUGUUGCUCAGAACAGAGCUGGACGAACCUCUGUCGCUGUAACUCUUACCGUUGAGGCUCGUGAGACCCUGGCACGUCCUCAGUUUAUUGAGAAGCUGAGGAACAUCACUGUAAGGCAGGGGACCCUGGUUGAGUUGGCUGUCAAAGCCAUUGGAAACCCCCUGCCUGACAUCGUCUGGCUGAAAAACAGUGACAUUAUCAGCCCACAGAAGCACCCGCAUAUCAAGGUUGACGGUACAAAAGGAGAGGCCAAAUUCCACAUCCCCUCUGCUUCAGGCUCAGACAGUGCCUGGUAUACAGCCACAGCUAUCAACAAAGCUGGCAGGGACACCACUCGCUGCAGAGUCAAUGUUGAGGUUGACCACGCUGCACCUCAAGCCGAGAGGAAGCUCAUCAUUACCAAAGGAACCUACAAAGCCAAGGAGAUAGCAGCUCCAGAACUGGAGCCCCUUCAUCUCCGUUAUGGUCAAGAUCAGUGGGAGGAGGGAGACCUUUAUGACAAAGAGAAGCAACAGAAGCCACAAUUUAAAAAGAAGCUGACCUCUAUCAGAAUGAAGCGUUUCGGUCCAGCUCAUUUUGAGUGCAGACUGACCCCUAUCGGUGACCCCACUAUGGUAGUGGAGUGGCUGCAUGAUGGCAAACCUCUGGCAGCUGCUAACAGGUUGCGCAUGGUCAAUGAAUUUGGCUACUGCAGCCUUGACUAUGAAGCUGCAUACGCUAGAGACAGUGGCGUCAUAACUUGCAGAGCUACUAACAAGUUUGGCGUUGACCAGACCUCAGCAACCCUGAUUGUCAAAGAUGAGAAGGGUCUUGUUGAGGAAUCUCAGCUUCCUGAAGGCAGGAGGGGAGCACACAGAAUUGAGGACAUUGAGCGCAUGGCUCAUGAAAGAGGACCUGCAGGAGUCAGCACAGAUGAGGAAACUGAAAAGACAAAACCUGAAAUUGUCCUGCUUCCUGAACCAGCCAGAGUGUUGGAAGGUGGCAUUGCCCGAUUCCGCUGCAGAGUGACCGGUUAUCCAGCACCCAAGGUUAACUGGUACAUUAACGGACAACUUAUCCGCAAAAGCAAGAGGUAUAGACUUCGUUAUGAUGGUAUUUACUACUUGGAGAUUGUUGACAUCAAGUCCUAUGAUGCAGGAGAGGUCAGAGUGGUUGCAGACAAUCCUUUAGGAACAACUGAGCAUACUGUGAAGCUGGAAAUUGAACAAAAAGAGGACUUUAGAUCUGUCCUGCGUCGUGCCCCAGAAGUGAAACCUGCAGAAGUCUUACAUGAUCCUGGAAGAAUUGGAUUUGAUGUUGUGAAGGUUGACCGAUCUAGUGAGGCUGCACAGGACAGAGAAGUUGUUACGCUGAAAAAGACACAGAGAGUAGUUCGUGAAAAAACCUCAGAGGAGUCAGAUGAGCUGAAGAGCAAGUUCAAGCGCAGGACAGAGGAAGGUUUCUAUGAGUCUAUCUCUGCUGUGGAGUUCAAGUCUCACAGGAAGGAUGAGUCCUAUGAGGAUUUACUGAAGAAGACAAAGGAUGAUCUGCUUCAUCGUCUGAAAGAGAAAGAAGAGGCUGAGAGGAAAAAGCUGGAGGAAGAAGGCAAAUUGACUAUCCCCACAAUCAAACCAGACAAGGUCCAGCUCUCCCCCAGCAUGGAGGCACCCAGGAUCCUGGAACGCAUUGCAAGCAACACUGUUGUUCCAAUGGAUGAAGUUCGUUUCCGUCUCAGAGUCGUUGGUAGACCAGAACCUGAGUGCCAGUGGUUCAAGAACGGAAUUCUACUGGAAAAGACUGACCGCGUUUACUGGUACUGGCCUGAAGACCAUGUGUGUGAGCUGGUGAUCAGGGAUGUCACAGCGGAGGAUUCUGCCAGCAUCAUGGUUAAAGCCAUUAAUGUUGCUGGGGAGGCAUCAAGCCACGCCUUCUUGCUGGUGCAAGCCAAGGCGACAGUUAGCUUUACUCAAAACCUGGAGGACGUCAAUGCCAAUGAAAAGGACACCACAGUGACCUUUGAGUGUGAAACCAGUGAACCUUUCAUCAAAGUCAAAUGGAUGAAGAACAACACAGAGAUUUUCUCUGGAGAAAAAUACAGAAUGCACUCGGACAGAAAUGUCCACUUCCUAUCUGUGAUGGUGAUUGAAAUGAGGGAUGAUUCAGAGUACUCUUGUGUGAUAGUAGAAGAUGAGAGCAUCAGGACCAGUGCAAGGCUCCAUGUAGAAGGUUCUGCAUUGGAGCUCAUCAAACAUUUGGAGAGCAUUGAGGUUCCAGAGACCUACGCUGGAGAGUUUGAGGUUGAGCUUUCUCGUGAGGAUGCUGAGGGCAGCUGGUAUUUCGGAGACAAUGUGCUCUCUCCCAGUAGCAAAUACGUCAUAUCCUCCCGCCGGGGAAGACACAGCCUGUCUGUGAAGGAUGUCAAAAAAGAGGACCAGGGGAAAUAUGCCUUUGUAUGUGGAGAUCUAAAGACCAGUGCCUCACUCAAGAUGAAAUUGCGCCCAGUGACCCUGAUGCAGCCCCUGACCGACCUCACGGUUUGUGAGGGUGACAUUGCUCAGCUGGAGGUCAGGUUCUCCCAGGAGAACGUUGAGGGUACCUGGAUGAAGAGUGGCCAGGCCAUCUCUGCCUCAGAUCGUGUCCACAUCAUAAUUGACAAACUGGUCCACAAGCUGCUGGUGGAGAACAUUAGCAGAGAGGAUGCAGCUUCCUACUCAUUCGUGGUUCCUGCUCAGGACAUCUCCACCUCCUGCAAGCUCCAUGUUCAGACCAUUGACAUUUUAUCGCCACUCAAGGAUGUGUCUUCCAUUGAAGGCACCAAGGCUGUUCUGGAAGCCAAGAUCUCCGCUCAGGACAUCAGCUCAGUCAAAUGGUAUCACAACGACAAACUGCUGAUGGCCAGUGACAGAAUCCAGGUAGUGGCAAAAGGAUCCAAGCAGCGCCUUGUCUUCACCAGGUCAUACGCCUCUGAUGAGGGACACUACAAACUGGUGGUUGGCAAGGUUGACACCAGUUGUACCCUAACUGUUGAGAACGUGCACAUCGUAAAGCACAUGGAGGACAGAGUGUGCUCAGAGUCCCAGAACGUCACCUUUGACGUAGAAGUUUCUCACCCUGGUAUUGACCCGGUCUGGACAUUCAGAAACCAGCGGCUCAAACCUGGAUCCAAAUACAAGAUGGUGUCCAAGGGCAAGGCUCACUCCCUGACUGUCGUUGACACCAUGAAGGACGAGGAAGGACAGUACACUUUCAACGCUGGUGAAAAGACAUCCAGUGCUAAGCUCACUGUCUCUGGUGGAGCCAUCACUCGGCCCCUGCAUGACGUGACAGUGGCAGAGUCUCAGACAGCAGAACUGGAGUGUGAAGUUGCCAAUGCCAACACUGAGGGCAAGUGGCUAAAAGACGGCCAGGCUAUUGACUUCAGUGAGAAUGUGGUGAGUGAGGUGAAGGGAGCUGUCAGACGCCUCGUCAUCAUCAUCACCAGACCUCAGGAUGUUGGAGAGUACACUUACCAGGUGGCCAACUCCAAAACCACUGCUAAUCUCAAGGUGGAGGCUGUGAAGAUCAAGAAAACUCUGAAGAACCAGACAGUGACGGAGACCCAGGAGGCAGUGUUCACGCUGGAGCUCACCCACCUCGAUGUAAAAGGAUCCCAGUGGAUCAGGAACGGUGUGGAGCUGCAGAACAGCGACAAGUACGAGAUCACCUCCGACGGCACAGUCCACACGCUGAAAGUCAAGAACUGCAACACACAGGAUGAGAGUGUUUAUUCUUUCAAACUGGGAAAACUCUCCGCCAAUGCAAGGCUCAAUGUAGAGACGAUCAAAAUCAUAAAGAAGAUAAAGGACGUGACAUCACUGUUGGAUGGCACCGCCUCCUUUGAGAUGAGCCUGUCACAUGAUGACAUCCCCGUGAAGUGGAUGUUUAAAGGCGUUGAGCUGAAGUCGAGCGAAAAGUGUAAGAUUCUGUCAGAGAGGAAAGCACACAAGCUGAUCCUGCAGAACAUCGAGAGCAGCAACGCAGGAGAGUACACCGUCUCGGUCGGACACCUGCAGUGCAGCGCCACACUCACUGUGGAGGCUCUGCGAGUCACCAAACCCAUGAAGAGCGUUGAGAUCCCAGAGACGCAGGUGGCCACGUUCGAAUGUGAGGUUUCUCACUUCAACGUGCCGGCCACCUGGCUGAAGGACGGCGUGGAGAUCGAGAUGACCGAGAAGUUCAAGAUCGUUGUUCAGGGAAAACUUCACCAGCUGAAGAUCAUGAACACCAGCAGGAGCGACUCUGCAGAGUACACCUUCGUCUGUGGCAACGACAGAGUCUCUGCUACGCUAACCGUUAGCCCCGUCCUGAUCACCAGCAUGCUGAAGGACCUAAAUGCUCAGGAGAGAGACACCAUCACCUUCGAGGUCACCGUCAACUACGAAGGCAUCACCUACAAAUGGCUGAAGAACGGCGUGGAGGUGAAGUCAUCGGACAGAUGUCAGGUCCGCAGCAAGCAGCUCACGCACUCGCUCACCAUCAGAAACGUUCACUUUGGAGACGGAGGAGAGUACCAGUUCGUGGCCGGCUCUUCUGCCACCGCAGCUAACCUGUUCGUGGAAGCUCGCGUGAUUGAAUUCACGAAGAAAAUCAAGGAUAUAAAGAUAACCGAGAAGAAAAAGGCCAUUUUUGAAUGUGAGGUCUCUGAACCAAACAUCCAAGUGAUCUGGAUGAAGGACGGUGAGGAGCUGGACACAUCUGACGAAAGAUACAUGGUGACAGCUGAGAAGUACGUUCACCGCAUGAUGAUCCAGACUGUUCGUAUAUCCGAUUCUGGAGAGUAUUCAGUGGUGGCCGGAUCGAGCAUCUCUAAGGCCCAGAUGACUGUGGAGGGUCGAGACAUCCGGAUCUCUGAACCUGCCGAGCGGGAAAUCACAGUUCUGGAGAAACAAAGAGCAACCUUUGAGUUUGAGGUGAAUGAGGACGAUGUUGAGGGCCACUGGCUGAGGAACGGAGUAGAGAUUCAGUUCUCAGUGGAGGAGAGGUUCAACUACGUGGCCAUCAGGAAAGUCCACCGCCUCGCCAUUUCUGAGACCUACAGGACCGACGCUGGAGAGUACACCUUCAUUGCCGGCAAAAACAGAAGCACCAUGCACCUCAGAGUCAACAUCCCCGAGCCGCCUCAGAUCCUCCGCCACAUGGAGCACCAGUCGGUGGAGGCCGGUAAACCUGCUCGCUUCUCGGUGCAGGUGAGCGGCAUUCCUCAGCCUCAGGUGUUCUGGUACAAGACCUCCCAGGCUCUGUCUCCAGGCUUCAAGUGCAAGUUCCUUCACGACGGCAACGAGCACACGCUGCUGCUGAUCGAAGUCUUCCCCGAGGACGCCGCCGUCUACAACUGCGAAGCCAAGAAUGACUACGGAACCGCCACGAGCACCGCAUCGCUCAACGUGGAAGUGUCUGAAGUGGUUUCUCCAGACUCGGCUGCUCCCAUUGCUCCUCCUGUCAUCAUCUCGCCCAUCGUCAGCACCUCAACACACGAGGGAGAACCGGCUCGCUUCCAGUGCAGAGUCCGUGGAGACGAUGUGAAGAUCAGCUGGUUCCACAAGGAGAAGGAGAUCAAGCAGUCAGACUUCUUCAGGAUGUCUCAGUUUGAUGACAGCUGUCAGCUGGAGAUCUCCAAGGUUUACCCGGAGGACGAGGGCGAGUACAGCUUCACCGCCACAAACAACGCCGGAGCUGCAUCCUGCUCCGCUACGCUCACACUGGACGAGCAAAAACCAUCAGUGGACAGUCCUGUCGAGCCUCAGUGGCAUGUCUCCACCAGCCUCACCAGUCUAAAGAAACCUUCCAUUGGCCAAAAGCCAGUUUUCAUCCAGUCAAUCACAAGCUGCUCAGUGCCACACGGGGAGGUGGCCCGCUUUCAUGCAUGUGUGUCCGGCAUGCCGAAGCCAGAGAUAAGCUGGUUCCACAACCAGCAGCCAGUUCAGCCCACCAAGAAUGUGGUGUUUCAUUUCGAUGAGGUGACAAACAUCGCCACGCUCAUCAUAGUCGAUGCUUUCUCUGAGCAUGAGGGGCAGUACACCUGCAGAGCAGCCAAUCAUGCUGGAGAGGCCGCGUGCUCAGCCACCCUCAUUGUUACCAGAGAAGAAGAAGGAGUGACUCAUGUGAGAGAGCAGAUUGAAGCCAAGAUUGAGGAAGAAGUCAAAGAGCGUUGUAGCACCACCAUCACCACUGUGGAGGAACAAGAGGAAACCUACUACACUGGUGUCCAGUUACCACACAAAACCAAAACACUUGAACUCAAGCCAGAGUCCAAACGUUACUCUUCCACUUUAGAGAAGAAAAAAGAAAAGCCAGUUUUCCUUACACAGCUCUCCCCAGCAGCUGUAACUACUGGGGAGACCGCCAAGUUUACUGUCAAAGUGUCUGGCUUCCCAAAGCCAACUGUUCAAUGGUCUCAAAAUGGAAAAGUAAUAAAGAGUUCUUCCAUAUACAAGCUGAUAGAAGAGAAAGAGGAGUACUCAUUAGUGAUAACCCACGUCACAUCUGAGUAUGAGGGCGAGUACUCAUGCACUGCCACCAACAGAUUUGGUCAGACAACUUGCACCACAUACCUGGAGGUGAAAAAACCUGAUGUUAGCCAAGCAGAAAAAUGGGUUGAGAAAAUGUUUAAAGUCAUAGGUCAUCCUCCUACUUUCACCGUUCAGAUCCAACCUGUGAGGUGCUCAGAAGGAGGAGAGGUUUCUUUAAAUUACAAAGCAAGUGGUGAUCCAAUUCCUGAUGUGAAGUGGUUCAAAGGGGCUUUUCAGAUUCAGCCCAGUAGAAACUGUGUUAUUAUAGCCAACCCAGAUGGAUCUGGCUUCAUCAAUAUUAAGAGCGUCAAACAGGAAGAUAGUGGCUUGUAUACAUGUAAGGCUUCUAACCAGUUUGGGGAGGCGUCCUGUAGUGCUGAGGUCGUUGUCUUCAGGGAAUCGGUCUCUGUUUCUAGCAAACAGCAGCAGCUGACAGUGGUUCAGAAGAAAGGCUACAAGGUUACAAUGACAGAACAGGCAACAGAGUCUCGCUUGUACCAGGUCAGCCUCCCUGGCCAGGACAGAGCUGGAUCUGAUCAGAUGGUUUAUACCAUCGGUACUGAAGACCGGCAGAUAAUUCCCAGUGAGCAAGUUGGCUCCCUUAACGAACUAGAUAUCUCUGCUGCCACAAUUCAUCGUGAGCAGCUGACCCACCAGGCAGCAGUACUUCAGUCUCAUGAGGUAGAGGAGAGGGUAUCUGUGGUGCCCACCCACCCACCUCAGAUCUCAGCUGUACCUGUGAAACAACUUCACAUGGCAGCGUUUACAUCAUCUGUUGAAGAGAGUCAGGACCUCAUGGAGCAGCACUGCAAUCGCAUUCAGAGCCCUGAGGUUAUUGAGCUCCAGGCAUCUCGGGAAAAGAGAUCAAAGGUAAUGUCAGCUGUAGCUGAGGAGCUUACCCCACUUUCUAAUGUUAGCACAGAGCCUCUGGCCGAUCGAAAGGCUAUUUCUGUCAAACACACCUCAGAACCGAAGCACCUAGUCAGUGGGCAUCAAGUUGAAUCACCACUGUCUAUCCUGAAAGAGCAGUCUGAAAAUAUCCCCACACUAGAAGAAGAGAAGGGUUACAAGGUUAAGGAGGGUAUUAAGAUUUUAUACUCAGCCCAGUCUGCAGAGAAACGAGUGCUUACAGAGGGCCACACCACUGAACUAGCAACAGCAGAUUCGGCUGUGAAAUCUUCUGUUGGGAAAGAACAGCACCACCCUGUCUUAGCCUUGGUCAGCAAGUCUAAACAGACUCUUUCCAAGGAGACUGAGUUCUCCAUGCAGAGGCCCCCUGCAGCAACAGCUCAUCUCUGUAAGGAUAAAAUUGUGAAGGCAGGUCUAACUACUGAAGAGAGGCAAAUACUCCAGGCUGAGGCCACUCAUCAGUUGCCAAGUUUGGACAGUGCCAUGUCUAUUCAGUCACAAGUAGAGGGAGAGCAGUUGUUGCACCUGCAGGUUAUCACAGACCAGGAUCUCCUUCCAUCUGAGACCAGCUUCACCUGUGAGAAACCAGCACCAGAGCAAGCAGGCACCAGGAAGAGUCCCAUUCUGCUGCACACUGUUAGCCAGGAUGAGCAGAGGACAGUAGUUUGUGAGAACACGUCAGACUUUGAGGCCAAAGCUAGCACCAUAACCAUCCAGCCCAAAAAAGAGGCUCCUACUCUGCUGCAUCUCCAGUCAACCUAUUCUGUGGAGGCAGAACCCAAAGAGGGUAUUCUUGUCAUUCAGAAGCCUGACCAGCAGGUGGCAUCACAGAAACAGGAAAAGGCUAGGAGUCAUGCAGCCAUAUUGGAGGAGAGAAGGGAGAUCACAGCAGAUUAUCACGCAGAACUGGCUUUGUCGGUGACUGGAGUUCAGUCUCAGUUGCGAACUGAACCCAGAACUCAAAACAUCCUCCAGCUCUCUUUCCAGCCCAUGCAACUGCCGAAAGAAAUGCCAGUUACCACUGACAUCAAGCAGCAACGAGCUUUGGUGCAGAAGGAAGAUCACUGGAACGUGAUGCAUGUCACCAGUGUGGAAGAUAGUCAGGCAUUAGAGGAAGGUCACACAGAGGGUCUUACUGCAGUGGAUGAAUUCACCUGCCAAACAGCUGUAGAGCCAAAGGUUCCUACCGAGUCAAUCCAGAUCGAGGAAAAGGAGAUCUCCACUGAGAGUAGUGUCCUUCUAGAGGCAGCAGAGCAGGACUUUGCUGUUCAAAUCCAGGAGGGCCAGUCAGUUAGGCAGUCAAUAUUGAUGGAUGAGAAGCAAGUGCUGAUGGGUGAACUCUCUCAGGAGAUCUCCAAGUCUGAAUCCACAAAAGUCGCCAUCACCACACAGCCUAAACUGUCCCUUAUGGCAUCAGAAUCAAAAGACAGCACAGCUCUUCCCAAAGAGAUGACAUUUGUGAUUCAGAUCCCUAAACCAUCCAGUCUGAAUAUACGGCAUCAGCUCAGAGAUGCUCUUCAGUCUGCAGUAGCCAGUGACCAGCCAGUGUUACUGGCUGAUGUUGUUGGAAAGUUCCAGCCUGUAGAGGUACAGGAAGUCAAGGUUCAAAGAGAGCCCAAGCGUGCCAUGUUUACAUACCUGAUUACAACAACAGGUUCUCCCAUGGAGAUUACUCUGGCUAUUGAGGGUAAAUACCCUCAGACAGCUGACCUCAGGACUGAACUCCAAGCAGCUUUCCACUCCAUAGUGUACCAGGAAGCCCAUGUUCUUGCCUCUGAACAGCCGGGCACUAUGCAGUUAGACAAACCUCAAAGGGCCCAGGUCACCUCUGCCCGCUCUAAGCAAGUGCUGUCAUCAAUGGUCGAGACAGUGAACGUGGCAGAGGGCACAGUGGAGUUCACUGCUAUUAAAUCUCAGGCUGCUGCAGUCAAAACUGAGUCGGAAAUGGCCGUUGAACAUGCUGCAGCUGAGGAACAGGUUGUGGUGCAGGAAUCUCAGUCAGCAAAGAUGGAACAUUCUAUCUCAUCCCAGAUCAAAAUUUCCACCGAAUCUCACAUGUCUUUUGAACAGUCAGUACAGGUGUCAAGAGAAGAGGUCAGGUCAGUAACGGUGAAGAGCCAAGAAAAAGACGCAGGAGCGGCUACUUUAACCAGUGCCAUGCCUCCCACCACAGUCCCCUCUGAACAGGUUGUGGAUGUCAGCAUCCAGAAGGAGCACAGGGAAGAGACCUUUAAAGGGGAAAUUACUGUAACUAGGCCUGAACAGAGAGAAUACCCUGUAAUAGUCACCUCCCUUGAAGACUUAUCCAUAGAAGAAGAUAGUAAAGUAAUCUUUAACACCACCAUUAAUUACGCCACAAAGGUAAACUGGUUUUUCAAUGGGCAAUUAGUGAAAUCUGGCAAAGAGUUCAAGUGUUCAAAAGACCACGACACAUAUACGUUGGUUAUCAACAAAGUUGUCAAGGAGAGGAAUCAAGGAGAAUAUGUUUGUGAGGCUGAGAAUGAAGCUGGCAGAACUGCAACAUCUUCAAGACUCACUGUGGUCUCAAGAGUGCCACCUCUCUUUAGGCAGAAAAUCAUCCCUCUGGAUAUUAACAUUGGCAGCCAUGCCAAGUUUGAAUGUGAGAUCGAAGAUGCUCCAAGUGUUACCUUCAAAUGGUACAAGUCUGGCACUGAGAUCAGACAGGGUGAGAAGUACCGGAUCCUAAGCCACCCCACCAGUUCCUCUCUGGAACUCCAGAACCCGGUCAAGGCAGACAGCGGUGAAUACAUGUGCAAGGCUUCAAAUCAGCACGGCACUGACAGCUGCACUGCCUCACUCACUGUGACUGAAAUGUACCCACCAGUAUUUGUUUCAAAACCAGACCCAAUGAUUUUAUAUGUGGGCAAACAAGCUGUGUUCCAGUGCUCACUCACUGGAUCCUCACCCAUGGAAGUUGUCUGGCACAAAAACAACAUAGCCAUCUCCUCCACAGGGAACUAUGUCAUGAAAUGUGAAAAGAACAAGUAUUCCCUUCACAUUAAAAAUCUUGAGCUAACUGACCAGGGAGAGUACCUGUGCAAGGCCUCCAACAGAGUUGGCACUGCUACCUUUACCACAGAGCUAAAGGUUAUCAACAAGCCCAACUUUGUUAAGACUAUUGAGCCAGCAUCAGUCGCUGUCAAUAACCCGCUAAGGCUGGAGUGCCAGGUGGACGAGGAUACUGGUGUGACUGUCACCUGGAGCAGGGAUGGCAAAAAAGUCCACCAGAGCAUGGAGUGUAAACUGUCCUUUGAGGACAAGGUGGCUGUUCUUGACAUACCCAAGUCCAAACUGAGGGACUCUGGGAAAUAUGUGUGCACAGCCACAAAUGAGGCUGGAAGCUCAUCCUGUGAGAGUAUGGUAACGGUUCAAGAACCUCCUACCUUUGUCAAGAAAAUGGAACCAAAGAUUACAUGGAAACAAGGAAUAGCUGCACGCUUACAGUGCACUGUUAAAGGGUCACCUGAACUCCACAUCCACUGGUUCUGGAAUGAGAGAGAACUUAGCAAUGGAGAAAAGUAUAAAAUCUCUUUCAAGACUGGAGUUGCCAUGUUGGAGAUAGUUAAUCUUCUGGUCACAGACAGUGGGAGUUACACCUGUGAGGUGUCAAAUAAUGCAGGCAGCGAGAGCUGCAACACCCUCAUAGCUGUUAAAGAUCCACCAUCCAUUAGAAAAGAUCUGCAGACAGUAGAGGUGGUGAAGGGAACAGCAGCUCAGCUGGAAUGUACGAUCACAGGAACAGCUCCUUUUGAAAUCAGCUGGUUAAAAAAUAAGAAAGCUAUCACCAGUGAUGAGAAAUAUAAAAUAAUCUCCCAAGAUUCCUUGUCAAGGCUGGAGAUCCAGACCUUUGAAAGUGCAGAUAUUGGAGAUUAUCAGUGUGUCAUUUCCAAUGAUGUGGGGAAAGUCACCACUAAGGCGCUUGCUAAACUUAAAGAGCCGCCAACCUUUUCAAAAAGAGUUGAGAGUUCCACAGCAGUGUUGGGAAAUACAGUGAAACUACAGGGAACCAUUAAGGGCUCGGCUCCCAUCAAUAUUAAAUGGAUGAAAGACUCUGAAAUACUGAGAGAUGAAGAUCCAAAUAUUAAGAUGGUGUUUGAAAACAACGUUGCAAGCUUGACGAUAACAACAGUGGCCAUUGGCCAUGGUGGCAAAUAUUCAUGCCAAGCUGAGAAUGAAGCUGGGCAAAAGAAAUGUGAAGCCACCUUGACUGUGCAAGAACCUGCCAGAAUCAUAGAACCUGCAGAGUCCAUUAGUGUGACUGCAGGGGAUUCAGCCACAUUGGAGUGUACAAUUUCUGGAAGCCCAGACCUCAAAGUGAAAUGGUUUAAAGACGAGAAAGAGAUGAUCAGUGGCCGCAAAUAUAAGAUGACUUUGAAGGACAAUAUUGCCACCAUGAAGAUUCUUACAGCAGAAAAAGGAGACACUUCAGACUACAAGAUGGAGGUGUCGAAUAAAGUUGGAAAAGACCAGUGCACAUGCUCAGUCACUGUCUUAGAUCGGAUAAUGCCUCCAACUUUCACAAAGUCCCUGAAAAGAGUUGAUGCUAACAUUGGUAAUGAUGUCUCUGUGGAGUGUAAAGUGUCUGGGUCCAAACCCAUGACCAUAGCUUGGUUCAAAGACGACCAGGAAAUCACGUCUGGAUCAAAAUUCCAGCCUGAAUUCAAAGAUGGCUCUGCUAUACUGAGAAUAAUUCGGGUGGAGAAGGCUGACUCUGGAGUUUACAAAUGCAGAGCCACCAAUUCAGCCGGCUUUAAAGAAACCAGUGGCACAUUCUAUGUCAAAGAGCCCCCAGUGUUCACAGUGAAACCAGACAAUCAGGAUGUCAUACCAGGAACCACUGUUUCCUUUAAAACGGCCUUCACUGGAACAGCUCCGUUGGCUGUUAAGUGGUUCAGAGAGGAAACAGAAAUUAUAACUGGCGGCACAUAUUUCAUAAAGAAAGAUGCCUCAUCAAGCUCUUUGGACCUUCACUCUGUGAAACCCAGUGACUCUUCUAAGUACACAUGCCAAGUAUCUAAUGAUGCUGGGAAGGUGGAUUGUGCUGCAGUCCUCUUUGUGAAAGAACCUCCCAUGUUUGUGAGUAAGCUUGAGGCAACCAAGCUCGUUACUAGCAGUGAUUCUGUCAGGCUGGAGUGCAAAGUGACGGGCAGCCCUGUCAUCAGUUUUAAGUGGUUCAAGGAUGAGAUGGAAAUAAGCUUCAGUCCUAAAUACAAAAUGGCCGUGAUCGACUUAGUGGCAUCUCUGGAUAUAAUCAACUGUUCUGUAGAGGAUAGUGGAAAUUAUGUCUGUCUGGCAUCCAGCGAAGCCGGUACUGACCGCUGCAGCAGCACAGUUACAGUCAAAGAGCCACCAGUGUUUGUGCGUAGCUUGGAGCCCAAAAAUGUGGUGAAAGGUUCUGAGAUGAUGCUGGAGGGCCAGGUGUCCGGGUCUGCCCCUUUCACUGUGUCAUUUUAUAAAAACUCAAAGCUGAUUAGGAAUGAUAAGAGACACAGAAUCAAUGUGAAGGAUGAGCUAGUAUCCCUGGAGGUGCUGGCGGUGGAGGCAGGCGAUGUCGGCUUGUAUCAGUGCACUGUUGAGAAUGAAGUGGGGAGGGCCUCUUGUGAUUGUCCCGUAACACUAAAAGAACCGCCAUCAUUUGUGCAAAAGUUGGAGAACCUCAACGCUUUGGUAGGCAGUGAGGUUUCCCUGCAGUGCAUUCUGAAGGGCUCAGAGCCCAUGACUGUGUCCUGGCUGAAAGAUAACCAUGAGCUCAAAGAAACUGAGAACAUUCAACUUACAUUUGAGAACAAGACCGCUGUGCUGCACGUCACCAACUUGCAGAGCAAACAUGGUGGCAAGUAUUCUUGCCACGUGCAGAAUCAGGCUGGGAGCCAGACGUGCUCUGCCGUGUUGACAGUCAAAGAGCCAGCUAAGGUGACAGAGGAGGCCAAGUCCAUCAGUGUGACUCAGGGGGAUCCGGCCACCCUGGAGGCAAGGUUCUUGGGCACUAAACCACUGAAAGCUCAAUGGUUAAAGGCCGGAAAGGAGCUGACCUCAGGCCAGAGAUAUAAAGUCCAGAGCACAGACACCAGCUCUGUGCUCAAGAUUAUUAAAACUGAGAAAAGUGAUAGUGGUGAAUACAUAUUUAAGGUUUCAAAUGAUGUCGGCAACAGUUCUUGUGAGGCAACACUCACGAUUCUUGAUCAAAUAAUUCCACCGUCUUUUACAAGAAAACUAAAGCAGACAGAAGGUAUAAAAGCAUCAUUUGCUCACCUGGAGUGUCUUGUAUCUGGCUCUCUGCCAAUAACCACACAGUGGUACAAAGAUGAGAAAGAGAUCCAGACUGAUGAGAAGCACAAAUGCACAUUCUUUGAGAAUGUUGCUUUCCUGGAAAUAACAAGUCUUGACAGUAAAGACAGCGGCAGUUAUACCUGCAUUGCUACGAACAAAGCGGGAACUGUCCAGUGCUCCGGGAUCAUGUUUGUCAAAGAACCGCCAUGUAUUCUUGAAAAGCCAGAAUCCAUGAAUGUUUUGCCUGGCUCAAAGGUCCAGUUUAACGUCCUAGUCUCUGGCACGCCACCACUGACCAUCAAAUGGUUUAAAAACAAGAAAGAGAUUUUAUCCAGUGCUGACUGCAAUGUCAUCAAAGACAACACCUCAAGCUCACUGGAGCUUUUCUUUGCCAAAACGUCAGAUUCUGGAGACUAUGUCUGUGAAAUACAGAAUGAUGUUGGCUCGACUUCAUGCCAGGCAACACUUUUCGUCAAAGAACCUCCAAGGUUCACACGGACCCCAGCACGUGUGUCUGUGGUCUGUUCCAGUCAGAGUAAAGUGUUUGAGUGUCAGGUGACUGGCACACCUGACAUAGACAUCUGCUGGUUCAAGGAAGGGUCUGAGAUCAGCCCCAGUGAUCGGUACAAGGUGGCCUUUGUUAACUCUGUUGCCACUCUGGAGAUCUGUGCAGCUGGCACUAAAGACAGUGGUCUUUACUACUGCGAGGCUCGCAAUGAAGCUGGUAGUGAGAGCUGCAGCAUGGAGCUCAAAGUCAAAGAACCACCUUCAUUUGUUAGAGAGCUGGGUGCAGCUGAUGUUGUGAAGGGCUCCAGUGUCUCUUUUGACUGUCAGCUCACUGGGACGGCUCCAUUUGAGAUAACAUGGCACAAAGACACAAAGGAGAUCAAACCCAGUGCUAAACAUGGCUUAUCUCAGCUGAAUGGCACUGCGGGUCUAGUGGUGCACAAAUGUGACUCUGUAGAUGUUGGUGAAUACCAGUGUACUGUUGCCAAUGAAGUGGGAAGCUGUACUUGUAAGACUACGCUAAACCUCAAAGAACCACCAACAUUCACCAAGAGGAUUGAGAACACUGCCACUGUUCUGGGUAAAAUGGCAGAGUUUCAUUGUGUUGUGGAGGGUUCUCCCACUCUCUCUGUACAAUGGCGAAAAGACGAGAACUGGAUUUUGGAGGAUCCAAAGAUUGAGAGAACAUUUGAGAAUAAUGUGGCCACUCUCAAGAUUCCUGCCUGUGAAGCGAGUCACAGUGGGAAGUACACCUGCCAGGUGGUAAACGAGGCUGGGCAGGAUAAGUGCUUUGCCACCCUUCUGGUGCAAGAGCCUCCACAGAUCACAGAGAAACCCGAGGUGAUAAAAGUGACAAUCGGAGAUCCAGUUAGACUUGACUGUAAGGUAACGGGCUCACCUGAGCUCAAAGUGAAAUGGAUGAAAGAUGGAAAGGAACUUCAGUCCAUCAGACAGCACAAGCUGAGCUUUGAGAAUAACAUCAGCAGCCUAAAGAUUCAGUCUGCUCAGAGAGAGGAUGAAGGAGAGUAUGUCUUUGAGGUGUCAAACCACAUCAGUAGCUGCACCUGCAAAGUCAAAAUGAUCGUAUUAGAUCAAGUAAUUCCCCCAAGCUUCAUCAAACCCCUGGUAGACAUGCAAGAGAUACUGGGUUCCUUUGUUCAGAUCUAUUGCAAAAUAUCUGGUUCCCUGCCUAUCUCUGUGGAAUGGCAGAAAGAUGGAACCAAAAUCUCUAGUGGUGUAAAACACAAACUCAUCCAGCAGGACAAUUCUGUGUCCAUUGAAAUUGAACAGCUAGAAAGAUCUGACGCAGGAUCCUACUUAUGCAAACUGAUCAAUGCAGCAGGAAGUUGUGAAUGCAGUGGAUCCCUUGUGGUCAAAGAACCUCCCAGCUUUGUGACUCUGCCUGAGUCCCAGGCAGCUCUACCCAACUCCACUGUACGCUUCAAAUGCACAUUUAACGGAACUCCUCCUUUCACCGUCAAAUGGUUCAAGGAUGAUACAGAGCUCAUGACUGGGCCCAGUUGUUUCACGGGACUGGAAGGGCUGUCUUGCUUCUUAGAGCUCUAUUCAGUGGGUGUCACCCAGAGUGGAGUUUACUCUUGCCAAGUCAGCAACGAUGCUGGCUCUGUACGCUGUAGUACAGACUUGACAGUCAAAGAACCACCUGCGUUUGUGCUGAAACUCCCUGGCACUAAGUUUGUGAAGCAGGGUGAGCCACUCCGCCUGGAGUGCAAAGUCAGUGGCACAGCCCCUCUGAAGGUGACCUGGUUCAAACAGGACACCAAGCUCACAGAGGGGGGCAACUACAAAACAUCAUUUGUUGACUCGGUUGCAGUCCUAGAACUGCUCUCUACCAGCUUUGGUGAUGAUGGAGUUUACACCUGUGAAGCUCAGAAUGAUGCUGGCAGUGUCAGCUGCAGCACCACAUUUACUGUUAAAGACGCUCCAUCUUUUGUGAAAGUGCCCCAGCCCGUUGAAGGGCUGAAGGGUAAGGACGUAAGUCUGUACUGUGAGAUGAGCGGUACAGCUCCGUUCCAGAUCACAUGGUUCAAAGACAGGAAGCCUCUGAUGGAGAGCAGGAAGUAUAAGUUGGUGAGCGAGGGCAGCUUAGCUACGCUGCAUAUAAUUGGGAUAGAGCUCUCAGAUGCCGGCGAAUAUGAGUGCAAAGUGUCAAACAGUGUAGGAAGUGACACCUGCCAGACAUCAGUUAAACUCCGAGAGCCGCCGUCGUUUGUGAAGAAACUGUCAAACAUGACAGUGAUACUGGGAGAGGAGGUGAUCCUUGUGGCCACUGUUAAAGGCUCUGAACCCAUUACUGUGUCCUGGGUUCAAGACAAGGAUCACAUUCUCAGGGACGGUGACAACAGGAAAAUCACCUUUGAGAACAACCAGGUCACUCUUAAAGUCUUUAAGGCUGAUGCAACCACAGCAGGCAAAUACACCUGCCACCUCAGAAACGAUGCUGGGAGUGUGGAGUGUUUCGCUAACUUGACUGUUCUAGAACCUGCUAAGAUAGUGGAUAAGCCCGAUGCUCUGAGCGUGACAGCAGGCGAUAUUGCCGCUCUUGAGGUUAAAGUGUGUGGAACACCAGAGCUGAAACCUAGGUGGUUCAAGGAUGGUGUUGAGCUGGCCUCUGGGAGGAAAUACCAAAUCUCAUUUUCCCAGAUGAUUUCCAGCCUGAACGUGCUCUCUGCUGAGAAAGUGGACUCUGGAGAGUACACAUUUGAGGUUAUGAAUGAGGUCGGGAAGGACCUGAGUAAAAUUAAUCUCACUGUUUUAGAUAAAACCAUACCUCCAACAUUCUCAAGGAAAUUGAAGGAUUGCAACACAAUUCUUGGACAAGCUGGAGAGAUGGAGUGCAAAGUGUCAGGUUCCCAACCUUUUACUAUCUCCUGGUACCACGAUGGGGAGGAGAUACAGAGCGGGCCAAAUUAUGAGAUUUCAUUCAACAACAACAGCUGCAUGCUGAAGGUGCCAAAGCUGAAGCUAUCUGACUCUGGCGUGUAUAAAUGUAAAGCUGUCAACAAGGCAGGAUUCAGUGAAACCACAGCCUCAUUGGUUGUAACAGAGCCCCCAACAUUUGUGGUGACCCCACAGCCUGUGGAAGCCAUGCCAGGCUCUAAUGUCACUUUCUCAGCGAUGGUGAAAGGCAGUGAGCCCCUUAAACUGAAGUGGUUCAGAGGAACCAAGGAGAUCCAGGCUGGACAAGGCUGUGAUUUCUCCCUGAAGGACAACAAAGUGAUCCUGGAGCUUUUCAAUGUGGACAGAAACCACGCUGGAGAGUACACUUGCCAAAUCAUAAAUGAUGCAGGAAAGGAAAGCUGCCCAGUUAACCUGACUGUCAAAGAACCAGCAGCCUUCUCCAAGAAACUGAAAGACGUGUCAGUUGAGAAGGGCAAAGCUUUAAUGCUGGAGUGUACAUACACCGGGACACCUAAGAUCACUGUGAACUGGUACAAAGAAGGCCAGCAGAUCUUUGCUUCUUACAAAUACAACAUCACCACGACUGAAAGUUCUUGCAUCCUGGAGUGUCUCUGCACUGAUGAGAAAGAAGCUGCAGGAAAAUACUCCUGCGAAGUGUCCAACGAUGCUGGAAAAGACACGUGUGAGGCAAACGUGUCCAUUCUUGAACCGCCGUACUUUGUUGAGUCUCUGGAACCAAUGGAGGUGACAGCAGGAGACGCUGUGUGUCUAAAGUGUCAGGUAGCUGGCACACCUGAGAUCAAAGUGUCCUGGUUCAAGGCUGAUGGCAAAGUAAGGUCCAGCCCCACUUGUAAGUUAGAGUACUCGAAGGGUGUUGCCUGUCUGAAGCUCAGCAAAGCCACCAAGGCUGACAUUGGGGAGUAUUCCUGCAAGGCAGAGAACCGGAUUGGCUCUGCCGCCUCCUCCUGCAGACUCGAUGUGAUAGAGGCUAAAACGCCGCCGUCCUUCCCCAAGAAAAUCACCAGCCUGCAGCAAACAGAAGGCCAGUCAGUCAGGUUUGAGUGCCGUGUUGCCGGCUCUUCACCCGUUGAGGUGUCGUGGCUGAAAGACGGCGAGCCACUGAGACACGGAGACGAGUUCUCCAUGCUGUACGACGACAACACGGCCGUGCUGCAGAUCGAACACAGCCAGAUGAGGCAUUCAGGGGAAUACACCUGUGCCGCCACCAACAGCGUUGGCUCCGCCUCCUGCAGAGCCAAGCUCACUCUUCAAGAACCCAGAUACCCUCCAGUCUUUGACAGGAAGUUGUCACCACGAGAGGUGACGGUGGGUGACAGCAUUGAGCUGGAGUGUCACAUGACCGGCUCUUCCCCGAUUAAAGUCAAAUGGUCCAAAGACCAUAAAGAUAUUCGCAGCGGGGGAAAUUAUAAGAUCAGCUGUGAUGAUAACACGCCCCACCUGACCAUUCUGAAGGCAGAUAAAGCCGACAUGGGGAAAUACUUCUGCCAUGCCUCUAAUGACAUGGGGAAGGACUCUUGUUCCUCUGAUGUCACAGUCAAAGAGCGUAAAAACCCUCCGGUGUUCACCAAAAAGCCGUCAGAGCACAUCGAGGACACGGAGGGCAAACUGGUGAAGAUCGAAGGCCGUGUCUCCGGCUCGCAGCCCAUGUCUGUCAGCUGGUUCAAAGACGACACAGAAAUCUUCAGCUCCGACAAAUACGACAUCAGCUUUAAGAGUAAUGUGGCUGUUCUGUGCAUUAAGAGCAGCCAGGUGAGGGACAGUGGCAAGUAUUCAUGCCACGCCUCCAACGAAGCUGGGAAAGUCUCUUGCGAUGUCUCUGUGGGCGUCUCAGAAGGCAAGAAGCCUCCAGUGUUUGACGUCCCGCUCAAACCGGUGACUGUAGACGAGGGCGAGAAGCUGAGUCUCAGGUGUCACGUCGUCGGCUCCGCUCCUCUGAAGAUCCAGUGGAUGAAGGACAGGAAGGACCUGACCUCUGCUGGUAGUACCAAGAUCAGCUUCUCAGAUGGGACGGCCUGUCUUGAGAUCAGCCCCGCCUCCAAACACGAUGCCGGCGAUUACCUCUGCAAGGCCAGCAAUGAAGCCGGCAGUGAGUUCUGCAAGGCCAAAGUCACCAUCAAAGAGAAACCAGGAGCAGCUCCAGCUCCUGCUGAAGCUCCUUCAGCUGCUCCAACCAAGAAGCUGGAGAAGCUGUUCUUCAUCGAGGAGCCCAAGACUGCACACGUCAUUGAGAAGGGAACUGCCACCUUCAUCGCCAAGGUAGGAGGUGACCCCAUCCCUAACGUGAAGUGGAUGAAGGGUAAGUGGAGGCAGAUCACUCAGGGCGGACGGAUCUCCAUCGAGCAGAAGGGCCAGGAGGCCAAACUGGAGAUUAAAGAGGUGACCAAGUCAGACUCGGGUCAGUACAGGUGUGUCGCCUCCAACAAGCACGGAGAGAUCGAGUGUAGCACCGACAUGCACGUGGACGAAAAGAAAGAAUCAACACAGCUGGAGGGCGACCUGCGAGCUAAACUAAAGAAGACUCCAUCAAAGCAGAAGAGUCCAAAGGAGGAGAAGGACAUCGACAUAGUGGAGUUGUUGAGGAAUGUGGACCCCAAAGAGUACGAGAAAUAUGCCCGAAUGUACGGCAUCACUGACUACCGAGGCCUGCUGCAGGCUAUCGAGCAGCUCAAGAAGGAGAAAGCUGAAGAAAGUGGAAGACCGGAACUGGAACGUGGAGACAGAGAGUCUGAUGAAGACAUGGCCCGACUGGUGGCCGACCUGCAGAAGAGGAUGGAGCGCACAGAGCCUGUGACCGUGGUGAAGGACAUCGCUGAUCAGGCUGUAAUCACCAAGAAAGAAGCAGUGUUUGAGUGUGAGGUGAAGAUCAACUACCCAGAGAUCGCUCUGUCCUGGUACAAAGGAACCCAGAAACUGGACACAAGCGACAAGUACGACAUCAGCAUCAGCGGCGACCGCCACCUGCUGAAAAUCAAGAAGUGCCAGUCGUCCGACCAGGGCAACUACAGGGUGGUCUGUGGGCCACACAUCUCUAGCGCCAAGCUCAGCAUCAUGGAAGCAGAGGUUGAGAAGCAUCUGCAGGAUACAUCGGGUAAGGAAGGCCAAUCAUGCACUCUGUCUUGUCAGUUGUCGAUCCCUAACGUAGAGGCACAGUGGUAUAAAAAUGGCAAGCAGUUAGAGAUGAAGGGCAGGUACACAUCCGAGGUGAAACACAAGGUUCAGAAGCUUCUGAUCAGAGAACUGAAGCCCGAAGACCAGGGCAGAUACUCCUGCAAGUACCAGCACCUGGAGUCCUCAGCAGACCUCUGGGUGGAAGCUGAACAAAUUCAUUUCACCAAACGCAUCCACAACAUCGAAGUCAACGAGCGCCAGUCAGCCACCUUUGAGUGUGAAGUUUCCUUCGACAAUGCGAUUGUUUCGUGGUACAAAGACACCUGGGAACUGAAAGAGAGCCCUAAGUACAACUUCACAAGCGAGGGCCGAAGACAUUUCAUGGUCAUCCGAAACGUGGCCAUCGAAGACGAAGGCGUAUACUCAGUGAUUGUGAGGUUGGAGCCCAGAGGAGAGGCUAAGAGCACAGCUGAGCUUUAUUUGUCUGGCAAAGAAAUUGAAUUAGCAAUGGUUCCCAUCGAUGUCCCAGACUCCUCAGUUCAGAGGCCUGAGGUGGCUUCAUCAGUGGCAGUGCAAGAAUCUGCCAAAUUGUAUCAUUAUGAAGAAGAGAUUGAACAUAGAGCUGAGUUUUCAUAUCAUUAUGAAGAAGAGGUGGAGCAGAGAGCUGCCAGAGUUCCCAUUGAAGAGCCAGUGGAGACCAAGAAAGUUGAAAUGAGAGAAGCAAUUCCUACAAAAGGUACCGCUUACAUGACUAAGCCCGAAGAGAAGCCGACACCAGCUGUGAAGGAGCCGGCACCAGCGAAAGUACCCGAGGCCAAAAAGCCCGUGGAGGAAAAGGUUCCUGUGGUCUUAGUCCCAGAGAAGAAGGAAGCUGCUGCUCCUAAAGAACCAGAGGAGAUUAAGAAGCCUGCUCCCUCUCCACCUGCUGAGAAACCCAAAGUGCCAACAAAAGAUGAGUCCAAGCCUCAGGUUCCAGCAGAGCCCAAAAAAGUGGCGCCUGCAGCUAAGCCUGAGCCUGAGCCCAAGCCUAAAGUGAAAGCAGAACCUGAAGCAAAGCCUAAGCCCGCACCGGCUCCCAAAGCAGAACCUGAACGCAAACCUGCAGCAAAGGUUGAGCCGAAGCCUGAAGUGAAGCCAGCAGUGGUUAAGAAGCCGGCGUCACCACCAUCCAAAGUCCCCGAAGAGGCAGCGAAACCAGCAAAGAUCAAGCCAGAGCUGACAAAAACCAAGCCAGAACCAGAACCUGAAAAACUAAAACCAGAAGUCCGUAAACCUGAACCUGCCGUCAAGAAGCCAGAACCAGCUGUUCCCAAACCCGAACCAGCAGUGAAAAAAGCUGAAACUGAAGUGAGAGCAGAACCAGAACCUGCAAAGGCCAAACCAGAACCUGCAAAGGCCAAACCAGAACCUGCAAAGGCCAAACCAGAACCUGCAAAGGCCAAACCAGAACCAGCAGCUGCACCAAAGGAACCUCUUAAGAAAGUGCCAGAAGCACCAACAAAGAAGGAGGAGGUGGUUGUUGCACCUUCACCUGCAGCCCCAGUAAAGGUGGAGAGAGAUGAGGAAGCACCGCAGAAGAAGCCUGUGGUAGCUGCAGUUCCUGAAGUGGAGAAAAAAGUACCUGAGCCUCCAAAAGCCAAGAAACCAGGACCUGCUGUUGUUGUUCCUCCCAAAGAAGAGCCAGCGAAGAAAGAGAAAGCUUUGAAGCCCAAAGUUGUACCUGAAGAGGUGCGUGAGCUUCAGAAGGUGUUUGAUGAGGAGGUUGUUUCAGAGCCUGAACCUGAGAGGCUGCCUGAUAAAGAGCCUGAAACAGUACCUGAGAGAAGAAGGCCUUCAGGGGAAGCUGAGGUGAAAGGAAAGAUUGCUGAGAAGGUGCCAACACCAAAGGUGGUUCCUGAAAAAGUACCAGAAAAGGUUUCAGUUAAACUCCCAACAGAGAAAACUCCUCCUGAGACCAAACCUGUAAAAGUUCCUCAGAAAAAGGAGAAAGAAGAGAGGAUUCCUGAGAGAAAGCCUGUAGAGGAAGUAAAACCCAAAAGGGAGCUGAUCUCUGAAGAAAAACCAGUUCCUCCGAAGAUGCCUGAGAAGGUUUCUGAACCUAAACAAGAGAAACAAGAGAUUCUUCGUAAAGCUCUUACAACUUUUGUCAAGAUUGAGCAAAGUAAAGAAGCUCAGAAGAUACAGGAAGUUUAUUACGUGACAGAGGAAGAAUCUCCUGCUGACGUGGACGAAGAAUCUCCUGCUGAUGUGGAGGAAGAAUCUCCUGCAGACGUGGAGGAAGAAUCUCCUGCUGACGUGGACGAAGAAUCUUCUGCUGACGUGGAGGAAGAAUCUCCUGCUGACGUGGAUGAAGAAUCUCCUGCUGACGUGGACGAAGAAUCUUCUGCUGACGUGGAGGAAGAAUCUCCUGUGGAUGAGACGAUUGUUUUGCUAUCAGAAGAAGUUGGCUUAAGUUCAACAGAAAAGCUGAGACAAAGAGAUAAAAAGUCAGAACUUAGAGAUGAGACAUACAGCAGAACAGAAGUUACAGUUGAGCUGAGGAAAGCUGCAGUUAAAGACAAACCAACUAAAGUUAUUCCAAGUGAAGAAACAAGUACAACACCAGUCAUUCCUGACGUCAAAAAAGAUGAAAGUACUGCACCGGUGAAAGUGUCAGCAAAGAAACAAGAGAAGAAGAAAAAGGUUAAAUCUGAUGAGAUAACUGACAAAUCCAAACAGGAAGUACAAAUUAGCCCCAAAGUUAAAGCUGAAGUCAAGCCCAAAGAGUCAGUAACAGAUAUUGAGCUUCAGAAGCCGAAAGAGUCAGUAACAGAUAUCGAGCUUCAGAAGCCAAAAGUGACAGAGUCUGCACAAUAUGAAGCAGAACAUAAGAAAACACAGGAAUCCAAAGACGCCGUCCCUCUUCAGAGAGGUGAAACUGGAAUCAUAAAAGUACAAGAAACAUGUCUUUUAGUCGAGGACGUGGUUCAGAUUAAACCUUCAGUACCUUCAGAACCGGAGGAGAAGGAAAGGACUUCCCUGAAAGCAGCUUCUUCUAGAGAUGAGGUGAGGAAUGUUUUUGUCAAAGUGUUGGCAGAACAGCCUUCUACCUCGUCGAAGGCAGUCUUCCAAUUUCCUGUAAAGGAGAAGGAAUCACCCCCACAAGUCAAAGAAGAACUAGUAAAGCCAGCUGCUCCUGAAGCAGAGAGCAAACCGCAGGCUGCUGUAAAAGUUCAAGAAGCUGUCAAAAGGCCGAAAGUCACUGACAAAACAGAGAAGUUGGAGAAGAGAGUGACUCCAAAAGAAGAAACCAAGCCAGUGACCAAGUAUCAACAUGUUGAGAAGACUGAAGAACCAACAAAGAUGGUUGAAGUUGUGGAAGAAGAAAAAUCAAUUGUAAUAGAGAAGAUAGUUCCUGAGACACUUCGAGAUGAAACCAAGGGACCUGUCCAAGCACCAGGAGGAGUCAAGAAAGAAAUGGUGGUUCUGCACAAAAAGGGUAAAAUUCAGUUGGAAGAGGCUGGGACAUUUGAGAUUCCCACCUUGAAGAAAACAACUACAGUCAUGAGGGAAUAUGAAGAGGAGCAUGAGAUGAUCAAACUGAAGAAGAUUCCAUCAGUUCCACUUAAAGAGUCUGAAGAAGAAGAAAAACCUCAGAAAGUCACCACGACCACAGUGUGUGAGGUUGAGGAGAUAGUGUACAAAGAAGAAGUUGUCGAGAUGUCAGUCGCCACCAGAAGAACCGCAGAGGAGAGGAAACCUAGAGAGAAAACAGAUGUGGUGAAAAAGACAGGAAUCACAAAGCCCAAAGACAAGGAACAGAAAGAAGCUCCUAAAGAUGUAUGGACCCGCCAGAAAGUCAUCCCACAGGAGGAGAAACCAGAAGAUAAGAUUUCUCUGAAGAAAACUCCCAAAGCCUUAAAGGAGGAGGAAUCAGCUCCACCUAGUGUAGCUUUGAAGAAAGUGAAGAAAUUGCCUUCAGAUGAAGUAGAACCAGAAGUAAUUAAGCUAAAACCAUUUGAGAAGCCUGUUAAGCCAUCUGAGGAGACAGAGAAAGAUGAGACGGAUAGGACAGAGAGGGACGCUGUACCUUUCCAGAAGGGAGAGAGGAUCCCGAGAGAGGUGGAAACUAAGACAACUCCAAAGAAACUGGACACAGCUCCUGCAGAGGAAAAGGAGCCACCAGCCAAGGUGCUGAAACCAGUAGAUAAAAAGAAAACUCCAGAGAAAGAGCCGGAUGAGGUUAAAGCACCAACCAAGGUGAAGAAAAUCCCAACACAAGAGCAUGAGAUGGAAAGUGUGAAGCUGAAGCCCUUCUCCAGGCCUUCCAAAGAGGCUGCAGAGCCUGAGAAGAAACCACAAGAGGACAAAGAAAGGAAGUCAACAGAUGAGCUGCGCCCUCGCCGCACAAGUCCAGCCGAAAAACUGAAAGAACCAGAGACUGAAGCUAGACCUAAGAAACCUGAGGUCCCUGAAGCUCCGGAGAAGAAGCCAGAUAAGGUAAAGGAGGCUGAAGCGGUUCCUGCAGCGGAGACCGUGUCUCAUGUUCCAGCUUCUGUUAAGAAACCUGAGAAGGUUCCUGAGGAGCCUAAACCUCUGCAGCUGAAGAAGGGAUUCACACCAAAGGUCAAAGAAGAAAAGGAAGAAGUGUCUUUGAAGCCUUUGGAGCAGCUGAAGAAGAUUCAGCUGAAAAAGACACCAUCUCCUAAGGUUGAGAAGCUUAAAGAAGCAGAGAGAGUACCAGUUGAGAGGAAGUCAAGUAUCGAUAAACUUAAAAAGAUUCCUAAAACUGUUACACCAAAAGACUCUAUUGAAGCUGUCACUCUCAAAAAGAUCCCAAAGAAGCCUUCACCAGCGGAGGAGAAAGUUAUAGAACCAGCAAAGCCUGAUAAAGGAAAGGUUCCCUUAGUGAAAAAAGUUUCUCCUGGUGCAGUGCAGCCAGAGGAAGAAGUGCUCAAAGAGAAGUUUGAGGCUGAAGAAGAGGCUGAACAAGAGGAGGAAGGCUGGGAGCUGGGUCCUGGGGAGAGUUAUGGCUCUGAAGACUGGGAAGGUGAAGGAGAGGAAGGUGCUCUGGAGGUUCCAGGGUUGGCCAGGAGAGAGGGUCAACCAGCAGAAGAAGCAGGAAGAGGUAGAGGUAGAGGACUGAAACCCAAGCAGACCCCAUCCCCUGGAGAAGGCAGGGGCCGUGGUCUGAAACCUGGUGGCAGAGGUCCAACACCACCAGACGAGCCCUUCGGAGGGUUCAAACUCAAAGCUGUCCCUCUGAAGUUCACCAAGAAGCUUCAGGACAUUGUUCUGAAGGAGGCUGAGUCUAUCGGCUCUGCUGCUGUGUUUGAAUGUGAGGUCUCGCCUUCCACUGCUAUCACCACAUGGAUGAAAGAUGAAAGCAACCUGCGUGAGAGCCCCAAACACAAAUUCACCUCUGAUGGUAAAGAUCGCAAGCUGAACAUUAUUGAUGUCCAGCUGUCUGACACUGGUGAAUAUACUUGUGUGGCCAAGAAUGCUGGCAAGGAAAUAUCAUGCACAGCCAAGCUCAUUGUUGAAGAGCUACCUGUGAAAUGGAUCAAAGAGCUGGAUGAGGAUACUUCAGCUCUGAAGGGUCAGCCUAUAUAUAUGACCUGUGAGUUGAACAAAGAGAGAGAGGUGAUAUGGAAGAGGAAUGGGGAAGUCCUGAAGAAGAAAGCCGGCAAGGUUCAGAUUAAUAUUAUUGGUAUGCAGCACGCUGUGACCAUCCAGAAGAGUUCUGAGGAAGAUGCAGGUCUCUUCUCAUGUGAAGUGUCCGGCCAGGAGGAUGUGAAGACUACAACAAAUGUCAAAGUGAUUGAAAUCGUCAAGGAUUGGAUUGUGAAACCACUGAAAGACCAGCAUGUGAAACCAAAGGCUGCUGCUACGUUUAAAUGUGAGCUCUACAAGGAGACUCCCAACUGGAAGUGGACCAAAGGAGAGAAUGAAAUCACUCCUUCUGACAAGGUUGAGAUCAAGCAAGAUGGAAAAUCACUGACACUCAUCAUCAAGAACUGUCAGCCUGAUGAUGUGGCAGAGUAUAACUUAGAGGUGGAAGGACGAGUCUACACCGCCAAACUAACACUAGGAGAGCGGGAAGCUGAUAUCCUGAAGCCCCUGGUGAGCAUUGAGAUACAGGAGAAGGAAGACGCCGUGUUUGUAACAGAAAUCUCUGAGGAGGAUAUUCCAGGAGAAUGGAAGCUCAAAGGAGAGGUUCUGACUAGAUCCCCGACAUGCGAGAUCCAAAUGGAAGGUGCAGUGCGUAAGCUGACACUGAAAAACUGUCAACUGGACCAAGCCGGCGAAGUGACCUACCAGGCUCUGAAUGCCACAACCAGCGCAAUGCUCAAUGUUAAAGAAAUCGAAAUGGACUUUAUUGUCCCGCUGACGGACGUUUCGGUGCCUGAAAAGAAACAGGCCAAGUUUGAAUGCACUGUCACAAAGGAUGUUUCUAAGGUCAUGUGGUAUAGAGGGGAUGACAUCAUCACCCCUGACCAAAAGUAUGACAUCAUCGAUGAUGGAAAGAAGCAUAUGCUAAUCAUUAACUGCUGUGAGUUUGAUGACGAGGACGAAUAUAUGAUUGAAGUUUCGGACAAAACAGCAACAGCUAGACUCACGGUGGAGGGUAUCAGGCUCAAAUUUAUCUCACCAAUAAAGGACCAAACUGUGAAGGAAGGCCAAACGGCUCGGUUCGAGCUGGAGCUCUCUCAUGAGAACAUCCCCGUCACCUGGUACAAGAACGACAUUAAAAUCCACCCGAGCAGAACAGUGGUCACUCAUGUGGAUGGAAAGAAACAUGUGCUAGAAAUAAAGGAUGUAACUCUAGAUGAUAUUUGCCAAAUUAAAGCUGAGGCUAAAGGAAUACCUGUCAUGGCCAACCUGACGGUCAUAGAGGGAGAUCCGUACUUCACAGUUAAACUGCAGGACUAUACUGCAGUGGAGAAAGACAAGGUGGUUCUAGAUUGUGAACUCAGCAAAGACGUCGAUGUCAUGUGGUACCACAACGAGGCCGAAGUUAAGGCCUCUAAAAUGUUUGCCAUUAAGGCCGAGGGCAAACGCAGGACCCUCAUCAUCAGGAAAGUCGAGGACAACGACAAAGGGCAAUACGUAUGUGAUUGUGGAACAGACAAGACGACAGCAAUGCUUUAUAUUGAAGCUCGCAGCAUCAAGAUUGUUCGGCCAAUGUAUGGCACCGAGGUGUUUGAUGGCGAGACGGCUCGAUUCGAGGUUGAGCUCAGUGAGGACGAUGUUCACGGCCAGUGGAAACUCAAUGGAGAAGUCCUCAGUCCGUCUGCCGACUUUGAGAUCGUGGAGGACGGCGCCAAACACACUUUGGUGUUGUACAACUGCAAAGUCCCUCACACUGGUGAGGUGGUGUUCACCGCUGCCAACGCAAAAUGCUCUGCUAACCUAAAAGUCAAGGAGAUCCCAGUCUCGUUUAUUACACCGCUGGCUGACGUGCACGUGUAUGAAAAGGACGAGGCAAAGUUUGAGCUGGAGAUUUCUAGAGAGCCCAAAAGCUUCCGUUGGCUGAAGGGAUCUCAGGAGUUAUCAAACGAUGACAAGUUUGAACUUCUGGUGGAAGGCAUGAGACACACUCUUAUUAUAAAAUCUGCCAGAUAUGAAGAUGAAGCCAAAUACAUGUUUGAGGCUGAAGAUAAAAGAACAUCUGGAAAGCUGAUUAUCAAAGGUAUUCGUCUUGAGUUUAUCAAGCCCAUAAAGGAUGUGACUGUGAAGGAACGUGAAACUGCAGAGUUCAGCGUCGAACUCUCUCACGAUAAGAUCCCAGUGGUCUGGUACAAAAACGACCUCCGCCUGCACCCCAGCAAGGUGGUGCACAUGUCUGAGGCGGGAAAGGUUCACACGCUGGCCUUCAAAGAGGUCACCAUCGACGACACCUCCAUGAUCAAAGUUGAGGCCAUGGGCAAAACCUCAGAGGCCAUGCUCACUGUACUCGAGGGCGACCUAUACUUCACCGUUAAGCUCCAGAACUACACCGCCGUGGAGAAGGACGAGGUGGUUCUGUCCUGCGAGCUGAGCAAGGCCGCGGGCGAGGUCACAUGGUUCAAAGACAGUAAUGAAAUAUUUCCCUCCAAGAACGUUCUUAUCCAAUCAGACGGCAAGAAGCGCACGUUGGUCUUCAAGAAGGCGGCAAAGAGCAGCAUAGGAGCGUACACCUGCGACUGUGGCACCGACAGAACCACAGCCAACCUGGACAUCGAAGAGCGUGAUAUCAAGGUAGUGCGUCCGCUGUACAGUGUGGAGGUCACAGAGACCGAGGUGGCCCAGUUUGAGACAGAGAUCUCAGAGGAAGACCCUCAUGGCACCUGGAAGCUGAAGGGAGAGGCUCUCCAUCCAUCUGGUGAUGUGGAGAUCAAGCAGGAAGGAGCCCGACACAUGUUGACUCUCUUCAACUGCCGCAUGGACAUGGCAGGAGCGGUGGACUUCGCUGCAGCUAAUGCUAAAUCUACCGCUCAGCUCAGGGUCAAAGCCCGAGUGAUCAGCAUGAAUAGGCCUCUGAAGGAUGUAACCGUGACCGCCGGGGAGACCGCCACCUUCGAGUGUGAGCUGUCAUACGAGGGCAUCACAGUCGAGUGGUUCCUGGGGGGUACCAAGCUGGAACCGAGUGACAGAGUGGUGUUGAAGGCCGAGGGAAGCGUCCACAGUCUGACGGUGCGCGACGUCCAGCUCAGCGAAGCUGGACAAGUCCGACUCACCGCCAAAGACUUCCAGACUGAAGCCAACCUCACCGUCAACGAGCCUCCAGUGGAGUUCUCGAAGCCUCUGGUGGAUCAGACGGUGGAGGAAGAAGCCACCGCUACGCUCGAGUGUGAAGUUUCCAGAGAGAAUGCGGAGGUGCAAUGGUUCAUAGACGGGAAGGAGAUCCGUAAGAACAAGAAGUAUGAGAUGAAGGUAGAUGGAUGCAAGAGGACGCUGCUCAUCCACGACUGCACUCUGGACGACUCCAGGACCUACACGUGUGACGCUAAAGACUUCAAAACCUCCUGCUUCCUCAAUGUUGAACCUCCACAUAUCGAGUUCUCAAAGCCGCUCCAUGACGUCGAGGUCAGAGAGAAGGAAUCUGCCAGGUUUGAAUGUGAAGUGUCGAGAGAAAACGUCAAAGUCCGCUGGUUAAAGGAUGGAAGUGAAAUCAGGAAGGGGAAGAAAUAUGAAAUUAUUGCCACAGGACGUCAACAUGUUCUCAUCAUCCACAAGUCUGUGUUUGAUGAUGAGGCCGAAUAUGAAUGUGGAGCUAAGACCUCCAAAUCCUCCGGCAUGCUCACCGUCGUUGAGGAGGAGGCGAGGUUCAUCAAGAACCUGUCUAACGUGGAGGGAGCUGAGAUGGACAGCGUGAAGCUGAUAUGCGAGGUGUCCAAACCCAGCGCCGACGUCACCUGGUACAAAGGAGACGAGGAGCUGCCGGAGGGCGGCCGCUACGACCAGAUCGUGGACGGGAAGAGGAGGAUCCUCCUCAUCCAGAACCUGAAGAUGGAUGAUGCUGGAGAGUACUACUGCAAGCUGAGUCCGAGCAUCACAACCUCUGGAAACCUAACGAUUAAUGAACUGGCUGCUGAGUUCAUCUCCAAGCCUCACAACCAGGAAGUGGUGGAGGGCGAAAAGGCGGAGUUCACCUGCUCCGUCUCCAAGGAAAACUACCAGGUCAGAUGGAUGAAAGACGACAAGGAGCUGGAGGAGGGAGACAAGUACCAGAUGAUCAGUGACGGAAAGAGACGAACGCUGGUCAUCAAGAACAGUGAUAUUAAAGAUGAGGGAGGAUACGUGGUGAUGAUCGGACCCAACAGAGCCAGUGUUGAUCUCACCGUGCUCGAGAAACUGAAGAUCAUCACACCGCUGAAAGACACCGAGGCCAAAGAAGGUCAGGAGAUCGUCCUGAACUGUGAGACGAACACCGAAGAAGCGAAGGCCAAGUGGCUGAAGAACGAAGAGACCAUCUUCGAGAGCGGCAAAUACGUGAUGGUCCAGAGAGAUAACGUCUUCUCCCUGAGGAUCAAAGAUGCCCAGAAGGGAGAUGAGGACAAUUACAGCAUUAACCUGACCAAUCACAGAGGAGAGCAAGCCAAGAGCUCCUGCAAGCUCACUGUCAAAGAGGAGAGUUUGAGGAUCGUGGUUCCUCUGGAGGACAUCGACACUCAGGAGAAGAAGACUGUCAGCUUCUCUUGUAAGGUCAACAGACCCAAAGCGACUCUGAAGUGGAUGAAAGGCAACGAGGAGAUCGUGUUCAACAAACGCAUCGUUUACCGAGCCGACAAAGAGAAGCACACGCUGACCAUCAAAGACUGCCUGCUGGCCGACGAGGGCGAGUACACCGCCGUGGCCGGAGACAGCAAAUCUACCGCUGAGCUGAUCAUCAGCGAGGCGCCCACAGACUUCAGCGUGCAGCUCAAGGACCAGACCAUCACUGAGUUUGAAGACGCAGAGUUCACCUGCAAAAUUACCAAAGAGAAAGCCGACGUUAAGUGGUACAGAAACGGACGUGAGAUCAGAGAAGGCCCGAGAUACACAUUUAAAAAGGAAGGAAGGUUUUGCACCUUGCACAUCAAGGAGUGCAGACCAGACGAUGAGUGUGAAUACGCUUGUGGUGUGGACGAGAAGAGAUCCAGAGCCAGACUCUUUGUUGAUGAAACCCCGGUGGAGAUCGUCAGACCGCCGCAGGACGUGUUCGAACCUCCCGGCUCAGACGUGGUGUUCGAGGUGGAGCUCAACAAGGACAGAGUGGAGGUGAAGUGGUUGAGGAACAACAUGACGGUCGUCCAGGGAGACAAAUACCAAAUGAUGAGCGAGGGGAAAGUCCACAGACUGCAGGUCUGUGAGAUCAGACCAAGAGACCAAGGAGAGUACAGAAUCAUUGUUAAGGACAAAGAUGCCAAGGCCAAGCUGGAGCUGGCAGCUGUGCCUCAGAUAAAGACCACAGACCAGAGCUAUGUCACAGAUGCUGGGAAGCCAAUCACCAUGGCCGUCCCCUACAGUGCAUACCCAAAAGCACAGGCUGAUUGGCUGUAUGACAACACAAGCCUGUCCAAAGACCACAUCCACACCUCUGCUGACCGCACAGAGUACCGACUGAAGGACCCCAAGAAAAGUGACCAGGGCCGCUACAAGAUCAUCAUCAAGAACAAACACGGAGAAGGAGAAGCCUUCAUCAACCUAGAUGUCAUCGAUGUUCCUGGGCCUGUGAAGAACCUGCAGGUAGUCGACACAGCUGAUGGAGAGGUCAGCUUGGCAUGGGAGGAACCGGAGAGCGACGGAGGCAGCAAAGUCAUCAGCUACGUGGUGGAGAGACGUGAUGUGAAACGUAAGACAUGGACGCUGGCCACCGACCACGCUGAGAGCCCAGAGUACACAGUGACCGGACUCCAGAUGGACUCCAUGUACCUGUUCAGAGUCUGCGCUCGCAAUAGAGUCGGCAGCGGCCCCAACGUAGAGACCGACAAACCUGUACAGCCCAAGAACAAGUUUGGUGUUCCAGAAGCUCCACUGAAUGUGAUAGUUGGAAACGUCACCAAGUUCGGCUGCACCGUCUCCUGGGAGCCUCCCGAGUCCAACGGAGGCUCUCCCAUCACCUCUUACAUCAUUGAGCUGCGUGACAGGACAUCAGUGAAGUGGUCUCCGGUCCAGGUGACUAAAGCCGAUGAGCUCAAGGCAAUUGUCAACGAUGUCAUUGAGAACAAAGAGUAUAUCUUCAGAGUCAAAGCUCAGAACAAAGCUGGCGACGGCAAGCCCAGCGCCGCCUCACAGCCCGUCAAGAUCAUGGAUCCCAUCGAGCGCCCAAGUCCCCCUCAGAACCUGGUGUGGCAGGACCAGAACAAGAACUCAGUACAGCUCACCUGGGAGACUCCUCUGAAAAACGGAGGCAGCAUGAUCACAGGAUACAUCAUCGAGCGCUGUGAAGAUGGCACUGAUAAGUGGCUGCGUUGCAACGCCCGCCUCUGCCCUGACCUCGUCUACAAGGUUUCUGGUCUGACAUAUGGAGCAAAGUACAACUACAGAGUGUUUGCUGAAAAUGCUGCUGGAGUGUCCGACCCAUCAAACACCAUCGGACCUCUGCUGGCCGACAACACACAUGUCGGUCCAACCUUUGACCUGAGUGCAUUCAAAGAUGGCCUGGAGGUGAUCGUCCCUCAGGCUCUCACCAUAAGAGUCCCCAUAACAGGAUACCCGACACCCGUUGCUAAGUGGACCUUCGGAGAGAAGGAGCUGACUGCUGCGGAUGAGCGCGUUACCGUGACGACCAAGUCCACAUUCGUAGAACUCAUCGUCACACCGAGUGUUCGCCCAGACAAAGGCACCUACACCCUGACGUUGGAGAACGACGUCACGUCUGUCUCUGGAGAAAUCGAAGUCAACGUCAUCGCUGCACCCAGCGCUCCAAAGGAUUUCAAGGUUCCAGAAGUGACCCGUCAACAUGUCCAUCUGAGCUGGGAGGCUCCCGAGCAUGAUGGAGGAAGUCCUCUGACUGGCUACCAGGUGGAGAAACGGGACAUGUCCCGCAAGACCUGGGUCAAGGUGAUCACAGGUAUCCAGGAUCAGGAGUUCACAGUCACAGAUGUGGUUGAAGGGAAGGAGUAUCUGUUCAGAGUUACCGCCUGCAACAAGUGUGGACCAGGAGAGCCGGCAUACAUCGACGAGCCUGUCAAUGUCUCCUCUCCCGCAACCGUCCCCGACCCUCCAGAGAACCUGAGGUGGAGAGACAAGUCAGCCAGUGGCAUCUUCCUCACCUGGGAGCCACCGAAGUACGACGGUGGUUCUGGUAUCAGAGGCUACAACGUGGAUCGCUGCCAGAGAGGAACUGAUAAAUGGGAGCCUUGUGGCGACAUGGUUCCCGAGCUGAAGUUACAGGUGACGGGUCUGACUGAAGGCCAGUGGUACUCCUACAGAGUCCGAGCUCUGAACCGACUCGGAGCCGGCCGGCCCUGCAAGCCCACCGACGAGAUCCAGGCUGUUGAUCCCAAAGAGCCUCCUGAGAUUAACCUUGACGCUAAGCUGCUGGCCGGUCUGACCGCCAAAGCCGGCAGAAAGAUCGAACUCCCGGCCGAGGUGACCGGAAAGCCAGAACCCCGCGUGAAGUGGACCAAGGCUGACACGGUCCUCAAAGCAGAUGACAGAGUGUCCAUCGACAACAAACCAGGACACUCCACCGUCACCAUUGAAAAGACCCAGAGAGACGACACCUCCACCUACAUCAUUGAGGCCACCAACAGCAGCGGUCGCGCCACCGCCACCGUUGAUGUCAACAUCCUCGAUAAGCCCGGGCCUCCCGCUGGCUUCGACAUCUCUGAGAUCACCAACGAGUCCUGCUUCCUGGCCUGGAACCCUCCGCGUGAUGACGGCGGCUCCAGAGUCACCAACUACAUCAUUGAGCGUCGCGCCGUAGACAGUGAAGUCUGGCACCGGCUGUCCUCCACCGUCAAAUCCACCACGUACAGAGCCGUCGACCUGGUCAAGUUCAAGGAGUACAUCUUCAGAGUGUUUGCUGAGAACCAGUUUGGUAUCGGAGCUCCCGCUGAACACGCACCCAUCAUCGCCAGAUACUCCUUCGACACUCCCGGAGCCCCGUACAAGCUGGAGCCAUCAGACAUCGCUAAGGACUCCGUGACUCUGGCCUGGUACGAGCCAGAUGAGGACGGAGGAAGCCCGAUCACUGGAUACUGGGUCGAGAGAUACGAGCCGGACCGCGACAAGUGGAUCAGAUGCAACAAACUGCCAAUCAAAGAUACCAACUACAGAGUCAAAGGCCUUCCCACCAGGAAGAAGUACAAGUUUAGAGUCCUGGCUGAAAACUUGGCCGGAACCGGAAAACCCAGCAAGGAGACUGACCAGAUCCUUGUCAAAGAUCCUAUCGGAGUAAUGAAGAAACGGACAAGGUUUUUCAACAGAAUUCACACCAAUACCAUAGAACAAGAAGUAGAAAAGGUGACUCGUCUGAUUGAAGGAACUGAGUAUGAAUUCAGGGUUGCUGCCUGCAACUCUUCAGGAACCGGACCGUUCAGUGGACCAUCUGACUCGGCCUUUGCUGUCGACCCUCUGACUCCUCCCGGUAUGCCUGCCGCUCCCGAGGUGGCCGAUAAGACCAAGUACAGCAUCACACUGGCAUGGAAGCCACCAGAGAGGGACGGAGGAAGCCCCAUCAAGGGCUACAUCAUCCAGGCCCAGGAUGAGGGUACGUCAGAGUGGACCAGCAUCAACGAUCCCGAGAACCUGCACCCCACCACAGAGUUCACCGUUCCUGGCCUCCGUGAGCUCAAACGCUACCGCUUCAGGAUCAUCGCAGUCAAUGACAUCGGCGAGUCCGACCCCAGCCCCCGCACCAGCGAGGUUCUGGUUGAGGAUAUCCAGCUCCCACCUUCUAUCAUGAUCAACGUACAAGUCGAUGAUCUGCUGUGUAUCCGUGCUGGAGAUCCAAUCAGGAUACCUGCCACCAUCAAGGGCCGUCCGGUUCCCAAGGUGGCCUGGGACUUCACCGGCAAAGCCAAGUCGCACAAGAAGAACAAACUGCACACACUUCCUGUCGACUCACAGGUUGAGUCCACAGAUACUACGUCCACUGUGAUCGUCCCUGUAAGUCUCAGGACCCACUCUGGACGCUACACCAUCACAGCCAAGAACAAGUCUGGACAGAAACACGUCAACGUCAGAGUUAACGUCCUCGAUGUUCCCGGGCCUCCGAAGGACCUGAGGGUGACGGACAUCACCCGGUCGACCAUGAGGCUGAUCUGGAAACUGCCCGACAACGACGGAGGAGAAAGAAUAAAGAGCUACUUCAUCGAGAAGAGAUGUGUCACUGACAAGGCCUGGACCAAGGUGAAUGAUGCGUGUGCCAGCAUGGCGUUCGUGGUCCCUGGUCUGCUGGAGGGACAGGACUACCUGUUCAGAGUCCGAGCUGAGAACAGACUCGGGUUCAGUCCUUUCACCGUCACCUCUGAACCUGCUCGGGCCAGAGAUCCCAUCUACCCCCCCGACCCCCCCACCAAGCUAAAGGUCAACCUAGUGACGAAAAGCACCGUGACUCUGACCUGGGAGCCUCCCAAGAACAACGGCGGCUCUCCCAUCAAGCAUUACGUCAUCGAGCGUUUGAGCUGGGACACGAGCGGCAAAGAGAAGGAGACCUGGAAGCAGUGCAACAAGAGAGACGUGGAGGAGCUCAGCUUCGUGGUGGAGGACCUGAAGGAGGGAGGAGAGUACGAGUUCAGAGUGAAAGCUGUGAAUGCUGCUGGACCGAGCCGACCCUCCGCCACUGUUGGACCGAUGUUCAUUAAGGAUCAGACCUGUGCUCCCACCAUCGUGCUGCGUGAGGCGAUGGAGGGCGAGGAGGGCUGUGAUGUCAGCAUCGUGGCGAAGGUGAGCGGCUGUCCGUUCCCGACGCUCACCUGGCAGCACGCCAGCCUGGCCAAACCCGAAGAGAAGGCGGCCGUCCAGUACGACCAGCACAUCAAUAAACUGGUGACGCAGGAUAAGUGCACGCUGCUGGUGCACGACGCCAGCAGGCACGACAGCGCCAUCUAUAGUCUGACAGCCAGCAACAGCCUGGGCACCGUCACCAAGGACAUCAAACUCACGGUGCUGGGACCUCCCGGCCCGCCCGUUGGACCCGCCAAGUUCACAGAGGUGUUUGCAGAGAGGAUCGGCCUCUCCUGGAGCCCCCCCACAGACGAUGGCGGCUCCAAGAUCACCAACUAUGUUGUUGAGAAGCGUGAAGAAAACAGGAAGUCUUGGGUCCAUGUCUCUAAUGACCCCAAAGAAUGUGCCUAUGUGGUGACCCGGCUGACGGAGAAUCAUGAAUAUGAGUUCAGAAUCAUGGCUCAGAACAAGUUUGGAGUUGGGCCACCGCUGGUCAGCGAGCCGGAGAAGGCCAGAAACCUCUUCACCGUCCCGGGUCAGUGUGAGAAGCCCACAGUGACCGACGUCUGUCUGGAGUCCAUGACCGUCAACUGGGAUGAGCCCAAGUAUGACGGCGGCUCCUCCAUCACCGGCUACAUCAUCGAGAAGAAAGAGACGACCGCCAAGCGCUGGAUCCGCGUGAACAGGGAACCGAUCCGUGCGCUGCCACUGGGCAACAACUGGGACGUCACCGGCCUGCUGGAGGGAGCCAUGUACCAGUUCAGAAUCACUGCUAUGAACGCUGCAGGAUGUGGCCUGCCCAGCCCCCCCUCUGAUCCUGUACUCUGCAGAGACCCCAUCACGCCUCCUGGUCCACCCACUCCAAAAGUGAUAGAUUGGACAAAGUCAACAGUGGAGCUGGAAUGGAUACCUCCUGUGGUAGACGGAGGGUCAAAGGUCACCGGCUACAUUGUAGAAUACAAGGAGGUGAACAAGGAAGAAGAAGACAAGAAAGCUCAGAGGAGGCUCCUGUUGAGUGAUGAGGAGGAGAAAGAGCCAGAGAGCGAUGAAGGCUGGGAGAAGGCGAAGGACACAGAGAUAAGAGGAACUAAGUUUGUGGUGGCCAACCUGAACGAAGGCGGUCUGUACCGCUUCAGAGUGACAGCCGUGAACGCAGCCGGUGCUGGAGAGCCCGGACUCGUGUCUGAGCUGAUCGAAGUCAAAGACAGAACAAUUCCUCCUGAGAUGGACCUGGAUGCCUCAGUCAAGGAAAAGAUCGUGAUCCACGCUGGUGGCACCAUCCGCAUCAUUGCCUAUGUAUCCGGUAAGCCCGCUCCACAGAUCAGCUGGUCCCGAGACGACGGAGAGGUGCCCAAGGAGGCGGCGGUGGAGACGACAGGCAUCUCCAACUCACUGGUCAUCAAGAACUGCAGACGCCAGCACCAGGGCAUGUAUACCCUGACCGCCAAGAACGAGGGUGGAGAGAGAAAGAAGGCUGUCAUUGUGGAGGUUCUGGACGUCCCCGGACCGGUCGGUCAACCCUUCGCCGGACACAACUUGACCAACGACUCCUGCAAGCUGACCUGGUAUUCCCCCGAGGACGAUGGCGGCUCCGCUAUAACCAAUUACAUCAUCGAGAAGAGAGAGUCAGACCGCAUGGGCUGGACCUCGGUGUCCUACACGGUGACCAGGAACAACGCUGUGGUGCAGGGACUCAUCGACGGCAAGGGAUACUUCUUCAGGAUCGCAGCGGAGAACAUCAUCGGCAUGGGACCGUUCAUCGAGACGGACAAGAUGGUGCUCAUCAAGGACCCCAUCUCCAUCCCCGAGCGUCCAGAGGACCUGAUCAUCACUGCUGUCACCAAGGACUCGCUCUCCAUCGCCUGGAAGCCGCCCAAGUACGACGGCGGUGCAGAAGUCACCCAGUACAUCCUGGAGUCCCGCAUGAUCGGUCGGGACAACUUCACACGUGUAGGCGGAGAUGAGAAACUGAUGGAAAGGAAGUUCACACUCAGCGGGUUGAAGGAAGGCUCGAGCCACGAAUUCAGAGUCUCUGCCGUUAACCAGGUGGGACAAGGAAAACCAUCCUUCGCCACCAAACCCGUCCAGUGCAAAGAUGAGCUCGAACCACCCAAUGUGGAACUUGACUUCAGGGAUAAGAUGAUGGUGAAGGUGGGAAACCCCUGCACACUGUCAGGAAGCUACAGCGGGAAACCGGUCCCGGCUAUCACCUGGAAGAAGAAUGACGAGGAGCUGAAGGCAGAAGAGGAGAUCAGCUUCCACAGCACCACUCAUCACCUCAGCCUCAACAUCAGUAAAGCUAAGAGAGAACACAGCGGCCGCUACUGCGUCAGUGUGGAGAACGCCGCCGGCUCUCGCACCGGACUCUGCACCAUCACCGUGGUUGACCGUCCUCAGCCACCAGAGGGCCCCGUUGUGUUCAACGAGGUCUACAGGAACUACAUGGUCAUCUCCUGGAACCCCCCUCUGGAUGACGGAGGUUGCGCAAUCUCCACCUACAUUGUGGAGAAGAGAGACACCAACAGAGACUUGUGGAUGCCCGUCACCUCAUCCUGCACCAGGACCACCUGCAAGGUCCCCAAACUGAUCGAAGGCCGUGAGUACAUCAUCAGGAUCAUGGCUCAGAACAUCUACGGCAUCAGCGACCCUCUGCUGUCAUCUGAGAGCAAAGCCAGAGACAUCUUCAAGGUUCCUGAUGCUCCCAAACAACCCACAAUAAAGGAAGUUUACCAUGACUCUGCCCUCAUCUGCUGGGAGCCACCUGCUGAUGGAGGAAAGCCAAUCACAGGCUACAUCGUGGAGAGAAAGGAGACCAUGGCUAACAGGUGGGUUCGCUGCAACACAGACAGGAUCUUCCCGAAGGUGGAGUACUGUGUGACAGAGCUGCUGCAGGGCUGUGAGUACGAGUUCAGAGUCAGCGCUGAGAAUGUGGUUGGAGCUGGAGACCCAAGCCCACCAUCCAAACCCGUCUUCGCCAAAGAUCCCAUUGUGAAACCAAGUCCUCCAGUGAACCUGAAAGCCAUUGACCACACUAAGGAGUCAGUAACUCUUACCUGGCAGCCGCCUACUGACACAGGCAGAGGAAAGAUCUUUGGAUACCUGCUUGAGUUCCAGAAGGCUGGAGAGGAGGAGUGGGAGAAGGUGAACCAGACUCCAGACUCCUGCCAGGAGACCAACUUCAAGGUGAUCAACCUGGAGGAUGGUUCUCUAUACCGUUUCAGAGUUAUGGCCGUCAAUGCUGCAGGAGAGUCCGACCCGGCUAAUCUGAGGGAUCCAGUCAGAGCACAGGAUAGACUUGAGCCCCCAGAGUUGAUUUUGGAUGCUGGGAUGACCCGGGAGGUGAAGGCCAUGGCCGGCACCCACAUUACUCUUAUGGCUACCAUCAAAGGCGUCCCGUUCCCCACCGUUACUUGGAAGAAGAAUGAUGCCGAGGUACCAACCAGGGCCGACAUUGAGACCAAACAGGACGGCACCAAGCUGGAGAUGAGGUUCUGCAACCGCGGUGACUGUGGAGACUACACACUAACUGUGGAGAACCCGGCUGGAUCAAAGACUGUCACCUGCACUGUGCUUGUUUUCGACAAACCUGGUCCUAUUCAGCACCUCCGGGUUUCUGAUGUGAGGAGUGACUCUGCCUACCUGUCCUGGAAAGACCCAGAAGACAAUGGCGGUGUUCGCAUUACUAACUUUGUGGUGGAGAAGAAAGACACAGCAGCCACUCAGUGGGUCCCUGUGUGCUCCACAUCCAAGAAACGCAGCAUGAUGCUGAAGCACCUGAUGGAGGGCACCUCCUAUGUGUUCAGAGUCGCUGCUGAGAACCAGUAUGGCCGCAGCGAAUACGUUGAGACACCAAAGGCCAUCAAGGCCAUGAACCCACUCUUCCCUCCUGGUCCUCCCAAAGACCUGCACCACGUUGACGUGGAUAAGACUGAGGUGUGGUUGGUUUGGAACUGGCCUGACCGCAACGGAGGAAGCAACAUCACAGGCUUCCUGGUGGAGUAUCAGGAGGAGGGAGAGAGGGAGUGGGAUGAGUGGAAGACUGUCAGCAUCCCAGAGACUCAUGUGACUGGCCUGGAGGAAGGAAAGACUUACCGCUUCAGAGUGAGGGCUGAGAACGCCAUUGGCCUCAGCAGACCUGACACCACUGUGCCUAUCCUCUGCCAGGAGAAACUGGUGGCUCCAAUUGUUGAGGUUGACGUUAAGCUCAUCGAGGGCAUCAUCGUUAAGGCUGGCACCACCAUCAGGCUGCCAGCUAUCAUGAGAGGAAUCCCUAUUCCAACUGCAAAGUGGUCCAUUGAAGGAGAUGAGAUCACCAGCGAAGGCAACAUUAAGAUUGACACUGACAACUUCUCCACUGUGCUCAGCAUCAACGAUUGCACAAGGAACCACACUGGCACCUACCUGCUCACUGUUUCAAACCCAGCUGGUACCAAGACAGUGGCCUUAAAUGUCACUGUCCUGGAUGUGCCUGCUGCUCCUUUAGGACCAGUCAACAUCCUGGAGGUCACUCCUGACUCCAUGAUGAUUGAGUGGCGUCCUCCCAAGGAUGAUGGUGGCAGCCCUGUCACCAACUACACUGUGGAGAAAAGAGAGUCCAAUAAGGAAACUUGGGGAGGUGUGAGCUCUGGCAGCCUUGCCACUAACCUCAAUAUCACCCGACUUCAGAAGGGAGUGGAGUAUGUGGUUCGCAUUCGUGCUGAGAAUAAGAUGGGCAUUGGUGCUCCUCUGGAGAGCAAGCCCACUGUCGCUGAGCACACCUUCAUGCCACCAAGCCCACCUGGUAAACCAACGCCCUAUGAUAUCUCAGAAGAUGCUGUUACAAUGGGGUGGACUAUGCCCCUUGCUGAUGGUGGCAGCCAGAUUAUUGGCUACCUCGUUGAGCGCAGACACAAGAAUGGAAAGUGGAUCCGUGUGAACAAGAAGCCCUGCAAGGACCUAAGGUACAGAGUUCAGGGACUGUUUGAGGGCAAUGAGUAUGAGUUCAGAGUGUUCGCUGAGAAUAUUGCUGGCUACAGUGGCCCCUCUCCCAUCUCUGACCCCUGCAAGCCCUGCAGGCCAAUCACUGUCCCAAGCCCCCCUGUCAACCCCAAAGUUAAAGAUUACAGCAAGACCACUGCUGACCUGGUGUGGACCAAACCCAACAAAGAUGGAGGCAGCCCCAUUCUGGGAUACACUGUGGAAAUGAAGAAAGCUGAUACUGAAGAGUGGACUAAAGUCAACCUCGAUGAUUUCAUAAAGCAGUGUGCCUACAGGGUUAAGGGUCUGGAAGAGGGCGUGACCUAUAGAUUCAGAGUCUAUGCCUCAAACAUGAUUGGGGAUGGAGAGCGCAGAGAAAUUCCAGACUCAAUCACUGCUCAGGAUAUCCUGAUUCCUCCAGAGAUCGAGAUGGACGCAGCAUGCCGUGAGCGUCUCACUGUACGUGUGGGACACAACAUCAACAUCAUUGGCUACAUCAAGGCCCGUCCUGAUGCUGAGGUGCUUUGGUUGAAGGAAGAGACAGUUCUGGAGAACAGCAAGCGUGUCACCAUUACACAGAACUUCCCUGUGGUCCACCUGAGGAUUAAAGAAGCCACUCGAGCUGACCACGGCAAAUACACCUUGAAAGCUUCCAAUGAGGGUGGUGAGGCCUCCUGCACCAUCACGGUCAACGUGCUGGACAGACCCAGCCACUGCCAGAACCUCCACACGACUUAUGCCACCAAGAACUCAUGCAUGGUCAACUGGGAGGCCCCUAAAGACAAUGGCGGCUCUGAGAUUACUAACUAUAUUGUUGAGUGCCGUGAGCCCAGCGUUAGCAUGUGGUCUAUGAUCUCCUCCCAUUGCACCAAUCGUAAGAUCAAGACCAAGAUGAUGGAGGGUCAUGAGUACCUGUUCCGUGUCUGUGCUGAGAACAAGAUGGGCCCUGGGCCCUGUGUGGAGACAAAGACUCCUCUGCUAGCUAUUGACCCCAUUGAGAAGCCAGGUGAGCCUGAGAAGUUCAGGGCCACAGACAUUGGCAAGAACUAUGUCAAUCUGAAAUGGAGGAAGCCUGACUAUGACGGAGGCAGCCCUAAUAUCUCAUACAACCUAGAGUGCAAAGCCAAAGAUGCUGAGGAAUGGGAGAUACUCAACACUGACACCCUCACCAACACCUUUUACCUGGCUGACAAGUGUGUUGAGAACCAAGCGUACACAUUCAGGGUGCAGACUGUCAAUGAAGGAGGGGAGAGUGCCUGGGUGAAACUUGAUGUUGUGGUAAAGGAGGAAAUCCAGAAGCCUGUCAUUGACCUGAAGCUGGCUGGAAGUCUGACAGUAAAAGCCGGAGAGUCAGUCAGGAUAGAGGCUGCCCUGAGAGGAAAGCCCCAGCCAGAAGUCAAGUGGAUAAAAGACAAGGCAGUUGGAGACAACCCUAGAAUCAGCUAUGAGACUGGCUCUGACUACUCCAAGUUCCUUCUGACCAAGUCCAGACGCACUGACACCGGAAAGUAUAUUAUCACUGCCACCAACUCCGCUGGCACAUUUACAGCAUAUGCCAACGUCAACGUCCUGGACGUCCCUGGCCCAGUGAGGAACCUCAGGAUCACAGGCCUUGGAGCUGACAAGUGCAGAGUGGUGUGGGAUGCUCCAGAAGAUGAAGGAGGCUGCGAGGUGGACAGCUACAUCCUAGAAAAAUGUGAGACCAGGAGAAUGGUCUGGUCCACAUACUCUGCCUCUGUGGUCACACCAUACUGCAAUGUCACUCGUCUGGUGGAAGGCAAUGAGUACAUUUUCAGAGUGAGGGCUGAGAACAAGAUGGGAACUGGUCCCGCUAUGGAGAGCAAGCCUGUCACUGUGAAGACUCAGUUCAACAAACCUGGACCCCCUGAAUCACCUGAGGUCACAAAGGUGGGUAAAACCGAAAUGACCGUGGUAUGGGCUCCUCCUGAGAACGAUGGAGGGAAGUCGAUAACCGGUUACAUCCUGGAGAGAAAGGAGAAGAGGGCAGUUCGCUGGGUGCCAUGCACUAAGAGCCCCAUCUCCGAGAGACGCAUGAAAGUAACCAACCUGAUCCCCAACCAUGAGUACCAGUUCAGAGUGAAGGCUGAGAAUGAAGUCGGACUGGGAGAGCCCAGCAAACCCUGCAGACCUGUCGCAGCCAAAGAUCCCAUUGAGCCACCUGGUCCCCCUGCAGGCCUGAAAGUGGGCGACAGCACCAAGACCUCCAUCACUCUGUCCUGGUCUAAACCUGUGUAUGACGGCGGUGCCCCUAUCAUUGGAUACAGCCUGGACAUGAGGCUAAAGAGCGAGGCAGACCCCGAGAAGCCCACAGAGGGCUGGAAGAGGAUUGACACCCACGGCCCACUGGUCCUCACAGAGUUCACCAUUGGCCAGCUGGAUGAGAAGCAGGAGUAUGAUUUCAAGGUCUCUGCCAAAAACCAGGUGGGCUGGGGACGCCAUGCCUACCUGAAAGAGGCUGUUUCCCCCAAAGAGAUCCUGGAGGCUCCAGAGAUUGAACUAGAUGCCAGUUUGAGGAAAGGCCUGGCUGUCAGAGCUGGCUGUCCAAUUAGGCUCUUUGCCAUCAUCAGAGGAAGGCCUUCCCCCAAGGUGACCUGGAAACGUGUGGGUGUGGACAAUGUGAUCCGCCGAGGUCAUGUGGACCAGGUUGACACCAUGUCCUUCCUCGUCAUCCCGGAGAGCACCAGAGAAGAUUCUGGAAGAUACUCACUAACUCUGUCCAACUCCGCUGGAGAGAAGGCUGUGUUUGUCCGUGUCAAGGUUCUCGAUACUCCUGGUCCUGUUGGCGGCCUGGAGGCAACUGAUGUCACCAAGACUGCAGCUCAGCUGUCCUGGUUACCACCAGAUAAUGAUGGCGGCAGCCCUAUACUCAGCUACAUCGUGGAGAAACGUGAGGUCGACAGGAAGACCUGGACCAAGUGCAUAGAGGACUUGAAGAAGACCAGCUUUAAGGUGACAACAAUGGCACCUGGCAUCGAAUACUACUUCAGAGUCAUGGCCACCAACAAGUAUGGCAUCGGAGUUCCUCAGGAUUCACCCAAGUCCUACCUGGCUGUCGACCCCAUCAGUGAGCCGGAUCCUCCAAAGAAGAUGGACGUGUUGGAGAUAACCAAGAACAGUGCCACUCUGGGCUGGUUGAAGCCACUCAGAGAUGGAGGAGCUAAGAUCAACGGUUAUGUGGUGGACUACCAGGCGGAGGGCGCAGAAGAAGACAAGUGGACACCUUAUUCUGUGGUCAAAGACCUGACCAUUGUGGUGGUCGGUCUAAAGGAAGGAACAAAGUACAAGUUCAGAGUGGCAGCCAGGAACUCAGCAGGAGUCAGUCUGGCCCGAGAGGCAGAGGGCGUGUUUGAGGUUAAGGAGCAGCUCAUGGCUCCUAAGAUCAUGAUGCCUGACAUUGUGACCGUCAGAGCUGGAUCCAAGAUGGUGGUCGAGGCCAUUGUAGCGGGUAAACCUGCUCCGUUCUGCAAGUGGAAGCAGGGCAGCGAGGACGUGCUGACUUCCGAUCGUCUGUCUGUUGUCAAGACACUGACGACCUGCACGCUCAUUAUUAAGAAUGUGACCAGAGCAGACAGUGGCUACUAUAGCUUGUCGGUUGAAAACAGCACCGCCAGAGUCAACCAAAUCCUCAGAGUCAUUGUCAUGGACAUUCCUGGACCCCCUGAAGCUCCGCUGGAGAUCACUGAGCAGGACAUUGAUGCCUGCACGCUGCUGUGGAAUUCUCCACAGGAGGACGGUGGCAGCAACAUCACAAACUACAUUGUGGAGAAGUGUGAUGUUAGCCAGGGCGACUGGAUCACUGUGUCUGCGUCCUGCACCAAGACCAGCUUUAGGAUGACCAAACUGACAACUGGAAAGGAGUACAGCUUCCGAGUCCGGGCUGAGAACAGGUUCGGCGUCUCUGCACCCAUCUACUCUGAGAAGAUGAUUGCCAAAUAUCCAUUUGAUCCUCCUAGCGAGCCCAGAAACCUGCAGAUUAAUAAGAUCAACAAGGACUUUGUCAUCCUGUCAUGGGAGUGUCCCAGCAGCGAUGGCGGCAGCCCCAUCACUGGAUACUGCAUUGAGAAGAAGGAGAGGAACAGUCUGCUGUGGGUCAAAGCCAAUGAGUCAGUGAUCAAAUCCACCCAGUACACCUGCACUGGCCUGAUGGAGGGUUUGGAGUACACUUUCAGAGUUUCAGCCCUCAACAUGGCUGGACAGGGCAAACCCUGCAAAAACACCGACAUCAUCACAGCCAGGACUGACAUUGACCCACCAGGUAAACCUGAGGCCAUGGAUGUGACCAAGAGCACUGUCUCAUUAAUCUGGAACCGACCCAAGCAUGAUGGCGGCAGCAAGCUGAUUGGCUAUUACAUGGAGUAUGCAAAGCUUCCAGAGAUGAAGUGGACCCGUUGCAAUGCCAACUGCAUGAAUAUCCAGACAGAAAGUUAUGUGGUGACUGGCCUGGAAGAGGGCCAGCAAUAUCAAUUUAGAGUUAUCGCCAAGUCUGCCGUCAACAUCAGCCUCCCAUCUGAGCUGUCUGACCCAAUUCCUGUCAUUGCUGAGAAUGUUCCUCCUCGUGUGGAGCUGGGCCUGAACAUGAAGACCCUGAUUGUGUUGAAAGCUGGAGAGAAUGUCUUCCUAGAUGCUGAGGUGUUUGGAAAGCCCCUGCCCAAGGUGAGCUGGAAGAGAGACGGAGUGCCUCUGGUCCUCAGAGAGGGAAUGAAGAUGUCCCAAAAGAAACACGUCCACAUACUGGAGCUCUACUCAGUUACCAGGAAGGAAACUGGGGACUAUAGUAUCACUGCUGAGAACAUCAAUGGUAGCAAGUACGCUACCAUCAAGGUCAAGGUUCUCGACAAACCAGGCCCUCCAGCCUCAGUGAAAAUCGCUAAGGUGUUUGCUGAUCGUAUCAAGCUGCGGUGGGAACCUCCUCAGGCAGAUGGCGGCUCUGAGAUCACCAAUUACAUCAUUGAGAAGCGUGAAACCAGCAGGGCCAACUGGGCGCUGGUCAGCUCCAACAUUCACGGACACCUCACUGAUUGCUCAGUGGAGAAACUCAUCGAGGGACACGAGUACGAGUUCAGAGUCAGCGCUGAGAACCAGUAUGGUGUGGGAGACCCUAUUAUGACUGACCCUGUCAUGGUCAAGAACCCAUACGACGUCCCCGGUCCCUGCGAGCCACCUAUCAUCACCAACAUCACCAAGAACUCCAUGACAGUCAGCUGGAAGGCACCAGCCAACGAUGGCAAGGCCACUAUCCUGGGCUACAUGUUAGAGAAACGUGAAGCCACUGAGUUGACCUGGGCUAAAGUCAACCGACGCCCUGUCAUCGACAGGACCCUGAAGGCUGUUCAGCUGACAGAGGGCUCAGAAUACGAAUUCAGAGUCAUUGCCAUCAACAAGGCCGGGCUGGGUAAACCCAGUGACGCGUCCAACGCUGCGCUAGCAGUCGACCCCGUCUAUCCACCCGGCCCACCUGCCUUCCCCAAGGUGGUGGACUCUACCAGGAGCUCUAUCAGCCUUAGCUGGAGCAAACCAGCGUACGAUGGUGGAUGUGAGAUCAUUGGCUACCUGGUGGAGUGUAAGCUAGCUGAAGGAGAGAACUGGACCAAGUGCAAUGUUCCCAAGAAACUUCAGGCUACCAAGUUCCUGGUGACUGGCCUUAUGCACAACACUGAGUACGAAUUUAGAGUCACAGCUGUCAACAAGAUUGGCUACAGCGACCCUAGUGAUGUCCCUGGAAAACACACGGCCAAGGACAUCCUCAUCGCUCCUGAAGCUGAGCUGGAUGCUGACCUGAGAAAGAUUUUGGUUCUUAGAGCCGGUGUCACCAUGAGGCUCUAUGUCCCCCUGAGAGGACGCCCGGCGCCUAAAGUGACAUGGACCAAGGUGGAUGCCAACCUGUCAGAGAGGCAGGGUCUGAUGAUCAAGACAUCAGAGUGGGACACGCUGCUGUUGGCAGAAGAAAUUAACAGAUAUGAUGCUGGAAAAUACACCUUGACACUGGAGAACAGCAGUGGCUCCAAGAGUUACAUCAUCAUUGUCAAGGUCCUUGAUUCUCCUGGACCGCCUACAAACCUGAUUAUCAAGGAAACCUCCAGAAGCCAUGCCUGGAUCACCUGGGAUGCCCCACUGAUCGACGGUGGCAGCCCAGUCAAGAACUACAUCGUGGAGAAGCGUCUGGCUGAGAGGAAGGCCUGGACAUGUGUGUCAGCAGAGUGUGUCAAGCCGUCAUUCAGGAUCACCAACCUAGAGGCAGGACAAGCCUACUGCUUCAGAGUGCUGGCCGAGAAUGUCUAUGGCAUCGGAGAGGGCUGCGAGACUGCUGGCAGUGUGCGGGCCUCAGAGCAACCUGGUCCAGUGAUGGACUUCAAAUCCAAGAAGACUACCAAGGACUCAAUCACCUUGGGCUGGAAAAAGCCUAUCAGUGAUGGCGGCAGUCAUGUUAAGGCCUACAUCCUAGAGCAGAAUGAAGGUGAGGAGAAGUGGAAACAGAUCAUGAAGGGCAAGAAUACCUUACACACCAUCAGUGAGCUCACUGAGGGCCAGGAGUACUUGUUCAGAGUCAAGGCACUCAAUGAAUCCGGAGAGGGACCAACCACUGACCUCACCGUUGUUGCCAAGGACCAGUUUGUGCUGCCUGACUGCAACUUGAGCUGUGUGCAUGAUGGUUGCUAUGUGGUGAAGGAGGGCAGCACCACACGUAUCAACAUCCCCAUAGUUGGUGUACCCUACCCCACUGCCACAUGGAAGAAGGGUGAUGUGGCCUUAGGCGACACUGGCCGGAUGUGCGUGGAGGCAUCUCAAGGCAUCACCACCCUGCUGAUCAGGGACUGCCAGAGAGGAGAUGCUGAAACUUACACCAUCAAUGUCAGAAACAGCUCUGGCUCCAAGGACUGCAAGUUCCAGCUCAAGGUAGUAGGCAAACCGGGCAUCUGCACAGGACCUAUCAAGUUUGACGAGAUCACUGCUGACGGCAUCACUCUGGAAUGGGGGCCACCCAAAGAUGAUGGUGGUGCAGAGGUGUCUAACUACAUUGUAGAAAAGAGGAGGACAACAGACAAUAAGUGGGCCACAGUGGCUUCAGCAAUUCAAAAGACUACCAUGAGAGUGAUCCGUCUCCAUGACGGAACGGAGUACAUCUUCAGAGUAUUCGCUGAGAACAAGUAUGGGGUUGGAGAGUAUCUGAGGUCAGAUCCAGUCAUUGCCCAGCAUCCAUUCAAUGUGCCUGAUGCACCUGCUCCUCCAGAGAUUGUGAGCAUCCGCCAUGAGUCAGCCAUCCUGACCUGGGCUGAUCCAAAGGACAGUGGUGGCUCCCCAAUUACUGGAUAUCAUGUGGAGUUUAAGGAGAGAAACAGCCUGAUGUGGAAACGGGCCACCAAGACUCCUCUGAGAGUUAAAGAGUGCAGAGUCACUAGCCUGGUAGAGGGAUUAGAGUACGAGUUCAGGGUAAUGGCCAUGAACGUGGCAGGCCUAGGAAAGGCAAGCAAAACCACUGAGGCUGUGGUCGCCCUGGAUCCUAUUGAUAUUCCUGGGAAGCCUGAAGUGAUCAACGUCACCAGGAGCACAGUCACUCUGAUUUGGACCGCUCCCAAGUAUGACGGCGGCUACAAGCUGACUGGCUACAUGGUGGAGAAGCUGGAGGCUGGUGGUAAGGCCUGGAUGAAGGCUAAUCAUGUCAACAUCCAAGGCUGCGCCUUCACUGUCCCUGACCUAACCGAAGGAUCUCAGUAUCAGUUCAGGAUCCGGGCUAAGAACUCUGCUGGCGCUAUCAGUGAUCCUUCAGAGUCUACUGAUCUUCUGACAUGCAAGGACGAGUAUGAGCCUCCAACCAUCACUAUUGACCCAGAGAUGAAGGAUGGUGUAUCAGUCAGAGCAGGAGACACAAUUGUGAUCUCAGCCUCCAAAAUUGUGGGUAAACCCCCACCCACCUCUAUCUGGUCCAAGGCAGGCCGUGAGUUCAAGUCCUCUGACAUUGUCACCAUCACCAGCACCCCUACCUCCUCCACCCUGGCUAUUAAGUAUGCUAGUAGAAAGAACACAGGAGAGUACACCAUCACUGCGAGCAACCCCUUUGGCAUUAAGGAAGAACAUGUUAGGGUGAAGGUCCUGGAUGUUCCUGGACCCCCAGGCCCCAUAGAAGCCAGUAACAUUUCAGCUGAGAAGUGUACUCUGACCUGGCUUCCACCAGAGGAGGAUGGAGGCUGCUCCAUCAAGUCCUACAUACUUGAGAAAAGAGAGACCAGCCGCCUGCAGUGGACCAAGCUAGCGGAAAACAUCAUGGACUGUAGAUAUGUAGCCAACAAAUUGAUCAAGGGCAAUGAGUACAUCUUCAGAGUGUGUGCUACAAACCAGUAUGGCACUGGAGACUCAAGUCAGUCUGGUCCAGUUAAGAUGAUUGACAGUUUCCGCCCACCAGGCCCACCUUCAACCCCAGAGAUUGAUAUGAUCACCAGGAAUUCUGUCACCAUUUCAUGGAAGAGACCCGUGCAGGAUGGAGGAAGUGACAUCAGAGGAUAUAGUGUUCAGAGGAAAGAGAAGAAAGGAAUGAGAUGGGUGAGAGCCAGUAAGAGGACAGUCCCUGACCUGCGCUUUAAGGUGCAAGGCUUGAACGAGGGAAUAGAGUAUGAGUUCAGAGUCACUGCUGAGAACAAGGCUGGAUUCGGAGAGCCCAGUGAGCCAUCGCACCCUGUGAUGACCAAGGACAUUGUGUAUCCACCUGGUCCUCCAUCCAACCCCAGAAUUGCAGACACCACAAAAACCUCAGCCACCUUCACCUGGGGCCGACCCCACUAUGAUGGUGGUCUUGAUGUAGACGGAUACAUUGUUGAGUACAAAAAGGAAGGACAUGAUGAUUGGGAGACGGAGACACAGUACACCCUGAAAGAUACUAAAUAUGUUAUUGGCAAACUUCAAAAAGGAGGCAAAUACCACUUCAGAGUCAGAGCUAUUAACUCUGAGGGAGUUGGCGAACCUGCAGAUGUCGAGCAAGUGACUGAGCUAGUGGACCAGGAGAUGCUGCCAGACUUUGAGCUGGAUGCUGAACUCAGGAGAACCCUGGUGGUCAGGUCUCGUGCAUCAAUUCGUAUGUUUGUUCCCAUCAGGGGCCGUCCUGUUCCUGAAGUAACCUGGACCAAAGAUGACACUAAUCUGAAAACACGUGCACACAUUGACACCACAGAAUCUUACACUUUGCUGGUUAUUCCUGACUGCACCAGAUAUGAUGCUGGAAAGUACCAUCUCUGUCUGGAGAAUGUUGCUGGAAAGAAGACUGGUUUUGUUAAUGUAAAAGUUCUGGACACGCCAGGACCCCCAGUCAAUUUCAAACCUAGAGAGAUCACAAACAAGAGCGUUACUCUCCAGUGGGAAAUCCCCAUCAUCGAUGGUGGUUCUAAGAUUCACAACUACAUCAUUGAAAAGAGAGAGGCCACCAAGAAGGCCUACAUAGUACUUAGCACCACAUGGCAGAAGUGUUCUUUCAAGAUCCCAGACCUUGAGGAGGGAGCGUACUACUACUUCCGUGUCUCUGCUGAGAAUGACCUGGGUGUAGGUGAGCCCGCUGAAACCCCUGACCCAAUCAGGGUGUCCCAAGCCCCCACUGCCCCUGAGAACUUGUAUGUCACAGAUGUCACAGCUGACACUGCCAGCUUGGCCUGGGCCAAGCCACUGCAUGAUGGUGGCAGUUUGAUUACAGGAUAUGUCAUUGAGGCCCAAAAGAAGGACACUGACCAGUGGGUCCAUGCGGCCACCAUAAAGGCUCUGGAUUACACUGUCACAGAUUUGAUUGAGGGUGCAGAAUAUACCUUCCGCAUAAUGGCAGUCAAUGCAUCCGGCAGGAGCGACCCCCGUGAGAGCAGGCCCGCAAUUAUCAAAGAGCAAACUUCUGCCCCAUCCUUUGACCUACGUGGAGUCUACCAGAAGACGGUCAUUGCCAAGGCUGGAGACCGUGUUAAGGUGGAGAUUCCAGUGCUUGGCAAACCCAGACCGGUGGUUUCCUGGAAGAAGGGAGAUACAGUGUUGAAAGAGACACAGAGAAUCAACGUUGAAACCACACCAACAUCAACCAUCCUCAAUAUCAGUGAGAUUAAGAGGAUUGAUGGAGGCCAAUAUUCCAUGACUGGAAAGAACAUGCUUGGUACACUGACUGAGACAAUCACAGUCUUGGUCCACGAUAUUCCAGGGCCUCCUACAGGUCCGAUUAAGCUGGAAGAGGUGUCAUGUGAUUAUGUUCUCAUGUCCUGGGAAGCACCAGAAAAUGAUGGAGGUGUUCCCAUCAACAAUUAUAUCGUUGAGAUGCGGGAGACCACUGGUACUUCCUGGGUGGAGUUGGCAGCCACAGUGAUCCGCACCACAUUUAAGGCAGUCCGGCUCAACACUGGAACUGGAUACCAGUUCAGAGUCAAAGCUCAGAACAGGUAUGGCAUUGGACCCCCCAUUAUCUCUGAACCAGUGAUAGCUGCCUAUCCAUUUGAUGUGCCAGGGCAGCCAGGCACUCCUGUGAUCACAUCUUUCAACAAGGAUGCUAUGACUCUGAGCUGGAAUGAGCCGUCCUCUGAUGGAGGCAGUGCCAUCUUGGGUUACCAUGUAGAGAGAAAAGAGAAAAACAGCAUUCUUUGGCAGAGGAUCAGCAAAGCUCUUGUUGUUGGAAAUAUCUUCAAAUCAACAGGGCUUGUUGAUGGAAUCCAAUAUGAACACCGCGUUAUAGCUGAAAACAUGGCUGGUCUCAGCAAACCAAGCAAACCCUCAGAGACUUUGUCUGCUUUGGAUCCAGUGGAUCCACCAGGCAGGCCUGUCGCAUUGAAUAUCACCAGACAUGAAGUGACCAUUUCAUGGACCAAACCAGAGGGAGAUGGUGGAUUUUCCAUCACUGGAUACACAGUGGAGAGGAGAGAGCUGCCCAACGGACGCUGGCUCAAAGCCAACUUCAACAACAUUCUAGAGACCAUUUACACUGUCAGUGGUCUGAUUGAAGAUGCCAUUUAUGAAUUCCGUGUGUUCGCAAGAAACUCAGCUGGAGCUGUAAGUGCACCAUCCCAGCCAUCAGAAGAAAUCACAUGCAGGGAUGACAUUGAGGAGCCCCAGCUUGAUGUUGAUUCAUCUUAUAGCAGCAAUGUAGUUGUAAUGGCAGGAGAGAUGUUUGAACUUGAGGCCAAUGUGACUGGCAGGCCAAUCCCAUCUCUGGUAUGGACCAAGGAAGGGAAGGAGCUUCAGGAUACAGCCAAGUUAGAAAUAAAGACAUCCGACUUCCACACAAUUCUGAAAAACAAAGACUCCAUGAGGAGGGAUGGUGGUGUUUUCACUCUGACUGCCAGCAACCCUGGUGGCUUUGCCAAGUUCACAUACAAUGUCAAGGUUCUUGACAGACCUGGACCACCAGACUCCCUAACUAUUACUGGCAUUGCUGCUGAGAAAUGUGUUCUCAACUGGCUGCAUCCUACACAUGAUGGCGGUGCCAAGAUUGAGUACUUCAUCAUUCAAAGGCGUGAGACCAGCAGGUUGGCAUGGACAAAUGUGGCCACAGAACUUCAAGCAAACAGGUUUAAGGUCACUAAGCUUUUGAAGGGCAAUGAGUAUAUCUUCAGAGUCAUGGCUGUUAACAAGUAUGGCAUAGGUGAGCCUCUGGAGUCUGAACCUGUCAUCUGUGCCAACCCCUAUGUUCCUAGUGACCCUCCACAGCAGCCUGAGGUUACCACCAUCACAAAGGACUCCAUGGUCGUCUGCUGGGAGCGCCCUGAACAUGAUGGAGGCAGCAGAAUCAACACUUACAUAAUUGAGAGAAGGGAUAAGACUGGCAUGCGCUGGGUGAAGUGCAACAAAAGGACUGUAACUGACCUGCGAUUUAAGGCCUCUGGCCUCACACCAGGACAUGAGUAUGAAUUCAGAGUCCUUGCAGAGAACAAUGCUGGUCUAAGCCAGCCUAGUCCUUCAAGUCCAUUUUACAAAGCCAUGGACACCAUCUUCCAGCCAGGACCCCCAGGGAACCCUAGAGUGCUGGACACAACCAAGUCCUCCAUCACCCUUGCUUGGAACAAGCCAGUUUAUGAUGGUGGUUCUGACAUCACUGGCUACAUUGUGGAAACCUGUCUGCCUGAGGAGGAUGAAUGGACGAUUCAUACUCCCAAGAAAGGAUGGACAGCCACCUCAUUCACAAUCACCAAUUUGAAAGACAAUCAACAGUACAAGAUCAACAUCUGUGCCACAAACUGUGAAGGUGUAGGAGAGCCUGCUGCUGUUCCUGGUACCCCCAAGGCUGAGGACAGGCUGCUUCCUCCAGAAAUUGACCUUGGAGCAGAGUUGCGCAAGGUUGUAUGCCUCAGAGCCUGCAGCACACUAAGACUCUUUGUUCCUAUCAAGGGCAGACCAGCACCUGAAGUAAAAUGGUCAAGAGAGCAUGGAGAAUCCCUGGACAAGGCUAACAUUGAAAUCACCUCUUCAUUCACCACUCUUCAGGUAGAGAAUGUUGACAGGUUUGAUGGAGGUAAAUACCUAGUGACUGUAGAGAAUGCAACAGGGAGCAAGACAGCCUUUGUUAUGGUCAGGGUGCUAGAUACUCCUGGAGCACCUCAGAACCUGGUCAUCAAGGAGGUCACUAGAGACUCAGUCUCUCUUGUUUGGGAUGCACCUCUCAUUGAUGGUGGCUCCAGAGUGCGCAGCUACAUUGUGGAGAAGCGUGAGUCAACCAGAAAAGCCUACUCAACAGUGUGUGCCCAGUGCCAUAAGUCCAGUUGGAAAAUUGGAGACUUGGAAGAAGGAAAGAUGUACUUCUUUAGAAUCCUGGCUGAGAAUGAAUUUGGAAUUGGCCUCCCAGUAGAGACUGUUGAACCAAUCAAAGCCUCAGAGAAGCCUCUGCCACCAGGAAAAGUGUCUCUCCGUGAAGUUACUGGCACCAGUGUUAAAUUAUCUUGGGAAAAGCCUGACCAUGAUGGCGGCAGCAGAAUCACAGGCUACAUUGUUGAGAUGCAGGGUAAAGGCAGUGAGAAGUGGACCCAGGUCAUGGUGGUGAAGACCAAUGAGGCUCUUGUAACUGGCCUUACACAGGGAGAGGAAUACAUGUUCCGUAUCUCAUCUGCCAAUGAAAAGGGAGUUAGUGAUCCACGUCCUCUGAGUAUGCCUGUGGUUGCUAAAGACCUGGUCAUCCCACCAACUUUCAAGUUGAUUUUCAGUACAUUUAGUGCACUAGCAGGGGACGACCUUAAGAUAGAUGUACCAUAUGCUGCCUGUCCAAAAGCAACAGUAACUUGGCUCAAAGAUGGUGCUGUUCUCAAGGAGACAACAAGAGUUAAUGCUGAAGCCACAGACAAAAUACUUCACCUGGUCAUUAAGGAAGCUUGCAGAGAUGACGUAGGAACAUACUCUAUCAAACUGACCAACACAGCUGGAGAGGCAACUACAGACAUUUCUGUUGUUGUUCUAGAUAAGCCUGGUCCUCCAACUGGCCCCAUUAAGCUAGAUGAGGUCACUGCUGACAGUGUGAUCCUGUUCUGGAAUCCUCCAGAGUAUGAUGGUGGUUGCGCCAUCAACAAUUAUAUUGUUGAGAAGAGGGACACGUCUACCACUAACUGGCAGAUUGUGUCAGCUACAGUGGCCAGAACCACCAUCAAGGCUGCCCGUCUAAAGACUGGAUCUGAGUACCAGUUUAGGAUUGCUGCAGAGAAUAGAUAUGGCAAAUCCUCAGUCCUGCUCUCUGAUACCAUUUUCGCCCAGUAUCCAUUUGAAGUACCCGGCUCACCACUUUCUGUUGUGGUCCAGUCAGCCACCAAGGAGAGCAUGGCUGUUGUAUGGGAUAAACCCAGUAGUGAUGGUGGAAGCAAAAUCUUGGGCUACCACUUGGAGCUCAAAGAGAGAAACAGCAUAAUGUGGGUGAAACAAAACAAACAGAUCAUCCCAGAGACCAGAUUCAAGGUUGUUGGCCUUGAGGAAGGUAUUGAAUAUGAAUUCAAAGUCUAUGCUGAGAACAUUGUCGGCAUCAGCAAAGCCAGCAAAGUGAGUGAAAUGCAAGUGGCCAGAGAUCCUUGUGAUAGGCCAGGAAAACCAGAGGCUGUCAUUGUAACCAGAAACCAGGUGACCCUGAGAUGGACCAAACCUGAGUAUGAUAUCGGCAUCAAGAUUACAGGCUAUGUGGUAGAGAAGAAGGAGGGAGAUGGCCGCUGGAUGAAGGCCAGUUUUGCCAACGUAAUUGAGACUACGUUUGUUGUCACAGGUCUUAUUGAAGAUCAGAUCUAUGAGUUCCGUGUCAUCGCCAGAAAUGCAGCAGGUGUAUUUAGCCAGCCAUCUGAUUCUACUGGAGCCAUCACUGCAAAGGAUGAAGUGGAGCCACCCCAAAUUGACUUGGAAGCUAAGUACUCCCAGACUGUGGUGGUGAAUGCUGGAGAAACAUUCAAGCUUGAGGCUGCUUUCUUUGGCAAGCCUGUGCCCACAGUAUACUGGCUAAAGGAAGGAAAGGAGAUUGCUGAAGCAGCUCGCUUAGAAAUAAAGAACACUGACUUUAUUGCCUGUCUAGUUGUUAAAGAAGCCAUCCGUGUUGAUGGAGGGCAUUACACUUUGUUGGUAAAGAAUGUUGGAGGAGAGAAAUCUGUUAACAUUAAUGUAAAGGUUUUGGACAGACCAGGUCCACCUGAGGGCCCUAUUUCCAUCUAUGGUGUCACCAGUGAGAAAUGUUCAAUUUCCUGGAAAUCACCAUCGCAAGACGGAGGUAGUGACGUUUCCCAUUACAUUGUUGAGAAGAGGGAAACUAGUAGAUUGGUUUGGACUGUAGUUGAACCCAAAGUUCAGACCCUGAACCUGAAGAUCACCAAACUUCUUCCUGGUAAUGAGUAUAUCUUCAGAGUGAUUCCAGUCAACAAAUACGGAGUUGGUGAGCCUCUGGAAUCUGAAGCAAUGAUUGCAAGAAAUCCGUUUGUGACUUCCAAGCCACCUACAAAUGUAGAAGUGUCCACCAUCACCAAAGAUUCCAUGGUAGUGACUUGGGAAAGACCAACUAAUGAUGGUGGCAGCCCCAUCCAAGGAUUUAUUAUUGAGAAGCGUGAUAAGGAUGGUGUGAGAUGGACCAGGUGCAACAAGCGCACAGUGAGUGAGAUCCGCUUUAGAGUUUCAGGGCUCCUAGAAAACCAUAGCUAUGAAUUUAGAGUUGCUGCAGAGAAUGCUGCAGGCAUUGGCACACCUAGCGAACCAACAAUUUACUACAAAGCAUUGGAUCCUGUCUUCAAACCAGGCCCGCCAAACAAUCCAAAGGUGGUGGAUACAUCUAGGUCCACUGUUUCCCUUACAUGGGGUAAACCCAUCUAUGAUGGAGGCUGUGAGAUUCAGGCCUACAUUGUUGAGGCAUGUGAUGUGGCAUUUGAUGAGUGGGUUAUGUGCACUCCUCCCACUGGAAUUACAGACACUAAGUUUACAGUGAAAAAACUUCUGGAGAAACAUGAGUACCAAUUCAGGGUGUGUGCCAUCAACAAAGUUGGUGUGGGUGAGCAUGCUGAUGUCACAGGAAAAAUCCUUUUGGAGGAGAAGCUUGAGGCUCCUGAUCUUGACUUGCAUUCUGAUAUGAGAAAGAUGAUCAACAUUAGAGCAGCAAGCACUCUCAGGCUGUUUGUUCCUGUGAGAGGUCGUCCUGCUCCUGAGGUGAAAUGGGGCAAGGCUGAUGGUGAGAUUAAUGAGACUGCCCAGAUUGACAAUACAGGCAGCUAUGCUUCACUUGUCAUUGAGAACGUUAACAGAUUUGAUAGUGGCAAGUACACUUUAACAGCAGAGAAUGCCAGUGGAGUGAAGUCUGUCUUCAUCAGUGUUAGAGUCCUGGACUCACCUAGUGCUCCAAAUAACUUCAUGGUGAAAGAGAUUACCAAGAACUCUGUGACUCUCACAUGGGAGCCUCCACUUCUGGAUGGUGGCUCAAAGAUUAAACAUUAUAUUGUUGAGAAGCGUGAAAGCACCAGGAAGGUUUACUCUACCAUCACCACGUGCAACAGAAUGUCAUGGAAAAUUGAACCUCUUCCAGAGGGUGGAAUGUAUUUUUUCAGAGUCCUAGCUGAGAAUGAAUAUGGUGUGGGUCUCCCUGCUAAAACGUUUGAACCAAUCAAGAUAUCUGAAAAGCCUCAGCCCCCUGGUAAAGUCAGUGUUGUUGACGUUACUUCUAGCACUGUAACCCUCACUUGGGAGAAGCCUGUACAUGAUGGUGGCAGUAGGAUCAGUUACUAUGAAGUUGAACUGGCACCUAAGGACAGUGAAGUUUGGAUUUUGUGUGCUACUGGGAAGACGCUAGAGACAGUGGUAACAAACCUACUUAAGGGAGAAGAGUACCAGUUCAGAGUUGUUGCAGUCAAUGAAAAGGGCAAGAGUGACCCCAGACAACUGGCUCAAUCAGUUGUAGCAAAGGACCUUGCAAUUGAACCGUCUGUGAGACCUAAAGGGAGCACCUACUCUGUCCAGGUGGGCUAUGACCUUAAGAUUGAGGUCCCAGUUGCUGGUCAUCCAAAGCCAACUAUCACUUGGACCAAGGAUGGAGCUGCCCUCAAGCAGACCACCAGAGUCAAUGUCACUGACUCAGCACAUAACACCACUCUCACCAUAAAGGAUGCCACCAGAGAGGAUGGAGGCAUGUAUAGCAUCAAUAUUGCCAAUGUCCUGGGAUCCAAGGAUGCCACUAUUGAGGUGAUCACCCUGGACAAGCCAGGCCCACCAACAGGCCCUGUGAAGUUGGAGGACAUCAGUGCUGAGAGUAUCACUCUUAACUGGGAACCUCCUACAUAUACAGGUGGCUGCCCAAUAUCCAACUAUGUGGUGGAGAAGAGAGACACAACCACAGUUAAUUGGACGGUCGUGUCUGCCACUGUGGCCAGAACCACCCUAAAAGUGGCCAAUCUGAAGACAGGUUCUGAAUACCAGUUCAGAAUUUAUGCUGAGAAUAGAUAUGGAAAGAGUUAUGCAAUUGACUCUGAGCCUGUGUUGGCACAGUAUCCAUUCCAGGAGCCUGGACCACCAGGAACGCCAUUUGUGUCUUCAUACACUAAAGACUAUAUGGUGGUUGAGUGGCACAAACCCCCAUCUGAUGGAGGCAGUGCCAUCUUAGGCUACCAUAUGGAGAGGAAAGAGAAGAACAGUAUCCUCUGGACCAAGGUCAACAAAACUCUCAUCCAAGACUGUAGAUUCAAAUCCACUCCUCUUGAGGAAGGAAUUGAGUAUGAAUACAGAGUUUAUGCAGAAAAUAUUGUCGGCAUUGGAAAAUGUAGCAAAAUCUCUGAAGUCUAUGUAGCACGUGACCCAUGCGAUCCUCCUGGCUGUCCUGAGGCUGUGAUUGUGACCAGGCACUCAGUAAAACUAAGGUGGACUCCUCCACAGUAUGAUGGUGGAAGCUUAGUUACUGGCUAUGUAGUGGAGAAACGUGAUCUGCCUGAAGGGAAGUGGAUGAAGGCCAGCUUUGCAAAUGUAAUUGAACAUGAAUUCAAAGUUACUGGCCUGACAGAAGACAGUAAAUAUGACUUCAGAGUAAUUGCAAGGAAUGCAGCUGGUGCUGUCAGCAAGCCCUCUGAGAGUACAGGAUCCAUCACAGCUAAGGAUGAAGUUGAACCUCCUAAGUGUGAGACAGAUCCUAUGUACAACCAGACCAUUGUUAUCAAUGCUGGAGAGACAUUCAGUCUGGAGGCCAGUGUACAAGGAAAGCCCAUCCCCACAGCUCAGUGGUUCAGGGGAGAUGUUGAAGUUGAAAACUCAGCCAGAGCUGAGAUCAAAAACACAGAUUUUAAGGCUCUGCUUGUUGUGAAGGAUGCCAUUCGAGUGGAUGGUGGACAGUACACACUGGUUCUGACUAAUGUGGCUGGAUCUAAGACUGUCCCAUUCAGUGUGAAGGUCCUGGACAGACCAGGUCCCUCUCAGGGACCUCUUACUGUCAGCAACGUCACUGAGGAGAAGUGCUCAUUGUCAUGGCUGCCACCCAGGCACGAUGGAGGAGGUAACAUUUCUCACUACAUCAUCCAGAAGAGAGAAACCAGCCGCCUGGCAUGGACUGUAGUGUCCAGUGACUGUGGAGCUACCAUGUUUAAAGUUACCAAGCUAUUGAAGGGCAAUGAGUACAUCUUCAGAGUCAUGGCCGUCAACAAAUAUGGUGAUGGCGAGCCUCUUGAAUCAGCACCAGUUAUCAUGAGAAAUCCAUUUGUUCCUCCUGGCUCGCCUACGGAGGUUGAGAUCACAAAUAUUACCAGGGACUCCAUGACUGUCUGUUGGAACCGCCCUGAGACCAAUGGAGGCAGUGAGAUUGCUGGUUACAUUGUUGAGAAGAGAGACAGAGCUGGAAUAAGGUGGACUAAGUGCAACAAACGUAGAGUGACAGAUUUGCGUUUCAGAGUAACAGGGCUGACUGAGGACCAUGAAUAUGAAUUUAGGGUAUCUGCUGAGAACGUAGCUGGAGUGGGUCAACCAAGCCCAGCUACCCCCUACCUCAAAGCCUGUGACCCCACAUUUGAACCAGGCUGUCCCUCCAAUGCCCAUGUGGUUGACACUACCAAAGACUCCAUCACUCUGGCCUGGCACAGGCCUAUAUAUGAUGGUGGCUGUGAUAUUCAAGGCUAUGCUGUAGAAAUAACCAAGGCUGAUGAGGAGGAAUGGACAAUAUGCACCCCACCAUCUGGAGUAAAUGCCACCAAGUUUACUGUCACCAAGUUGAUUGAGCACCAGGAAUACAAACUGCGCAUCUGUGCAAUCAACAAACUGGGUGUUGGUGAGCCCACUGAGGUCCAGGGAGUUGUGAAACCUAUUGAUAAGAUUAAUCCUCCAGAGAUGAUUUUAGAUUCAGAGCUCAGGAAGGGACUAGUUGUCCGUGCAGGAGGCUCAAUGAGAAUCGGCAUUCCAUUCAAAGGUCGUCCAUCUCCUGAGAUUUGCUGGGCCAAGGAGGAUGGAGAAAUGCCUAGUAAGGUUCAAAUUGAGACUGGUGAAGACUAUACACAGCUCUCCAUUGACAUCUGUGACAAGUAUGAUGCUGGCAAAUAUAUCCUCAACUUGGAAAAUAGCGCUGGCACCAAAUCAGCCUUUGUCUCUGUCAGAGUUCUGGACACUCCAGGUGCUCCUCUGAAUCUCAUAGUGAAGGACAUUAAGAGGGAAAGUGUCACUCUGACCUGGGAACCUCCUCUUAUUGAUGGUGGUUCAAGAAUAAAGAAUUACCUGGUUGAAAAGCGUGAGUCCACCAGGAAGGUUUAUUCUAAUGUGGACAAUAAGUGCACUAAGACAAGUUACCAUAUUAGUGGCCUCACUGAGGGAACUAUAUACUAUUUCAGAGUCCUAGCUGAAAAUGAAUUUGGCGUGGGACAGCCAAUUGAGACAGAAUACGCAAUUAAGACUUCUGAACCUCCUCUACCUGUUGGUAAGAUCAAUUUGACUGGUGUGACCAAAACCACUGCCUCACUCUCCUGGGAGAAGCCAGUGCACGAUGGAGGCAGCAGGAUCAUAGGCUACUACAUUGAAAUGCAGCCUGUGGGCUCAGAGGAAUGGAUGGUGGCCACCACAACAAAAACCUGUGAAGGCACUGUCACAGGCCUCAGUGCAGGACAUGAGUACCUGUUUAGAAUAUUAGCUUUCAAUGAAAAGGGUAAAAGUGACCCCAGGUCUCUGGCUGCACCAGUAACUGCUAAAGAUGUGACUAUGGCGCCCAGUUUCAAGAUGUCAUUCAACACUUACAGUUUGCAGCAUUGUGAGGAUCUGAAGAUUGAGAUACAAGUCUUUGGACGCCCAGUUCCCAAGGUUGAAUGGAAGAAAGAUGGACAUGCUCUUAAGGAGACAACCAGACUUAAUGUAUCCAGGACACCAACAUCCACUAAGCUGUUUAUCAAGGAUACCAAUAAGGAUGACUCUGGCAAAUACACCAUCACAGCCACCAGUAAUGUGGGAACAGCUACAGAGGAGAUUACUGUUAUUAUUCUAGAUAAGCCUGGCCCACCCACUGGCCCUGUGAAGAUUGAGGAAGUGAGCUCUAAUUAUGUCACUCUAUCCUGGGAACCACCAGUGUAUACUGGAGGCUGUCAGAUCAACAACUACAUUGUGGAGAAGAGAGACACCACCACAACAGCAUGGCACAUUGUAUCUGCUACUAUUGCCAGGACAACCAUCAAAGUCAGCAAGUUGAAGACCGGAGUUGAAUAUCAAUUCAGAGUGUCUGCAGAGAAUAGAUAUGGAAAGAGUUCUGCUAUUGUCUCUCCUGCUGUUGUUGCUCAGUAUCCAUUCAGUGAACCUGCUGCCCCAGGAACACCAAUUAUUUCUGCUGCAACCAAGGAUAACAUGGUGGUUGAGUGGCAACCUCCCACCAACAAUGGAGGCAGCCCCAUCAUGGGCUAUCAUCUGGAAAGAAAGGAGAAGAACAGCCUCUUGUGGACUAAACUAAACAAGCUUCUAAUCCCAGAUGCACGUUUCAGGACCACAGAGUUGGAAGAGGGUAUUGAGUAUGAAUUCAGAGUUUAUGCUGAAAACAUUGCUGGAAUCAGCCCAGUGAGCAAGACCUCUGAGAGCACAGUAGCUAGGGACCCUUGUGACCCACCAGGUACUCCUGAGGCUAUUGAAAUCACCAGAAACCAUGUUACCCUCCAGUGGACCAGGCCCCAGUAUGAUGGAGGCAGUAGAAUCACUGGUUACGUGGUUGAGAGAAGGAAGAGUCCAGAUAACCGAUGGAUGAAGGCCAGCUUCGCCAAUGUCAUUGAAACUCAGUUUACAGUUAGUGGUCUGACUGAAGAUUGUGUUUAUGAGUUCAGAAUCGUUGCCAGGAAUGCAGCUGGCAUCAACAGUCGUCCUUCUCAAACUACAGGAGAAAUUACUGCCAAAGAUGAAAUUGUGGCUCCAGAGGCCACUAUGGAUUCUAAAUUCAAGGAUCUGACUGUUGUCCAUGCUGGUGAGACAUUUGACAUUGAUGCUGAAUACACAGGCAAGCCAAUGCCUGAGGUAAUUUGGUUGAAGGAUGGAAAGGAGGUUGACAAAACCACACAAAGAAUGGAAGUCAAGACCACACUUACACGUACCAUCUUGACAGUGAAGGAAUGCAUCAGAUUGGAUGGUGGCCACUUUACUCUCAAACUCAUCAAUGUGGGGGGAGUCAAGAUGAUCCCAGUUAAUGUUAAAGUUCUGGAUCGACCGGGUCCUCCAGAUGGCCCACUAGAGGUCAAAGGAGUCACAGCUGAGAAGUGUUAUCUGCACUGGAACCAUCCCUCACAUGAUGGUGGAGCCAGCAUCUCUUACUACAUCAUUGAGAAGAGAGAGACCAGUCGCUUGUCAUGGACAGUGGUUGAGCCCAAGAUCCAAGCUAUCAGCUACAAAAUCACAAAACUGCUGCCUGGUAAUGAAUACAUCUUCAGAGUCACUGCUGUAAAUAAAUAUGGUGUUGGUGAGCCACUGGAAUCUGAGCCUGUAAUUGCUCGUAACCCCUUCACCACUCCCAGUGCACCUUCCACCCCAGAGGCCGGCAUCAUCACCAGGGACUCCAUUGUGCUUACCUGGGAGAGACCAGAGGAUAAUGGAGGAGCUGAGAUUGAAGGAUAUGUACUUGAAAAACGUGAUAAGGAUGGCAUCAGAUGGAAUAAGUGCAACAAGAAGAGGCUGAACGACAUAAGAUUCAGAUGCACUGGUCUCAUACAGGGCCACUCUUAUGAAUUCAGGGUCUCAGCUGAAAAUGCUGCCGGUGUGGGAAAGCCUAGUGCACCAACUCAAUAUAUUAAGGCCUGUGAUGCCACUUACCCACCGGGACCGCCAAAUAACCCCAAGGUAAUUGACCAUUCCAGUACUACAGCCUCCCUGUCCUGGUCCAGGCCUAUCUAUGAUGGCGGAGCAGUGAUCAGUGGAUAUAUUGUUGAAAUGAAGGAGGCAGCAGAUGAUGAGUGGGUAAUUUGCACACCACACACUGGUGUCCAGGCAACUCACUACACUGUAAAGCAACUGAAGGAGAAUGCAGAGUAUAACUUCCGCAUAUGUGCUGUUAACUGUGAGGGAGUGGGUGAGCAUGUGGACCUGCCUGGGUCUGUUAUUGCUGCUGAGAAGUUGGAGACUCCUGAAAUUGAACUAGAUGCCGAUCUGAGGAAGAUGGUCAAUAUUCGUGCAACUGCUACCCUGCGCCUGUUUGUCACAAUCAGAGGAAAGCCUGAGCCUGAGGUCAGAUGGUCAAAGGCAGAUGGAACUCUGAAUGAGCGUGCCCAGAUUGAAGUUACAAGCUCCUAUACAAUGUUGGUGAUUGAGAAUGUUGACAGAUUUGACACUGGCAAAUACGUGCUAACCCUUGAGAACCUCAGUGGCUCUAAAUCUGCCUUCAUAAAUGUCAGAGUUCUGGACUCCCCCAGUGCUCCUACCAACCUAGAGGUUAAGGAUGUAAAGAGAGGUUCUGUCUCUAUCUCUUGGGAACCUCCACUUAUUGAUGGCGGGGCUAAGAUAUCACAUUAUAUUGUAGAGAAAAGAGAGCAGAAGAGAAUGGCUUUCACCAGUGUUUGUACCAAUUGUGUAAGGAACUCUUAUAUUAUCCCUGACCUGGAGGAGGGUGGCAUGUAUUAUUUCCGUGUGCUGGCUGUCAAUGAGCUGGGAGUAGGUCUGCCUGCCGCCACAGAUCAGGUCAAGGUUUCCGAGAUUCCUUUGCCUCCUGGUAAGAUUGUAUUGGUUGAUGUCACUCGUCAAUCUGUCACACUUUCCUGGGAGAAACCUGACCAUGAUGGAGGUAGCAAGAUUACAAAAUACAUUGUGGAAAUGCAGCCCAAGGGAGAUGAAAAAUGGACUGUGUGUAGUGAGGUUAAAGCUCUGGAAGCUACUAUUGAUGGACUCACAACUGGAGAGGAAUAUUCCUUUAGGGUCACUGCUGUGAAUGAUAAGGGCAAGAGUGAUGCCAAGCCUUUAGCUUCCCCAGUGGUGGUGAAGGAUAUAACAGUUAAGCCAACCAUCAACCUGCCGUUCAACACAUACAGUGUAAAAGCAGGGGAUGACCUGAAGAUUGAUGUUCCCUUCAAAGGCAGACCUCAGCCUGGGGUGGAGUGGAAGAAGGAUGGACAAGUGCUAAAACAGACUACCAGGGUCAAUGUUCUCACUUCCAAGACCUCAUCAAAGGUUGUCAUCAAGGAUGCAACCAAGGAGGACAAAGGAAAAUAUGAAAUUACUCUCACUAAUACAAUUGGCACUGAGACAGCUGAAAUCUCUGUUAUAAUCCUGGACAAACCUGGCCCACCCAGCAACAUCAGGGUGGAUGAGGUUAGCGCAGACUUCAUCUCUCUGUCUUGGGACCCUCCAACCUAUGAUGGUGGAUGCCAGAUAAACAACUAUGUUGUGGAGAAGAGAGACACUACUACAACCACAUGGCACAUUGUCUCAGCCACAGUUGCCAGGUCAUCAAUCAAGGUGUCUCGUCUCAAUCAGGGAACAGAGUACCAGUUCCGUAUUGCAGCUGAGAACCGUUAUGGUAAGAGUCAUGCCAUUGAUUCCUCAGCUAUUGUUGCUCAGUAUCCCUUUGAGCCUCCUGGCCCACCAACUAGCCUCCAUGUUGCUCAUGCCACCAAGUCUGGCAUGCUUGUGGAAUGGGGGAAACCAGCCAGUGAUGGUGGAAGCCCUGUAAUAGGCUAUCAUAUUGAGUGCAAAGAGCAUGGCAGUAUCCUGUGGAGCAAGGUCAACAGAGGUCUUCUGGCUGAGAAUCAAUUUAAGAUGACAGGUAUUGAAGAAGGCUUGCUAUUUCAGUUCAGAGUCUAUGCUGAGAAUAUGGCUGGCAUUGGUCCAUGCACUAAGGCCAGUGACCCUGUGGCAGCCAGGGACCCAUGUGAUCCUCCACGUAACAUUAGAGUCACCAACAUUACAAGGACAUCAGUUUCCCUCUUCUGGGAGAAGCCAGAGUAUGAUGGCGGAGCCAAGGUCACUGGCUACAUUGUUGAACGUAAAGAGAUUCCUAAUGGACGCUGGCUGAAAUGCAACUUCACCAACCUGCAAGACACCUACUUUGAUGUCACAGGCCUCACAGAAGAUGUCCAAUAUGAUUUCCAUGUUAUUGCUAAGAAUUCUGCUGAGCUAUUGAGUGUUCCUUCAGAGAGUACAGGACCUGUCACAGUCAAAGAUGAUGUAGACCCCCCCACUAUUAUCUUGGAAGAUAAAUUAAGACAGCUGGUUGUCAUCAAAGCAGGAGACAUAAUUACAAUUGAUGCUGAAAUCACUGGCCGUCCACUACCCGUGGUCUCAUGGUCUAAGGAUGGAAAGGAGAUUGAGGCCAAGGCCAGGUGUGAAAUCACUUCCACCCACUUCACAACCACACUGAUUGUCAGAGAUGCUAUCAGGAGGGACUCUGGGCAGUAUGUCCUGACCCUGCACAAUGUAGGAGGAACCAGGUCUGUGGCUAUAAACUGUAAGGUUUUGGACAGGCCUGGACCUUCUUCAGGACCUUUGGCAGUGUCUGGCCUCACAGCACAGAAAUGCACCAUAACCUGGGGACCUCCUCAGGAAAAUGGUGGUGCUGAAAUCAUGCACUACAUUGUUGAGAAACGUGAGACCAGUCGCCUAGCCUGGACUCUUGUCUAUGGUGACAUGAAGGCCACCACCUGUAAAGUCACAAAGCUGCUCAAAGGAAAUGAGUACAUCUUCAGAGUCAGGGGAGUCAACAAAUAUGGGGAUGGUGAGGCCCUGGAGAGUGAGCCAACGCAGGCCAUGGAUCCAUUCACUGUCUCUGCUGCUCCCACAAAUGUCCAGGUCACUGCAGUUACAAGUGAGGCAAUGACAAUCUGUUGGGAGAGACCAGAAUCUGAUGGUGGCAGCAGUAUAAGUAGUUAUGUAAUUGAAAAAAGAGAAAAGACUGGCCUUCGCUGGUGCCGUGUUAACAAGAAACCUGUUUACGAUCUCCGAGUCAAAGCUUCACGCCUCCGUGAGGGCGCUGAAUAUGAGUACAGAGUGUUUGCAGAAAAUUCUGCUGGCCUCAGUGCUCCCAGCAUUCCCUGCCCACUCACCAAGGCUGAAGAUCCACAGUUCCUGCCUUCACCUCCUGCUAAGCCAAAGAUCAUCGACUCUACAAAGACCACAGCCACACUGUCAUGGAAUAAACCCUUAUUUGAUGGUGGAGCACCUGUGACUGGUUACAGAGUAGAAUACAGAAAGACUUUAGAUGAUGAAUGGAUUGUUGGGGUCCAUAACACCAAGAACACAGAGUUUACAGUGGUGGGAUUGACUCCUGGGGCUGAAUAUGUGUUUGUUGUCAAGUCUAUCAAUAAGAUUGGAGUUAGUGAGCCUAGUUCUGAGUCAGACGAACAGGUGGCCAAAGAAAGAGAGGAGGAGCCUGUCUUUGACAUUAGCAAUGAGAUGAGGAAGACUCUUAUUGUGAAGGAUGGUAGCUCAUUCACUAUGACUGUGCCCUUCAGAGGCAAACCCAUUCCCACUGUGGCAUGGACGAAGCCUGAUGUUGACUUAAGAGUCCGUGCUGUCAUUGACACCACAGACACUUUCACCGCCAUCACCUUAGAGAAAGCCACCCGCAACGACUCUGGCAAAUACACUGUCACUUUGUCCAAUGUGUCUGGGACCUCAUCCUUGAGCCUCAAUGUCAGAGUCCUAGACUCGCCUGGGCCUCCUUCACAUGUGGAGGUCAAGGAAGUCACCAAGACCUCUGCCACUGUCACCUGGGACACUCCUGAGAAUGAGGGCGGAGGACCAGUGAAGAACUACCUUGUUGAUAUUCGUGAGGCCAGCAAGAAAGGCUGGACAAGGUUGACUGACACAUGCCACAGACUGACAUACAAGGUGUCAGACCUGCAAGAAGGAGGAGUUUACUACUUCAGGGUUACAGGCGAAAAUGAAUAUGGCAUUGGUAUUCCUGCUGAGACCAUUGCUGGAACCAAGAUCACAGAAAAACCAAGCCCACCACCAAAACUGGGUGUGACUGAUGUGACCAAGGAGAGUGUGUCCCUGGCCUGGGCCAAACCAGAACAAGAUGGCGGCAGCAGAAUUACUGGCUACCUGCUGGAAGCUUUGGAGAAAGGCCAGGAGAAGUGGGUCAAGUGUGGUGUAACCAAAUCCAUCCACUUUACAGUGUCUGGUCUGAGGGAGAAUGCUGAAUACUUCUUUAGAGUCAGAGCUGAGAACCAUGCUGGAUAUAGUGACAUUAAGGAAAUGAUCACUCCUGUGAUGGUCAAAGACCACCUUGAAUCUCCUGAUAUCAACAUGAAGGAUUUCCCCCAUAACACAGUAUAUGUCAGAGCUGGCUCCACACUCAAGUGUGAGAUCCCACUUACAGGCCAACCAUUGCCAAAGGUGUCCCUGUCAAAGGAUAAUGUUUUGCUCAAGUCAACAAUGAGGUUCAACUCUGAAGUCACUCUUGACAGCAUCAAGAUCACUUUGCGUGAGAGCAUCGCUAAAGACUCAGGGCGCUACGAUAUCAUUGCUUCCAACUCUAGUGGCACCACAAAGUCGUUUAUAAAUAUUGUGGUUUUGGAUUGCCCCAGUGUUCCUCUGGGACCUGUGGAGCUGUUUGACAUCACAGAGGACAGUGUCAGCCUGAAGUGGCUCCCACCAGCAUAUGAUGGUGGCAGCCCUAUCACCAAUUACAUCAUCCAGAAGAGAGAGACAACCACAGCCAACUGGAUGGACGUCUCCUCUUCUGUGGCCCGCUGUACAAUGAAGAUCAUGAAGUUGACCACUGGCCUGGAAUACCAGUUCAGAAUCAGGGCUGAGAACAGAUAUGGAAUCAGUGAACAUAUUGACUCACCAACUGUCUCUGUCAGUCUUCCUUACACUAUCCCUGAUGCACCAGCAACUCCAGAAAUCACUGCUGUAACCAGGGAGACUAUUACUGUUGCAUGGAAGGAGCCCAAGUCAGAUGGUGGCAGCCAUGUGUUUGGCUACCAUCUCCAGAUGAAAGACAGGAAUAGUAUCCUGUGGCAAAGAGUCAACAAAAUGGUGAUCCGUGCUACACACUUUAAGGUCACCAACAUCAAUGCUGGACUCAUUUAUGAGUUCAAGGUGGCAGCAGAGAAUGCUGCUGGAAACAGUGCCUUCAGCAAGGUUUCUGAUGCAGUGCUCGCUAUUGAUGCCUGUGAGCCACCCAUUAACCUGCGCAUCAGUGACAUCACCAAGAACUCCAUUAGCCUGGCCUGGCAGAAGCCCAACUUUGAUGGUGGAUCCCCAAUCACAGGCUACCUUAUUGAAAAGACAGAGGGCGACAGUGGCAAGUGGUCCAAGGCUAAUCUCACCAACAUCACUGACACACGCUUCACUGUUACUGGUCUGACCCAAGAUGCAACAUAUGAGUUCAGAGUCAUGGCCAAGAAUGCUGUUGGCUCAGUGAGCAACCCAUCCAUAACCGCUGGACCAGCUACAUGUGUAGACACCUAUGGCGCCCCAGAGAUUGAAAUACCUCAGGAGUAUCUCAACGAGGUAAAGCACAGGGCCGGCUCUAAUGUGGAGCUCAAGUUUAACAUCACUGCCAAACCUGCUCCCACUAUUGAGUGGUUUAAGGAUGGUGUAGAGCUGAAGACCGGCGGCCAGCUGUCCUUCAAACACACAUUUGAAUCCACCAGUUUGUUGCUGAGGGAAACCACCCGUCUCAACUCUGGAAACUAUGAGGUCAAGGUGAAAAACUCCCUGGGAUCUACCUGUGCCAUUGUCAGACUGCUCAUCCAAGACAAGUCAGGCCCCCCUGCCGGAGAAAUUCAGUUUAAGAAGGUGACAGCUGACAACGUCACCAUCAUGUGGUCUCCGCCUGCUGAUGAGGGUGGCGCCAUGGUAACCCAUUACAUUGUGGAAAAGAGACAGACCAGCAGGGUGAUGUGGUCUAUUGUCUCAGAGAAACUGGUUGACUGCAUCGUUAACGUGCCAAGGCUAAUCCAGGGCAAUGAGUACAUCUUCAGAGUGCGCGGAGUCAACAAGUAUGGCAUUGGAGACCCACUGGAGUCUGAGCCCAUUAUUGCCAAGAAUGCAUUUGUUCCUCCCAGCGAGCCAUCUAAGCCUCAAGUUACCAUGAUAACUAAAUCCACCAUGACAGUGAUCUGGGAAAGACCAGCAUUGGAUGGAGGCAGUGACAUUGAUGGCUACUACCUGGAGAAGAGGGAAAAGAGAAGUCUACAGUGGUUCAAGGUGGUGAAGGGCACUAUUAGAGACACGAGACAGAAGGUCACCAACCUUGUGGAGAACAAUGAAUACCAGUACAGAGUCUGUGCGGUCAACAAGGCUGGAGCAGGAAACUACUCUGAGGCCUCUGAGCUCUACAAUGCCUACGACCCCAUUGAUCUGCCUGGUGAGCCAUCCAAGCUGCAUGUGGUCGACUCCACAAAGACAUCAAUCACCCUCAGCUGGGAGAAGCCCGUCUAUGAUGGUGGCAGUGAGAUCACACACUACAUUUUGGACCAAAUGAACACAGAGGAGAGGGAAUGGGUGACCAUCAACCCACAGGUCAAAGCCUGUGAGUAUGUGGUGUCACACCUCAAACCUGGAACUUACUACUUCUUCCGAGUCUUUGCUGUCAACUGCAAGGGCAAAGGAGAAGACACCAAGAUGUACCAGCCUGUGCAAGCCAAAGAUAUCCUGGAGGAAGCUGAUUUGGACUUGGACGUUCCUAUGACGACUCAGUACACCGCCAGAUCUGGCCGUGAUGUGGAGGUAUUUAUUCCCCUGAAGGGACGCCCCACACCCAACGCCACCUGGCGCCGCGGAGACCGUAACAUAGCGGGUGACAACCGCUACACCAUUACAAGCACUGAGCGUGCCACUACCCUUGUUAUUCCCAAGGUCACCCGUGAUGACUGCGGAAAGUACUUGCUGGAGAUUGAGAAUGGUGUGGGAGAAUCCAAGAUUAUUACAGUUUCCUUGAAGGUUCUAGACAGUCCUUCUACCUGUCAGAAACUGAUGAUAAAGAAUGUGACAAGAGGAAAGUUGACACUCAGCUGGGAGGCUCCUCUAAUCGACGGUGGUUCCCCUGUCACUAAAUACAUUGUUGAGAAGAAGGCCUCCACCAUGAAGGCUUUCCAAGUGAUUACCGAUGAGUGUGCCAACUCAAGUUACAAGGUGUCAGACCUGGAAGAGAAUGUGGCAUACUUCUUCCGUGUGUCAGCUGAAAAUGAGUUUGGUGUCGGCGAUACUUGCGAGACCACUGAUCCUGUUAGAGCCACGGAGACUCCUGGAGCUGUUAAAAACCUGGUGAUGGUGGACUCCACAAAGACCUCUGUUACUCUGCAAUGGACCAGACCUGACCACGAUGGUGGCAGCCACAUCAGUGACUACAUAAUUGAAAAGAGCACCAAGGAAGACCCAACCUGGACUUUGGGCGCAACAUGCAAACGGUGCAGCUGUGAGGUGACAGGACUAAAGGAGAACACUGAAAUGGACUUCAGAGUCUUUGCCCAGAAUGAGAAGGGUAGAAGUGACUUCUCCCAGAUUGGUCCAAUUACAGUAAUGGACUUCAUCAUACCACCUGAGGCCAGCCUAACUGACUAUCCUAAUGGAUUGGCUGUUCGUAUUGGUCAAAACAUCCACAUUGAGCUGCCCUUCAAAGGUAAACCAAAGCCUGCAAUCAGCUGGCUAAAGGAUAAUUUGCCUUUGAAGGAGAGUGAUAGGAUUCGCUUUAGGACCACUGACAACAAGACUGCAGUCACAGUUAGAGGAGCCAUGAAGGAGCACGCCGGACAGUACACCUUGGUUCUGGACAACAGAGUCAUCAAGAACUACUUUGACGUUAAUGUCAUCACUCUGGGAGCCCCCUCUGUGCCUGUUGGUCCCAUACGCUUUGAUGAGAUUAAAGCUCAGAAUGUUGUUAUCUCCUGGGACGAGCCCAAGGAGGAUGGAGGUGGUGAGAUCACAUGCUACAGUGUAGAGAAGCGUGAGACUUCCCAUGCCAACUGGAAGAUGGUCUGCUCCAGCGUUGUCAGGACAACCUUCAAGAUUCCCAACUUGGUCAAAGGAACAGCGUACCAGUUUAGAGUCCGUGCAGAGAACAAGUAUGGAGUCAGUGAACCACUCAACUCCUCAGAAAUUGUCGCCCAGCACCAGUACAAACCUCCAGGACCUCCAUCAAAGCCUGUGUCUUACAAUAUCACCAGUGAUGGUAUGACCAUUAAGUGGGAGGCUCCAGAUUUUGAUGGAGGAUCUCCCAUUCUGGGCUACCAUGUAGAGAAGAAGGACAGGAACAGUCUUCUGUGGCAGAAAGUGAACUCCACCAUCAUCUCCAACAGAGAGUAUAGGAUUAUUGGUCUCAUCGAGGGUCUGGAGUACUCCUUCAGAGUCUAUGCUGAAAACAAUGCUGGACUCAGCCUUGUUAGCGAACAGAGCAAGCACGUUCUCGCUAUCUCCCCUGUUGAUCCACCUGGCACACCUGUCUGCAUCGAUGUGACAAGAGACUCUGUCACCCUAAAAUGGGACAUACCCAAGAGGGAUGGAGGCAGCAAGAUUGUGGCCUACAGUGUUGAGAGGCGCCAAGGCAGAGGCAAAUGGCUACGGUGCAACUUCACUGAUAUCAGUGAGACGCAGUUUACGGUGACCGGUCUGUCCCCUGGAGACAGAUAUGAGUUCAGGGUCAUCGCAAGGAAUGCUGUCAGCACAGUCAGUCCACCAUCUAAUUCCUCUGGAUACAUUAUGACCAGGGAUGAGAGCAUUGCUCCUGAGAUCGAAUGGUCUGCAGACCAGAUGCUCUCCCUGAAGGCUGGAGAGAACGUCAACCUCAGCUGCAAAAUAAGCGGACGCCCCGUCCCCCAGGUUGUCUGGUACAAGGAUGGCAAAGAGAUUGACAAGAGGACCAUGAUUGAUAUUGAGAUUACCACGGGCAUUGGCAUUAGCAGCCUGUUUAUCCGCGAUGCAAACAGGAACCACCGCGGCAUCUACACGGUUGAGGCCAGGAACAGUUCUGGUGCCACUAAAGCUGAUGCCAACGUCAGAGUACAAGAUACCCCUGGGCCAGUUGAGGGUCCCAUUCGUUUCACAGGUAUCACAGCUGAGAAGUGCACCGUGUGGUGGAACCCUCCUGAGAAUGAUGGUUGUGCUGCCAUCAUCCACUAUGUGGUGGAGAAGAGGGAGACAUCCAGGAUCUCCUGGGCCAUGGUCAACUCCAAGUGCGAAGCCUGCUCUUUCAACGCCAUCAACCUUAUCAAGGGCAAUGAGUACCAGUUCAGAAUCUCUGCUGUAAACAAGUUUGGAGUUGGCAAACCCCUGGACUCCAUUCCUAUCACUGCACAGAUGCAAUACACUGUGCCUGAUGCCCCUGGUACCCCUGACGCCACUCAUGUGACCGGAAACAGCAUCACUGUAUGUUGGACCAGGCCACGGUCGGAUGGAGGCCACGAGAUCAAACACUACAUCCUGGAGAGAAGAGAAAAGAAGAGUCUUCGCUGGGUGAAGGUUUCUGCAAAGAGGCCCAUCACAGAGCUAAGGCAACGUGUCAUCAACCUCACUGAGGGCAACGAGUAUGAGUUCCGUGUAAUGGCUGAAAAUGGCGCUGGUAUUGGACCAGCUAGCAGUACUUCCAGGCUCUUCAAAUGCAAAGAGCCAACCAGUGCUCCCAGUAACCCCACAAUGAUCAAGGCGAUUGACUCUACCAAAUCUUCAAUCACCCUGGAAUGGACCAAGCCAGUCUUUGAUGGUGGCUUGCAGAUCAUCGGGUAUAAUAUUGAUAUGUGUAAGGCCAGCCUUGAAGAGUGGCACAGAGUAAACAACCAGAUUUGCAUCCACACCAGAUACACUGCAAAGGGCCUGAAGCCUGGAGAGCUCUACAAGUUCAGGGUCAGUGCAGUGAAUGGAUCUGGCGAGGGCGAGGCCUCAGUGAUACCUAAUGCUGUCCAGGCUCUGGACAGACUUACGUCUCCUGAGAUCGACAUUGAUGCCAACUUCAAGCAAACUCACAUCGUGAAAAAUGGUGGCAGCGUCACCCUCCACAUUGCAUUCUGCGGAAAACCAUCUCCUCUUGCCACCUGGUCGAAAGUAGACAGCGAGCUGCCUGUCAUGGCCGACAUCAACACCACAGAUUCUUUCUCUACUCUGACCAUCGAGAACUGCACUAGGUAUGAGGCUGGCAAAUAUACCCUGUCCCUGGAGAACAACAGCGGGCGCAAGUCCAUCACAUUCACUGUCAAAGUGCUAGACACGCCUGGACCUCCAGGAAAUAUCACCUUCAAAGAUGUUACCCGUGGAGCUUUGACAUUGAUGUGGGAUGCACCCAGUAAUGAUGGUGGAUCCAGGAUUCAACACUACCUUGUUGACAAACGAGAGGCUAGUCGCUUGGCCUGGCAGGAAGUCAGCACCAAGUCCUCGCGCCAGAUGAUCAGGGUAACUGGUCUGGAUAUUGGUUUGCCAUAUCUGUUCAGAGUGAUUGCUGUUAACCAGUAUGGCCAGGGAGAGCCUCAUGAGAUGACGGAGCCCAUCAUUGCCACAGAAGAACCUGCACCACCCAAGAGACUGGAUGUUGUUGACACCACCAACUCCACAGCCUCCCUGGUGUGGUUGAAGCCUGAGCAUGAUGGAGGAAGCCGCAUCAGAGGCUACAUUGUUGAAUUCAGAGCCAAAGGCACCGACCGCUGGGUUGUCUGCGAAGAAACCAAGUCUCAAAAGAUGCUGGUGGAAGGUUUGACUGAGAACACAGAGUACGAUUUCAGAGUCAAGGCCAAGAAUGAGGCUGGAAUCAGUGAGCCUCAAGGCACAUUCGGCUCUGUGGUCAUCAAGGAGCCUCGCAUUGAGCCCACAGCCGACCUCAGCAGCAUCACCAACCAGCUCAUCACCUGCAAGAUCUCAAACACCUUCACCAUUGACAUCCCAAUCAGUGGAAGGCCUGCUCCCAAAGUCAGCUGGAAGUUGGAGGAGAUGAAGCUGAAGGAGACUGACAGAGUUUCUAUCAAGACCACGAAGGAGAGAACCACUCUAGUGGUGAAAGACAGCAAGAGAAGCGACAGUGGCAAGUACUACCUGACUCUGGAGAACUCUGCUGGAGUGAAGACAUUCACAGUGACCGUGGUUGUGGUGGGUAGACCAAGCCCUCCCACUGGCCCUGUUGAAAUUUCUGGAGUCUCAUCAGAGUCCUGCACCAUGUCCUGGUCCGAGCCAGCUGAUGAUGGUGGCACUGACAUCACCAACUACAUUGUGGAAAAACGAGAGUCUGGCACUGCGUCCUGGCAAGUAGUCAACUCCAGUGUGAAGAGAACCACCAUCAAAAUCACCCAUCUUACCAAGUAUAUGGAGUACACAUUCAGAGUGUGUGCUGAAAACAAGUUUGGUGUCAGCAAGUCUGUUGAGUCAACUCCUAUUGUCAUUGAACAUCCAUUCGUUUCUCCAAGUCCUCCUACUCGUCCAGAUGUUGUAUCUGUGUCCGCCAACUUCAUUAGCAUCAAAUGGGAUGUGCCAUAUGCCGAUGGCGGUAGCCAGGUGACGGGCUAUUGGAUUGAGAAGAAGGAGAGGAACACGAUCCUGUGGGUGAGGGAGAAUAAGCUCCCCUGUCUUGAGUGCCACUACAAGGUGUCCAGCCUGAUCGAGGGCCUGGAGUACCAGUUUAGGGUUUAUGCCAUGAACAUCGCCGGACUCAGCAAGGCCAGCGAGGCUUCUAGACCCGUACUAGCACUCAACCCUGUCGAUCCUCCUGGUAAACCUGAGGUGACAGACAUCACACGCUCCUCUGUGUCCUUGUGCUGGACUGUGCCUUUCAAUGAUGGCGGCAGCAAGAUUGUUGGUUAUGUGGUAGAACGGAAAGUCUACAGCACAGAUGAAUGGGAUGACAACCGCUGGCUCAAGUGCAACUACACCACCAUAUCAGAGAACUACUUCACCGUUACCAACCUGGGAGAAGGAGACACCUAUGAGUAUCACAUCAUUGCUAAGAAUGCCGCUGGUGUUCACAGUGCACCAUCCGGGUCCACUGGACCAGUCACAUGCAAAGAUGAAUAUUCUCCUCCCAAAGCGGAAUUGGACAGCAAAUUGACGAGCGAGACGGUCAUUGUCAAUGCCGGCUCGGACCUGGUCCUAGAUGGCGCUGUGGGCGGUAAACCUGAACCCACAGUGUACUGGGCAAAGGGCGACAAGAUUUUGGAGCUUGGAGAAAAACACUCACUGACCUACACUGCUACCAGAGCCAUGGUUGUCAUCAAGAACUGUGAUCGCUACGACACAGGCAGAUACAACCUGACAGUCAAAAACGCCAGCGGAGUCAAGACAGCCUCCGUCAAUGUUAAAGUGCUGGACACUCCUGGGGCUCCGGCUGAUAAGAUCACCAUCAGCAGAGUGACAGAAGAGAAGUGUUCGGUGUCCUGGAAGAUCCCUCUGGAGGAUGGUGGAGACCUCGUCACACACUACAUUGUGGAGCGUCGCGAGACCAGCCGUCUAAACUGGGUCAUCAUGGAGACGGAGUGCAAGACGCUGUCAUGCGUCAGCACCAGGCUGAUCAAGAACAACGAGUACGUCUUCAGAGUCCGAGGAGUCAACAAGUUUGGAGCCGGAGUUCCUCAGGAGUCCGAACCUGUCAUUGCCAGGAAUGCCUACACAAUCCCAUCCCAGCCAGGAACACCAGAGACCACAGCAGUGGCUAAAGAGCAUGUCAUCAUCGAGUGGCUGAAGCCCGAGAGCGACGGAGGCAGUGAAAUCAAAAACUACAUCGUUGACAAACGAGAGAAGAAUAGCACCAGAUGGACCAGGGUGAAUAGGACUUACACCAUCUAUGACACCCGUCUGAAGAUCACAGGUCUUCUGGAGGGAAGUGAAUACCAGUUCAGAGUGACAGCCGUCAAUGCAGCUGGGGACAGCCAUCCCAGCGAUGCAUCACCCUACAUCCUCUGCAAAGACCCCACAUACACCCCAGCUCCUCCAUCAACGCCUCGCAUCACAGACACCACAAAGCACAGCAUCAGCAUGACCUGGACCAGGCCUAUGUAUGAUGGUGGCUCAGAUGUCACUGGCUACGUGGUCGAUAUCCUGGAGGAGGACGUCGAACAGUGGUACCGCGGCACCACCAAGCCUCUCAAAACCAAUGAGUAUGUGGCUGCUGGACUGGCAGCCAAUAAGACGUACAGAUUCAGGGUGGCAGCCAUCAACAGUAACGGGACUGGAGAGUUCAGCGAUCCGAGUGCUGAGGUUGAGCCACUGGAGAGAAUUGAAAUUCCCGACCUGGAACUGGCCGAAGACUUGAAGAAGACAGUGUGUCUGCGUGCUGGAGGAACCCUGCGGCUGUUUGUGAAUGUCACUGGCCGGCCAACACCUGUGGUGGCCUGGAGGAAGAAAGGCGUGGAGCUGCAGAGCCGUGGCUAUAUCGAGACCACCGACAGCUACACCUUGCUGGUGGUGGAGAAGGUAAACCGGUACGACUCCGGAAAAUACGUUGUGGAGGCUGAAAACCCAUCUGGCAAGAAGACCACCACCAUCCUGGUUAAAGUCUAUGACACUCCUGGUCCUCCAGGUUCUGUGAAGGUGAAGGACUACACCAAGGAGUCUGUCGUCAUCACCUGGGAUGUCCCAAGUAUUGAUGGUGGUGCUCAUGUCAGUAACUACAUCAUAGAGAAGCGUGAAGCCAGCAUGAAGUCAUACAAAACUGUCACAACUGAGUGCAGGAAGACUCUGUUCAGGAUCACUGGCCUGGAGGAAGGCGUGUUCUACUUCUUCAGAGUUCUGCCAGAGAACAUUUACGGUGUUGGCGAGCCCUGCGACACAUCUGAGGCUGUGCUUGUGUGCGAGGUGCCAUCAGUGCCUCUGAACUUCAAUGUCGUUGAUGUCACCAAAUCCUCUGUCACACUUCAGUGGGAGAAGCCAUUGCACGAUGGUGCCAGUAGGUUGAAGGGCUAUGUCAUAGAAGCCUGUAAGGUGGGUUCAGACAGAUGGAGCAUCGUGGCAACUGUCAAGGCCUCUGUUUCCAAGCACACUAUCGAGUCCUUAGUAGAGAAUGAUCAGUACCUGUUCAGGAUCCGAGCCAACAACAGCAGGGGAGCCAGUGAGCCCAUGGACACUGUUACUCCUGUCACCAUCCAGGACAUCAAGGUGAUGCCCAAGAUUGACAUAACUGGAAUCCCUCAGAAGAUCGUGCAUGUGCACCGCGGCAAACCCAUCGACCUCAACAUCCCCAUCAAGGCCCAACCACAGCCCGUCUGCUCCUGGUUCUUCGGUGGUGUCAAGCUGAAAGACAGCUUGGACCGCAUCAAGAUUGACAGCAAUGGCAAAUACACCCAUCUCGUUAUCCGUGAGACCACCAUCAAUGACACAGGAGACUACACGCUGGAGGUGAAAAAUGCAAUUGGAACGGCAACUGAGGUCAUCAAAGUCAUCAUCCUAGACAAACCCGGUAUACCAGUUGGCCCAAUGAAGAUUGAUGAGGUUGAUGGUGUAUCUGUGACAACCAGUUGGGAACCUCCGGAGAAGGAUGGAGGUGCCAAUGUCGGUGGCUAUGUGGUGGAGCAGCGAGAAGCCCACCGACCCGGCUGGACCACCGUCUCAGAGUCAGUGACACGGCCCUGUUUCAAGUUCACCAGACUCUCUGAGGGAACAGAGUAUGUGUUCCGUGUCGCUGCCAUGAACCGCUUCGGCAUCGGUGGCUUCCUGCAGUCCGAGGUGGUGGAGUGCAAGAGCGCCGAGACCAUCCCUGGACCUCCAAGCAGGCCAGAGGUGUUUGACGUCACCCAUGAAGGCAUGACCCUGACCUGGCAACCACCAGAGGACAACGGUGGCUCCACAAUUAGUGGCUACGUCAUCGAUCGUAAGGAGGCCCGUUCUGACAGGUGGCUGAGGAUCAACAAGAACCCUGUCACCAUGACCAGGUACCGUGCCUCUGGCCUGAUUGAGGGUCUGGAGUACGAAUUCUGCAUCACAGCCAUCAACUCCAGAGGAAAUGGCAAACCUAGUGAGAGUUCUGCCGUCACUACUGCCAUGGAUCCCAUCGAGCCCCCAGGUCCUCCAGUUCAACCCAGAGUCACAGAUAGCACCAGGACUUCAGUGUCUCUGGCCUGGCUGCCUCCUGAAGAAGAAGGUGGCUCCAUCGUCACUGGUUACCUGAUCGAAAUGCAGAAGGUAGAUCAGGUGGAAUGGACCCUGUGCAAUACUACACCCACCAAGAUGUGCGAGUACAUCCUCACACACAUGCCCCAGGGCGCUGAGUACAAGUUCAGAGUCAUCGCUUGCAAUGCUGGCGGUGCUGGAGAACCAGCCGAGAUUCCUGGAGUGGUUAAAGUACAGGAGAUGCUCGAUUAUCCUGAUUACGAGCUUGACCAUAAAUACGAGGAGGACUACGUGGUGCGGCAGGGUGGAGUCAUCUGCCUGUCUGUGCCCAUCAAGGGUAAACCCAUUCCUACAUGUAAGUGGACCAAGGACGGCCGUGACAUCUCCCACCGGGCCAUGAUCGCCACCAACGAUGACAUCACUGAGCUUGUCAUCAAAGAGGCACACAAAGAUGACACUGGUACCUACGAUCUGCUGAUGGAGAACAAAUGCGGCAGGAAGGCUGUCUACAUCAAGGUGAGGGUGAUUGGUCGUCCCGAUGUCCCAGAAGGCCCUCUGGAGUUUGAUGACAUUCAGGCUAGAUCAGUCCGUGUCAGCUGGAGACCUCCAUCAGAUGAUGGCGGCUCCGACAUCCUGGGAUACAUCUUGGAGAGGAGGGAAGUCCCCAAGGCUGCCUGGUACACAGUGGAUGCCCGGGUCGCAGAGAACUCCCUGGUGGUGAAGGGUCUGAAGGAGAAUAUUCAGUACCACUUCAGGGUCUUUGCUGAGAAUCAGUUCGGCGUCAGCAGAUCUCUAAAGUCUGAAGAGGCUGUCACACCAAAGACACCACUAUGCCCACCAGAACCUCCCAGCAAUCCACCAGAGAUUAUGGAUGUGGCCAAGUCCUCUGUGUCUCUGUCCUGGGCCCGGCCACGGGAUGAUGGCGGCUCCCGCGUUACAGGAUACUAUGUGGAGAGGAGGGAGAUAUCGACAGAAAAGUGGGUUCGCCACAACAAAACCCACAUCACCACCACCAUGUACAAUAUCACUGGCCUCAUCCCCGAUGCAGAGUACAUGUUCAGAAUCGUGGCUCAGAACGACAUUGGACAGAGUGAGCCUGGCCCCACUUCCGAAUCUGUGGUCUGCAAAGAUCCAUUUGACAAACCUAGCCAACCAGGAGAGAUUGACAUCAUCUCCGUCACCAAAGACUCCAUUACCUUCCGUUGGCUCCGGCCUGAGAUUGAUGGCGGCAAAGAGAUCUUGGGGUACUGGGUUGAGUUUAGGCAGGCUGGAGAAAGUUCCUGGAAGAAAUGCAACAAGGAGCGCUCCAAGGACCGUCAGUUUACCAUGGGCGGUCUCAUGGAGGCCACAGAGUAUGAGUUCAGAAUCUUUGCCGAGAAUGAAACAGGACUCAGCAGACCUCGCCGCACGCCCAUGGGCAUCAAAACCAAACUGAGCGUUGGUGAGACUCCAGCUUUGAAGGAAGAGAUUCAGGAUGUAACAACCAAGCUUGGCGAGUCUGGUACUCUGACCUGCGGCAUCAUCGGCCGACCUCUGCCUGAGAUCAAGUGGUACCGCUAUGGCAAGGAGUUGAUCCAGAGCCGCAAGUACAAGAUGAGUUCAGAUGGCCGCAACCACUCCCUCAGCGUCCUAACGGACGAACAGGAAGAUGAGGGCCUGUACACCUGUAGGGCCAUCAAUGAAGCUGGAGAGAUUGAGACAAGCGGCAAACUGCGCCUGCAGGCAGCACCCCAGUUCCACCCUGGCUUCCCACUGAAGGAGAAGUACUUUGCCGGUGCUGGCACCAGCCUCCGCCUCCAUGUCGUCUACAUUGGCCGCCCCAUUCCACAGAUCAUGUGGUUCUAUGACAAGAAGCCUUUGAACCCAUCUGAGAAUGUGAUCAUUGAAAACACAGAAAGCUACACUCACCUGGUGGUGAGGAAUGUCCAGAGGAAGUCCAAUGCUGGCCGCUACAAGGUGCAGCUGAGCAACAAAUUUGGAACUAUUGACACUUCGUUGCGGGUUGAAAUCCAAGAUAAGCCAUGCAUUCCUGAGGGCCCUGUGGUUGUUGAUGCCCUGCUGAAGAGCUCAAUUGUCAUCAGCUGGAAGGCUCCCAAGGACGACGGAGGUUCCAUGAUCACCAACUAUAUUGUGGAGAAGCGUAUGGCCAAAGAAGGCGAGCUGUGGCACCUGGUGUCCUCCUCUGUCUCGAGUACCAACUGCCGUGUCCCCAACCUGAUAGAGAGCGCUGGCUACUACUUCCGAGUCUCUGCACAGAACCAGUAUGGAGUCAGCGAGUCACUGGAGAUCCCCUCUGUGGUCAUCGUAAAGAGUCCAUUCGAAAAACCUGGCAUCCCACAGCAGCCUCUUAUCGUCAGUUCUACCAACGACUCCUGCAUUGUUUGCUGGAAGCCUCCAAGCAGUGAUGGUGGAGCUAAAAUUACCAGCUACUACCUGGAGAAACGUGAGAAGAAGCAGAACAAGUGGAUGUCAGUGACCACUAAGAAUAUUGCGGAGACCAAAUUUGAGGUCACAAGCUUGAUCACGGGCUUCGAGUAUGAGUUCCGUGUAAAGUGUGAGAACAUGGGUGGUGAGAGUGACUGGAGUGAAAUCUCUGAGGCUGUCAUCCCUAAGUCCGACCAGGCACCUCGGGCACCUGUCUUCAGGGAGGAGAUCAGGGACAUGACUAUCAAAUACCAUGCCAAUGCUACCUUCGUCACUAAGGUGGUGGGAUAUCCCAAGCCUGCGGUAAAAUGGUAUCGCAGUGGAAAGGAGAUCAUGGCAGAUGGAACCAAGAUCAAAGCCCAAGAAUACAAGGGAGGCUAUUACCAACUGGUCAUCACUAAUGCUGAAGAAAGUGAUGACGCAGUCUACCAAUUCAGAGCGACUAACUCUGAAGGAUCCGUCUCCACAACUGCCAAAUUGGAAGUGGAAGUUCCUGCUAAGAUUCACUUGCCCAAGGAGCUCCAGGGAAUGGGAGCAGUCCACGCUGCACGUGGUGAUCACAUCAGCAUCAAGAUCCCCAUAACUGGCAAGCCUGAACCAGCAGUCACAUGGCAGAAGGGUCAGGAGAUCCUCUCCAACUCUCCUUAUCACCAGGUCAUCACCACACGGUCUUUCACUUCCCUGGUCUUCCAGAAGGGAGUGCAGAGGAAAGAUACUGGCUACUACAUCAUCACUGCCAAGAACAGGUUCGGAAUGGACAAACAAACCAUUGAGGUGGACGUGGCUGACAUUCCUGAAGCUCCAAAGGGACUCAAAGUCAGUGACAUUGGUCGAGACUCUAUCACUCUGACCUGGGAGCCCCCUGCCAGUGAUGGCGGAAGCAACAUCAUUGGCUAUAUUGUAGAGAAGUGUCCCACCAGUGCAGACAGGUGGAUCCGUGCUGGCCAGACAACUGACUGCAGCUUUACCAUGAUCAACAUAUUUGGAAAGACCAAAUACCAAUUCCGAAUCAUUGCUGAGAACGAGUUUGGCUUGAGCCCUCCUUCUGAGCCAACUGAACCCAUCACCACAAAGGAAGAUAAGUCUGUGAUCAGGAACUAUGAUGAGGAAGUGGAUGAGGCCAGAGAGAUCACCAAGGAGGAGGCUCUAUUCUACAAAGUUAAGGAGCUGUCCUCCAAGUACAUUGUCUCUGAGGAGCUUGCUCGCUGCCAGUUUGGAGUGGUCCACCGUUGUACGGAGAUUGCAACCAAGAAGACCUUCAUGGCCAAAUUUAUCAAGGUAAAAGGACCUGACCGUGAGUUGGUUCUCAGGGAAAUUGAGGCUCUCAACAUAGCAAGGCACAAGAAUAUCAUCUACCUACAUGAAUACUUUGAAAGCAUGGAUGAGAUUAUCCUGAUCUUUGAGUUCAUCUCUGGAGUUGACAUCUUCGAGCGCCUUGGCACCAGCAAGUUUGAGCUCACAGAGCAGGAGAUUGUCCGCUACCUAAGACAAGUCUGCUCUUCACUCAAAUUCUUGCAUAGCCACAACUUUGGCCACUUUGAAAUCCGUCCCGACAACAUUGUUUAUACCACUCGGAGAAGCACCGUCAUAAAGAUUAUUGAAAUGGGCCAGGCCAGACUGCUGGUACCAGGAGAAAAUAUCAGAAUGCUGUUCUCAGCUCCAGAGUACUGUGCCCCCGAGGUCCAUCGCCAUGACUUGGUCACAACAGCCACUGAUAUGUGGUCUGUGGGUGUGCUGGCCUAUGUCUUGCUCAGUGGCCUCAAUCCAUUUGCUGCAGAGUCCAUCACAAAGAUGAUUGAGAACAUCUCCAACUGUGAGUAUGUCUUUGACAGUGAAGCAUUUAAUGACAUCAGCCUGGAGGCUAUGGACUUUGUGGACAGACUUCUAAUCAAGGACAGGAGGCACCGCAUGACAGCCGUUGAGGCUCUGGAGCACCCAUGGCUCAAGAUGAAGAUUGAGCAUGUUAGCAGCAAGAUCAUUAGGACACUGAGACACAGAAGGUACUACCAGACUCUGGUUAAGAGGGCAGACACUAUUGUAUCAGCAGCUCGUGUGGCCUAUGGUGGUGCCUUCAAGAAUCAGAGAGGAUUGGCUGUGGGUAAAGUGAAGAUUGGAACUGAGUACCAUGGUCUCCGUGCUGGUCCAGUCAUGCAUGGCUCAGCCGCGGAAGGUGGACAUGUCAGAUUCACUUGUAGCAUCACCAAUUAUGACAAGAGUACACAGGUGUCAUGGUACUUUGGUAACCGUCAGUUACAUCCAAGCCCCAAGUAUGAGAUUACUUACAGCAAUGGUUUUGCCAGCAUCUAUGUAAAGGAAAUUGAAGAUAGUGACAAUGGUGUGUACAGAUGUAAGGUGGUGAGUGAUGAUGGAGAGGACAGUGCUUACGGAGAGCUCUUUGUGGAGACUGUGAGGAGCAUCAGGGAGCACUACGUUAGCCGCUCCAUCAAGAAACUGAGGAAGAGGGUUGACAGGACUAGACUCCUUCAGAGGCCACCAGAGUUCACUUUGCCUCUAUACAAUCGCACUGCCUAUAUUGGUGACGAUGUGCGUUUCGGUGUCACUAUUACUGUGCACCCUGAACCUCAUGUAACAUGGCUGAAGAAUGGAGAGAGAAUAAAGCCAGGCGAUGAUGACAGCAAGUACACAUUCACCAGUGACAAGGGUCUUUAUCAGCUAAUGAUUCACAAUCUAGACAUGAGCGAUGAUGCUGAAUACACCGUCAUGGCCCAUAACAAGUUUGGAGAAGACAGCUGCACGGCCCGUCUCACAGUGACACCCCAUCCUGUGAUGGAAGAAACAAUGAGGCCAAUGUUCAAACGUCUGCUGGCUAAUGUUGAGUGUGUCGAGGGACAUAGUGUCCGCUUCGAGCUCAGAGUGUCAGGAAUCCCUACUCCUACUCUGAAAUGGGAGAAGGACGGCCAUCCACUACAGUUUGGUCCCAAGGUUGUAGUCAUAGAAGAGGAUGUUGACUACCAUGUUCUGCACAUCAGAGAGACUCUGCUUGAGGACUCUGGUGUGUACAAAGUAACUGCAACCAAUUCUGCUGGCUCUGCAAGCUGCCAUGCUACACUGAAGGUGGACCGCCUUACUUACACAAGGAGAGAGUACAAGAACGAAGAGGAGAAAUACAGACAUGUCCAGAAACAAAUUGAGAAGACUAACAAGAUGGCUCAGCUAAUUGUUGCCAGAGAGGACCUUGUACCUCUCAACCCAACCGCCCAAGAGGCACUGAAAUUUGCUGCAGAGAUGUACAAACCUGCUGUAAGCACCAAAAAUAUUGAGGGUGAGUUUGACAUCACAGUGGAGAAGUCUGAGACCAAGAAACUGGAAGAAGAGAGGAGGAUCUUCAUGCCCUAUGAGAUCCCAGAGCCUGUGGUUCACGAUCCCAAAAAUCUGGAUGAGGACCAAACUAUUAAACAGUUUGUGCCUCUCUCUGACAUGAAGUGGUACAGGAAGCUGAGAGACCAGUACGAUAUUCCAGAGAGAAUGGAGAGGAUUGUGCAGAAGAGACAGAGACGGAUCCGACUGUCCAGGUGGGAGCAGUUCUAUGUCAUGCCCCUCCCUAGAAUCACUGACCAGUACAGGCCAAGGUGGCGUAUUCCCAAACACACUCUGGAUGAUCUGGAGACUGUCAGACCUGCCCGCCGUUCACCUUCUCCUGAAUCUGAGGUCUCCUUCAGAUCAAGGAGAAGAUCUCUGGGAGACCUGAGUGAUGAAGAGCUGCUGAUGCCUAUGGAUGACUAUCUUUCCAUGAGGAGAACAGAAGAGGAGAAAAUGAUGCUGGAGGAUGAAUUGGAACUUGGCUUUUCUGCAUCCCCUGCUGGUAGCCCUGUCCGCAUUGAGCGGCGUGCCGCAGAACAUGAAGAGAGGAGGCAAGAAAUCAGGCAUGAGGCUGUUGAGGUUACUGAGACAAAGAAGAAACGUACCAUUUCUCAGUUUAUGAGGAGGAGAAGAUCACUGUCUCCCACAUACAUCGAACUGAUGCGUCCAGUGUCAGAGCUGAUCCGACCACUGCGUGCCAGGCCUCAUGUCGAAGUGGAGGGCGAGAUUGUGGAGAGGAGGUCCCCCACCCCAGAGAGGACCCGCCCCCGCUCUCCCAGCCCCAUUAGGUCAGUUGAGAGGUCAUCACGCUCCUCGUCCAGGUUUGAGCGAUCUGCCCGAUUUGACAUCAUGUCUCGCUAUGAGGCCAGAAAGGCUGCUCUAAAGUCUGAGAGGAAAUAUCAGGUGGUUAGUCAGACACCUUUCAGCCUUGAUCAUGCUCCUCGUGUGACUGUCAGGAUGCGCUCCCACCGCAUACCAAUUGGCCAAGACACCAAAUUCACCCUGAACAUCCAAACCAAGCCAGAGGCUGAGGUGAAAUGGCUCCACAAUGGAACUGACAUCUGUGAAAGUAGUGAGAAAUAUGUCUUUACCAACAUAAGUGGUGUCCUGUCCAUCACUAUUCUGGACUGCCAGGAGGAGGACAGUGGCACAUACCGCUGUGUAUGUUCCAACUCCAAGGGAGAGGCUUCUGACUAUGCCACCCUGGAUGUAUCAGGUGGUGGGUAUACCACCUUCUCCUCUCGCCGCAGGGAUGAGGAUGUUCCCAAAGCUUAUGUCCCUGAGGUCACUCGCAUUGACCACUAUCACACCACCCACUUUAAAGCUGGCUAUGCUUCCAAGACCCACUUUGAGGUAGAAGAGAGCAAGUCGAAGCUAACAGAGACACAUGAGGUUGUCACACGUGAAAGAUAUGGUGCUGCCUCAGAGAGGUACUCUUCCGCUGAGAGGUACUCCUCCGCUGAGAGGUAUGACUCAUCUAUGAAGUAUGCCUCGGCUGAUUACCUGUCAUCUGCUUCGUCCUACUCUUCUGGGAAGUUGUCUCUGACUGGCAAGCACACAACAUCUGCUGGUAAACAGACGUUGUCUUCUGCUGCUAUUACUGAAGACGUUUCUGUCCACAAGGUGAAGGCUUCGCUUGCUGCGAGAAUCCUCACCAAGCCCCAGUCUGUGACUGUUGCAGAGGGAGAGACAGCCAGAUUCUCCUGUGAUAUUGAUGGGGAGCCUUCACCCACUGUAACAUGGAUGCAUGAGAGCAGAACCAUUGUCUCCUCUCACCGUAUCCAAGUCACCACCACUCAGUACAAGUCCAGUCUGGAGAUCUCUGUGACAUCCGCUGAUGAAGGCAAUUAUACAGUGGUGGUAGAAAACUCAGCAGGCAGACAGGAGGCUCACUUCACUUUGACCAUCCGCAGACCAGCUCCCAAAGAGGAGGUCAAGGGUGUCAUGUCACCUGAACCAUCUGUAAAAUCACCCACUCCCAGUUUUAAGUCACCAGAACCUUCAGUGACAUCACCUGCUCCCUCUGUUACCUCCCCAGUCCCCAGUAUAAAGUCACCAGAACCGAGCAUCAAGUCCCCUGAGCCUUCAAUUAAAUCACCAACUCCAAGUGUCAAGUCCCCUGAGCCUUCAAUUAAAUCACCAACUCCAAGUGGAAUCAAAUCCCCUAGGGGUGUCAAGUCUCCCGAGCCAUCUGCAGCUUCUCCAGCACCCAGAGUAAAAUCACCGACUCGGAGCAUCAAAUCUCCUGAACCUGAGGGAGUCAAAUCACCCAAGGGCAUAAGAUCCCCUGAACCCAGACUCAAGUCACCACCACCAUUCAAGUCCGCAGACAGGGUGAAGUCACCUGAACCCGAGGGAAUAAAAUCACCUCGCGGUUUCAAAUCUCCAGAACCUGCAGGAAUCAGAACACCAAGAGGUUUGAAAUCCCCAGAACCUGCUGGUAUCAAAACACCAAGAGGCAUCAAGUCCCCAGAACCAUUUGGCAUCAAGUCACCAAGGGUCUUGAAGUCCCCUGAGCCUGAGGGAAUCAAAUCACCUCCUAGGAUGAAGUCCCCUCCUCCCAUCAUGUCCCCUAAGAGGGUUGUGUCUCCACCCACAGUCAAAUCCCCAAUCCCGAAACCUCCCAAGAUCAUGAGUCAGCUGAUGGCAGAAGCCUACGAAGGCUCGGUGAGGAUGUCCUGUGUGUGUGAGAGCAGCGUCAGGGAGGUGGUGUGGUAUGUUAACGGGAGGAGGCUUUCACAGAGUAGCCGCUUUGAGAUGAAGUACUCUGAGGGCUCCUGCAGCCUCCUAAUCCAUGACCUGACAGACAGCGACAAGGGAGAAUACACCUGUGAAAUGACAUCAGAUGGAGGAGUCUCAAAAUCCUCCUUCUCCUUCACCGGACAGGCGUUCCAGUCCGUAUACAUGAAGAUCACUGCCUACCGUGAGCAGCAACUGGCACUUAAAGGAUCAAUGAUGAUGAGUCACAAGGAGUCAUCGUCAUCCAUGAGCUCAGCCAUGAUGAUGAAGAAAGAAAUGCACGCCAUGGAGGAGUCGUCCUCCUUCUCCUCCUCUUCCUCCACCCAGCAGGCAAUGAUGUCAUCCAUGAUGGAGUCAAGCUCUUUCAGCAGCAUGGCAGCUGAGAUGAAGUUUGAGACCAUGUCCAUGUCAAGCAUGUCCUCCACCUCUGAGUCAUAUGCCAUGAGUUCCAGUAGCCUCGCAGAGAUGGCCUCCCACAUGGAAGGAUCCUCCAUGCGAGCAAUAGGUUCUGCUCCCAGGAUUGAAGCUUUGCCGGAGGACAUCAGCAUCGAGCCAGGUAAAGUCCUGACAGUGACCUGUGCCUUCUCCGGAGACGCCAAACACAUCGAGUGGUCCUGCAGUGGCAAAACCAUCGAGGUGACUGCUGGUGGCCGCUUCCAUAUCGAGACCACGGAGGACCUAACCACCCUCAUCAUCACUGGUGUGAAGGUGGAAGACGCUGGAACCUACACUCUCAAACUGUCCAAUGAGCUAGGAUCCGACACAGCAACUGUUCACAUUAGUAUUCGAUCAGUGUAAAAACUAAAAUGUAAUCUUCCAAUUUUCCCCUUUUCCCUACUUCCAUGCCUUUUAAUUUAUUAAUUGAGCAAAAUAAUAUACUUGAUAAAGAUCUGGAUUUCUGUCAUUGUAAAUAUGAACUAUUUUUGUACCAAUCUUGACAUUAAUUUAUGCCAAAUUAGACAAAAGUCUAAAGUUGUUAUAAAAUGUGCCAUAUUGGAUAACUAUGACUUAGGAUUUUUGAUCCAUUUUUCUGUGACAUGUACAUAAUGUAUAUAGCCGAAUUUAACGGUUAUGGGAAAUGUAUGCAUUGUUAUUUAUGACAAUAUUAACUGAAACAAAAUGAAACUAAAUGUGGUUUAACAGGAGAAAGUUUCACUUGGAACGAAUACCCUGUCAAACUGAGAAACUAAACUCUGUGCCUCAACAAUAAGUUGAAGUCUUAAGAUUGCCUCAACAGGUAGAGAGGCUCCCUGUUGACGAUAACUCAAUCAGACAAAAACUAUGAAUGCACUGCUGGAGAAAAAGAGUGGUGCUGUUGCAUUGUAACAAGAGUGUGAGAUCCUGAGUGCUGUUUGCAUAUACCCUCAUGUAAGCAGGACGACUGGACCUCGUGCUCUGACUGAUUAUGUCAUACCGCCAUUUCGAUGACAUGCUCACAGUGCGAGCGGCCUGCACUUCCUGAGCACAAUGUUUUUUUCUUGUUUUGUGCUCUGUCUCUGGCAAACGACCGCUGGCUGGGGCUCUUCGGUAGUACCAUCAACCUGGCCAAUCAAAUGAGUCCUUCCUGUGCUUGUUUGCAGAGGCAGAGCUGUCUCUUGGAGGUCUGCAGUGUGUUUGUGUGUUAGUUUUUAGACCUGUCUGUCAAGCUGGGCACCGCCAAGCAGACGUACCGCAGAUGGAAAGACAACCACCUCUGCAUUUGACAAGGACGGAAUGAUGUGUGGUCCUGCGUGUCGCCCCGCGCUUUGAUUUGAUUGAAGUUAGAGUUGUAGCAUUGAUUAUUUUUCGCAGCCUCCUUGAGUUUUUUCUCCAUUAUUGAUUUAAUAAAGCAUGAUUAUCAGCACA